AUGGGGAAAUCCAACAGCAAACUGAAGCCGGAGGUGGUGGAGGAGCUGACUAAGAAAACAUACUGUAAGUCUGUCUGUGGGGAGGGAUGGUAUGAGCAUGGGGGUGUGGGGGAUGAUAAGGUAAAUGUCCAAGGGCUGGGGGUGGUGUGGAAAUAAUGGUAUUAUGAAUGAGAGCUCAAGGCUCAGGGAUGGGGGGCAAUGUCAUGUUAGAGGGCUCAAACCUAAAUGGUAUGAUGGCAGUGGGCUAAGGUAUUGGGGUGGGAAUAUUAGGUUCAAGUCUGGGGGGCAUGUAGUGGCAUAGAGCUCAGGUCUGGGGGGAUGUUAGGAUAUAGAGCUCAUGUCUAGGGGGGAGAGAUAAAGGGGCUCAGGUCUGGGGGGAUAUGAGGAUAGAUGGGCUCAGGUCUGGGAGGGGGGCUGUAAUGGUAGAGGGGCUCGGUUCUGGGGAUUGUGAGGAUAGAUGGGCUCAGGUCUGGGGGGGAUAUGAGGGGAGAGGGGCUCAGGUCUGAGGGGGUGGAUGUAAUGGUAAAUGGCUCAGUUAUGGGGAGCGUGAGCAUAGAGGGGCUCAAUUCUGGGGGGGGUAUAAAGACAGAGGGCUCAGCAGGUGUGGGGGGAUGGCAUGUCAGGGGACUCAGGUGGGAUGGGGGUGUGAGGAUAGCGAGCUCAGGUCUAGGGGGAUGUGAUCAGAGAGGGUUUAGGUCUGGGGGAGGAUAUGAGGAUAAAGGGCUAAGGGAGGCAGGGGUGACAGUUGCCAUGCAUGUUGCAAUCUCUCUCUCUUCCUGAGAUACAGACCUGAAGCUUCCAUGCAGACUGGUAGCCAUGGGUACGGUGAUAGACAGGGUCAGUGUGUCAGCAAGGGAACGUAGCAGCCAGUGACAAAGGCUGCCUGAGCAUGAUAGGAGUCGAUGACUGGCCAAGCAUGCUGCAUGCUGGUGGCGCAUUAUAGCUGGCACAGCUUGCGCGAGCAUGGUACAGUAGGUGUUGGCACAACGCUGAUGAAUCAUGAUAGGUAAUGAUAAAUGGCUGAGAAUGAUGGGUGUUGCUGCGUUCGCUGUAAGUGAACUUAAUGGGUGUUGCAGUUACAACAGCUCAAUGCUAGAGUCUUGCUAAGGUAAUUGGGUGUUACAGUCCAUGUUAGUGGGGAGCUAAAGGCUUGAGACCCUGAAAAGAUGGCUGGGCAUUAUAGGUGCUGCAGUGUUAGCAGGUGAGUGCCAAAGCAUGUUAAGAAUGAGACAGCUGGCACAGCAUGAUGGGUGUUGUGUUGCUCAGUGCUUGCUGAGAGAUGGGUAUUGCAUUCAGUCUAGCAAUCUAGGAUUCACAUAGUUGAUGUAUGUGGUAAGUGGCAUGCAAUGUGAAUAUAUAAAUCACUAUGUCAUCAUAUGUAAAGCUCUGCUUUGGAAUAUCUGCCAUCUGUUGUUGAGGCAUUUGGUUGUGGCAUUUAACCAUUUAAGCUCUGGAAUUUCCUGUAUAAUUAUCUCCAAAGAAAAUUCAGCAGUGAGGUGGAUUGUUGAAAUGAAUAGUGCAACAGUUUGGCUGGCUGAGAAACAUGGGAGUUUGCAUAAGCAGCCAUGAAGACAGCAGUUGACUAUCCCCAGUAUAUGAUUAGAGACUAAGAGUAAUUAGCCAAAUAUUACACAAAAGAGCUAAUUAGUGUUUGUGGCUCACAAAGAUUAGGUUCAAAGAGUGUUUCAUUUUACACAUUAAUCCAGCUAAACCCCCAGAGGGCAACACUCCUAAAAUGUCUCACACUUAGUGUAUUUGGAGAUCAGUUAUACUAGGCUGGGGUUUGCUCACAAACGGCUAAUUUACUAAAGUGCGUAUUGCGUUGAAUUUUAAAACAAAUCUGAAAAAAAAAUUAGGCCUAAACUACGACACUGGAAAAAUUCAUCAACUCAGCUUGGUUCCUAACCUUUGCCUAAAUUUAGUAGCAAAUGUACUUUUCAAUUUCGCCACCAUUCACAGCUUAGUAAAUAGUAGCCCCCUAUGGAUUCCCAUUAUUAACUGUAUACAAAGCAUUGUCGCCUAGCCACCUGGCCGCAGAAUAGUUAAUUGAUUAAUUUAUACUUCCCAUACUCAGCUGGUCAAAGGCUGUUCCCAGUUACACGCCAGUUACAAGAUCUGCAGCCGUCCUGUAUUCCGCCUUACUGAGGCCUGGUUUAGGAGUUGCAAUAUGAGGUUACAGCAAUCCCAUGCAACGUAAAACGGUCAUAUUAUAAUCUCUGUAUCAACCUUUCCUGCUAGGCUUAUAAAUUUAUUAUGGGCUCCUCUGUUAGCCAAGUCAAACUUUACAGAAGGGCAUUUCAUUUAAUCCAUAAUAAUAAAUCUUGUGGUCUCCCCUAUAUUCAAUGGUAUGAAUGCAGUAGCAGGAUAUAUUAAUUAAACAUGCAUCAAAUGCUUCCAAGAGCUAAGUUUUAAGGAAUUCAGCAUCACUGGUCUGGUAGUAUCAUCACUAGGUGGUCUCGUGAAGAGAGCACACAAUAACUCUGUCCCCAGUAUGUCUUGGUUUUUACUAGUCUACGCAGUGAACUAAUACAUUGUGCCAUCAAACAGCACUCUUAAAGGACCACUAUAGGCACCCAUACCACUUCAGCUCAAUGAAGUGGUCUGGGUGCCAGGUUCCUCUAAGGUUAACCCUGCAGCUGUAAACAUAGCAGUUUCAGAGAAACUUCUAUGUUUACAACAGGGUUAAUCCAGCCUCUAGUGGCUGUCUCAUUGACAGCCGCUAGAGGCGCUUCCGCGCUUCUCACUGUGGAAAUCACUGUAAGAAGACGCUGACAUUUAGAAAUGCUUUCCUUUGAACCGAUUGAAUGCGCGCGCGACUCUUGCCGCGCAUGCGCAUUCAGCACUGACGUCGGAAUAGGGAGGAGAGUUCCCCAGCGCCGAGGGAGCCCGGCGCUGGAGAAAGGUAAGAGUUUAACCCUUUCCUCCCCCUUCAGCCCGGCGAUAAUGGGACCCUUACGGUGGGGGGGACCUAAAUACUCUGUAGUGCCAGGAAAACUAGUUUGUUUUCCUAGCACUAUAGUGGUCCUUUAAUGGUUUAAAAUAAAUAAACUGAAGUCUGUACAGAUGUUGAAACAGCAACUAGAUGCAUACUUGCAAAAACAGAUUGUAAGGAAACCUAGUAUAUUUAAUCCUCAUUCGGUAGUUUCCUCCCGAACCGCCAGACACUCGACGACCAAGUCCCGCUGCCUUUGUUCGCCUGAAAAAAGAUGGCCGCCGUUUUCUCAGCCACGUGGCGUUCGGUAGUACGAACGCUGGCUGCACAGAUAGAGGGUUCAAUUGAAGCAUUCUUUGAAGUUUAACGAGCCAGGGGGUGGUCUCUGUUCGGUAGUUAUAUCUACCGAAUGAAUAUAGAAGAAAUAGUACACAUAAAGAGGGAUUUCUUCACAAGAAUAUUCAAGAUAUAAUUUUUCAACUGUAGGUAAUAGCUUCUUGCUAUCGUACUGCCUUUCUGGGGUCAAGAAGGAAUUUAUUUUCUAGUUUGUUGCAAAAUUGGAAGUGCUUCAAACUGUGUUUUUUGCCUUCUUUUGGAUCAACAGCAAAAAACUAAUGUGAGGAAGGCUGAACUUGAUGGACACAUGUCUCUUUUCAGCCUAUGUAACUAUGAAGGCCGGGAGAGUCAUAGAUGCCUUCUUUUCCAGUACCCAUGAUUGGUGGAACGCUAUUUUUAUGUGAUGUUUAUAAAUUCUUCAUUCUUUGUGGCAGGGCUUGAAAGUGCUGACCAGCAAUAGAUGGGCAUUCCAAUGCUCCUGACGUGAGGUCAGUUAUUAUAAGGACAUGUUAGGACACAAUUUAUUGAUUCCAAUUUAUAUUGAGAUCGGAGGCAAAUCUGAUUCGUGUACACUCGGUUGGCAGGUGCUGUUUCCUUACGUGCUGAAUAUUGAUAGUUAAUUUAUCAGGGUUAGAAUCCCCAAGGAUCUGUGGAAAUGAUUGGCUAAUUGAUUUCUCACAGUGAGCACAUGAAUGCUGCAUACCUCCAGAUGGCAAUGUUAGCUUCUGCCCGACAGAAUAGAGAAUUUAGAAGCGUUCUAAAACAGAAUAUUGAUCAUUGGCAUAGUUGAUCCUAAGCAAUCUCCAAUUUUUUUUUUUUAUUUCUACAUCAAUACAAUGAAUAAGAUUUUUGUUUCAAUGCCUUCAAGAGGGCAAACUACCAGCUGUUUCUCAAGUGUUCAAAUAUUGGUGCCCUGACCACUUCCUCAAGAAGACUUUACCUGCUGGGGUUUUCAACUUCAAAGCUCACUAUUCAAUGUCACCCGCUAGCCGUUGAUUACACUCGUUACAAGGAAAAGGUAAAACACGUCCCAAUUUAUGGCUGCCGUCAGCCUAAUAAUUGUUAAAAACUGUAAUUUUACUGCCAAGACGAAUCUGCAUCCCUUCAACAUGACUAAAGAUGUUCUAAACCUCAUCCGUGGCGGAAAAACAAACACUUGUGAAGUUGUUUUUGAUGUCCCUUAAAAUCACUCUACCUAAUACUAAUUUGGUGUAUCAGCAGAUCUCUCUCUUUUUAUAUCAUUUAUAAUUUAAAUCUUUUUUUUAAACUUCUUGGAUAAUUUGCUUUUAUUUCCAGUCCUGAGUUCUCAUGUGCCGCACUGAAAGUGUUAAAUUACGCUAGAUAGAGAGAGGGGUCAUGUAACAAGCAUUUUGGGCUGUAAUAGCAGAUACUAAUCCAAUUAGAUUUUAAAAAAUUUUUUUGCAAUUGACUUUCCUUUGAUGCUGUUUCUAGCUGAUGCUAUUUAGCACCCAGAGGAAUCUCUGCUGGCUGAUAAAACUGUAAUGGUGCAAUCAUCUUUUUUCUGUGAAUUAAUGCACUUAAACAUUUUACUGCUUGCCGUAAUUAAACGCUCUAAUUUUACAGGAUAAGUAGGAAAAAACUUACUACUGUCUUAACGACAACAUUUAAAUUCCCUCCUUCUAUUAUCUAGCACACUUUAUAUAAAAUACAUUAUCCCUUGGUCUUACACUUACCAGCUUCAAAUCAUCUUCUUGAACAUCUUCCCUCCGAACGUCUAUAAAUGUCAUGUAAUCUAACUUGCCAGCGGUUCAUGCGAUGAAUGCUCUUUUCAUUGCCUGAUAAGCUGUGACCUCCAAUGAUGAUAAUGUAGCUGAAUUUGUUUAUUUUACCAGAUUUACCUAUAAAAUAUUGAUAUUACAAGACUACCCCCGAACACAUCUUCCCUGCUAACAAAAGUAGAAACUUCAGAUAAAGAGGCACCAAAAGCUGGCUUAGUGCCAUGGGAGUAGUUUAGAACCUCUGCAGUACUAAGUUUAGCCAUCCCUGGGGAAGGUGAAACCCACCGCACUCUGCCAAUUACUACAGUUCCGGUUGUACUUAUUUGAUAUUGGAAAUAAGGAAGUGUUAGUUCUGGCAUUUUUGAUGUGGCUCGAGAGAGGCUGGGCUUUAAGUGCUCAGAAAGGCCUGUUCUUUGAUUUAAAAAAAAGGGUCCAAAACUGUCAUCAAAUGUAUCCCUUUUUUGGGGGGGUUCACUUCCUCUAGUUAGAUAUUUACAGCGCUGAUCCUUUCUUCUCAUUUCCAGAACUGUGACAAAAACCUGUAAUAGUGUCUCUUUGAACCAUAACCACUACAGUGAGGUAAAGUGGCAAUGGAGUUUGGCAUGUCCCUUUAAUAACGGAGAACAGUCUAUGGCUAUGCCAUCACAGCAAUGUGUUCUUCCUAGAUCCUAUUCUAGAAUUAAAUGGCCCACUCAAUUAAUAUCUGCAAUUAAUAUUCGCAUGGAACGACCACACUUAAAUUAACAUCCAUGCUGAUCUGUUAGGUGUGUUAGGUCCCAGACUGAUGUCAAAGUAUACCAGAUGGACCUUAAGGGGUUAUACUUUGAAGAUUCAACAUUUUACCCUGGAGUUACAAUGUACCAGUGAAUCCGGCAUGCUUAUUAAACCUUCUGUCAUAUUACCAGAAUUUGCGAGAUCGCAGGUUAUUAGAUCGUUACAUAGCUGUUCAGACUAAGUGCUUAAUAUAAUACUUUAAGAAGAUAACCCUUUGCUUUGAGAGAUGAUCUCCAAUUCAGAAUACUACUUGGUUACUCAUUAAAAGAACGGGCAUAUUUCAUAAUAUUUCCAAUGAGCUAAAUCCUGAUUCCAUUCUCCAGACGCACUUUGCAUUUCGUGUCUGUAAAAUGUCAAUGGGUUUUAUUCUGUAGUUAGAGAACUGGCGGGGGCAUUGUAAACUUUAGACCAAAAUAGCCAAACUGGAAAAAUAGCUGAGUUGGAUUUCUUUUUUUUUUUUUUUAAUUCUUUAUUUUAUCGUGCAUGGAUUAUACAGGUUACAUUUACGCCAGCAAUGCUACAACAGCGUAUGCCAGAGUUUCCAUAAACAUAUGAAGAUAGUUGGCAUGAAUGAACAAUGCACAUUUUUAAUUUUUGAGUAGACAGUGGUGUGAUACAAGCCCUAGCUACGAUUAUGUGAGAGGCUAUGUGGGCCUAUCUAUUGUUUAUGUCAGUAGAUGUAUAGCAGUCGUCUGGUGGAUGAAUGGUGAGUAAAUAGUUAACUGACUAGGCAUGUUAUGCAGUCUGAGUGAGCUAUACAAAUCAACCUACGCUUCCUUUAUGGCUUAACCCCUAGGACAGGGUUGUAGUUAGAUAAGUAUAAGGUGUAGUUUACAUGCUUACUGUGAGUAGUUAAUGCCCCUAGGUGCAGUAUGGUGAAAUAUUGUGUACCUGUUAGUGAAACAGAUGCUUCAAAGAUAAUCGUGAACUCCCUAACUCAAGCUUUUUUCAGAGGAGUAGAGUGUAAUUCAGGUCUAGAAUAAGAAAGGGGUGCGUACUGAUAUCUUGCUAAUGAAGCCCAACAGGAUCCCCUGCAGCCACCACCCCACAAUCCCCAUUCACCCGAUGCCUCGUUUCGUCAGAGCAAAGUCCCCGUUUGUGUUGGAGCAUGCUGCGUUUUGAGUCCCAGUUAAGAGGCAAUGCUUUUCGGUGGCCAGGAGCAAGAUUCUCCUUGACUUGUUGAGUGUGAUGCAGGGCUGAGGUUUGCCCUUUGGCGGGUUUCGCCUCUGUGCUGCUGCUGGUUUCGCUGGGCUCUGCGGUUUGCGCGUCGUCCACGUUAAAGCCUUCACCGUGGGUGCAUGUUGCCGUGCUUUGAGCUUGUGGGAGGCAUCUUGUUUGUUGUGCCGCCGGGAUGAAGCCUCUCCCUCUGGUGCCGUUGCUGAUCGCGGUGGGUGACUCCGAGGUAAGCUUUUACCCUUUGGCAAACUGCCAGGGUGGGUAGUUGGGCCCCUCGACGGGGCACGUUUCCCGCCCUGCCGCCAUGUUGGGGCUCGCUGGGUAGUUGCCGCUGCGAUCUUCUGUUUCAUGACUGGGGUCGGCUUGUGCAGUGUGCAGUCACCGGGCUGGCUCCAGACAGGUUGGUAUAUCUUAUUCUCCAGCUUGCGCCAGAAAUUGUCAAAUAUCCUGUCCAGCCUGGCCAAGAUGUCAGGGUUGUCCUCCGUGUUAUUGGGGGUCCGCUCUGCACCCGCCAUUUUGGCUGUGUCGUUGCAGGUUGUGGUAGCCGCUGUGGCCCUGUCUCUAUCUCCCGCCAUGUCUGAGCAGCCUCUCAGGGGUGGACCGGGGUAACCCCCACCGGUCCAAGGGGGGAGGUAACGGGGUUCUCGUGCCAUGUUGUGUGCCUUUGAGCUGCUCCGGGCCGGUGGAUCGGCCGCUUCCCCCGUCCAGUGCGUCUCAGGCCGCAUGAUUUGGGCAGUGUAGCAGAUGAGCUCCUUGCAGAUUAUCACCACCCACAGUGGGUCUCACUAGGGUCGGGAGUUAUAUACUUCGCUUAGAUUGUUCCCACUUAGGCAGAAUAUGGGUGAUUUCUUCGGUUCAAGCUUGCCUAGGAGAGGAGCUCCUGCAAAACACGUCUCUCCUCCAUGGCAGUCAGGCCCCGCCCCCGAGUUGGAUUUCUUUUUACCCAGCUCAGCUGCUUUGGUCUAUCAUUUGCAGUCCGCUUGUUAAUUCUUCACAAUAUUUAUUUAUUGAAAAAACUAAAUGAGAAAACUAUGGUUGGAAUGACCUGUUACCUAUAAUCUUUAAACAGUUACUUCAGCUACAAAAAAAGUUGAUGGUUAGAUCAGUUGUUACCAAACCAGUCCUCAAGGCUGGUCCUUAAUGGUUACCCAUUAAGUUCUCCCUGCAGCUUAAUUCUCCAUAGCUGAUAUCACAGGGAAGGUGGGCUGAGGGGAUGCUGGCAAAAUUUGCAGUGAAUUGAUAUUAGCCCGUCUAGAACUUUAGUUCUGGGCUCGAUAAUGGCGCCCAAAGACGCUGCCGGAGGUGGAGUUACGCCUCUGGCAGCAGGGGGAGGUUAAUUUCCAUAUGUGCAGCAUUUCAACGCAAAACACUGAACACACAGACUCCAGGCACAAUGACCCAUCCAAAUCACUUAAGUGGUCAUGGUACUUGGUGGUAAUCUUUCAUGAAAUAGUUUGGUAAGCCAGGAUUUGGAUUUCCAGAUGGGAUUCCUUAGCUGCCAGGCUUAGAAAUAGACAUUCGGCUUUCUAGAAGGAAAAGGAUCCAGAGAGAAAUACAGACUGUAAAGGAACUGUCCCGUGUUCUCUUGCGAUAAAUGAAAAACUAUUGCCAAGAGGAUAUGUGAAAUUUAUUUGUAUAUGCAUUGAGGUUUAUUCACUAAACAGCAAACUGCGGUGAUUGGAAAACUGAAUUGCAAAAUUCUUACUAAAAUAGGAACUUGCCGUCAAUUUAGUUCUAGAUUUUCCUUGUGGUUGGGAAAAGUCUGAUAUGCAAAUAGUCAUACACAAAUUAAAUGUGUUAAGAUGGUAACAGUACAGUAAACAUAUAUAUACUUCAUUUGUAGUAAUAUACAUCGUAAAAUAAAAUACAGUGAGAAUUUUAUUUAUAUAUAAAUAAGAAUAUAACAUAUAUAUAAAUAUAAAGAUGGGACUCACUGUUUUAAAAAAGGAAACCGUAAAAAAAUACAGCAAAUUAGGAAAGGGGAUAGAUUCAUUAUCUAACCCGUAUUAAUAAACCACUCACCUACCUAUUCAGGUACAUAUCUGUAAAAAUAAAAAUUUGCUCCAGAGUAUAUGUAAACCAAAGUAUGUGCUUUUAGUAAGUCUGAUAAAAUCAGCAAGAUUUUACUCAGUAUAUUGGGAAAGGUCCCCAAUUUACAGUCAAAAUUGGGGGGGGGGAGGGGAAAGUUCUCUUCUUAGCUGUUUUUUCAGUUCAGCUAUUUUGGAAAUAGAAACAUAGAUUGUGACGGCAGAUAAGAACCAUUCGGCCCAUUUAAUCUGUUUAAUUUUUUAAAUACUUAUAUAAGUCCCUGACCUUAUCUUAAGUCUAAGAUAGCCUCAUGCCUAUCCCACGCAUGCUUAAACUCCCUCAUUGUGUUAACCUCUACCACUUCAGCUGGAAGGCUAUUCCAUGCAUCCACUACCCUCUGAGUAAAGUAAUACUUUCUGAUAUUUUUUAAACCUUUGCCCCUCUAAUUUAAGACUAUGUCCUCUUGUUGUGGUCGGUUUUCUUCUUUUAAAUAUAGUCUCCUCCUUUACUGUGUUGAUUCCUUUUAUGUAUUUAAAUGUUUCUAUUAUAUCCCCCCUGUCUCGUCUUUCCUCCAAGCUAAAUUUGCAAACACCUUGUUAAUUCUCCCCAAUUUCCAGUUUUGUAAAAAAAAGUCUGAACAAUAUUGUCACCCUGGCUGUAAAUAGGACAGAAGGAAUCGGCCCUCAGGGGGAAAUUAGGACAGGAUGCCUCUGCAGAUUUUAGACGUAAUUUAGAGGUAUUACUGAUUGGGCUGUUAACAUUAGAUCAUAGUUGUUUAAGCAAGAAAGAAUAAGGUAUAAGACUGGCUUUACUUGGAGACAGGUGGCCAUCCCGAUACCCAAACAGUGAGACGUCUGUCUCGCCCCAGGUUUACAAAAAAACACAAACCUAAUGGGAUGACUGCUCCCUAAAGAUUUCCACUUCAAUGAAUACCUUGUAAAUUAUAAGGCUGUCAUUUUCACACCGUUGACUUAUUAGUGGCAAUAAAAGAACAGGAAACUCCAAGGGGCUUAUUUACUCAACAGUGCAGUGUAAUUAAUUAAAAAGUGAAUUAGCAAAACGAAAAUCAUUGAAAUAAUUUGCUAAAUCAAGGUAAUACAAUCAAAUUUGAUGGAAACCAUAUUUUAGUGACAUUUUUUUGUUGUUGCCAUUUUGCCCUAGAUUUGGCAAAUGCAGUGUUUAAAAUGACUGAUAAUUAAUUUAGACUUUAAUAAAUUUUAGACUUUUUUUCUUUUUAGCCGUUUUUUAAAACUAUAUGUUUUGCUUCGUCCUAUGCUAGAGAAUUAUUCCCAGGAAUCAUCACUGUCUGCUGGAAAGAAAAAGGUUAAUGUUAUUAAUUAUAGUCGCAGUGGUAAUUUUGACAUCUUUGCCAUGCAGUACAGAGCGUGUUUUCCUUUGUGCUGCAAAAGAUGUGCAGGGCAGCAGAUCCCCCUCCUUCGGAGGCAUGUGUGCGUGGGCAUUAAGUUUGCCGUUCUGGUUCUUCGCAAGUCGUACUAUGGAACAUGGAUUUGGCUACGCUCUCAUAAUAUCAGGGUAUCAAAUUGAGAGGCUGCCGGAAGGGCUAUGAGUACAUGGCAUCAAUUGGUUUUAAGUGUAGGUGUGUAUAGAGAGAGAUGCAUUGCACUGGAAAAAUAAUCAUUUUUAUUCUUUCAAUUUGGCUAUUUUGUCUACAAAUUUGUAAUUCCUUCUCAGCCCCUGAAAUUAAGGAACAUUACAGCGCUAGGACUACAAAUCUGUAUUACUAACACUAUAGUUGCUCUGUCCCUAGUUAUAUUCACUCCAUGCCUCGCUUGUCACAAAAUGUAUUUAUAUAUUUUUUAAAAAGGCUUCGCUAGCUGCGGUUUUCCACAGAGAGAGUGCUUUCUCCUGCAUGGAGAUCAUUGCAAGAAUAGAGGAAAAUUUUCUUCAUCUAAUGGACAAGUUAACAUCGAUUGUCUAUUAAACAUUUAUCUUCUUUCCAGAAUGUUUGGAACUCAUUAUUAUUAUUAUUGCCAUUUAUUUAGCGCCAACAGAUUCCGUAGCGCUUUACAAUAUUACAAGAAAACUUACAGGAACGAUAGGUUGAAGAGCACCCUGCUCAAACGAGCUUACUCUCAUAGCUCAGUUAUAAUGCUAAAAGGUUAAAGGGACCCUAUAGGCACCCAGACUGAUUUGUCUCAUUAAAGUGGUCUGGGUGUACUGUCCUUUUCCCCUUAACGCUGCAGUGUAAAACAUUGCAGUUUUAGAGAAACGACAAUGUUUACAUUGCAAGGUUUAGACUGCCUCUAGUGGUUGUCUUCCAGACAGCCACUCGAGACGCUUCCUGCUGUUUCAGGGAGUGUAACUCAGUGAAAUGACUCUGGAUGUCUUUACGCUCUGCAUUAAGAGGACCUCCAGCGUCUUGAAAACCCCCAUUGAAAAGCAUUUCAUCAAUGCUUUCUUAUGGGAAUUCCCUAAUGCAUGUUUCCGGAUCGCCAAGACGUCGGCGGAGGAGGAGCUAAGGGACAUUGGCGCUGGAAUCAGGUAAGGGAAAAAUAGGGUUUUAACCGUUUAUUUGCCUGUGGGGCAGAUGGACACUGUGGUGUUUUUGUAUUCCUAACACUAUAUUGUUCCUUUAAUUACAGGAUGUUGUUCACUUAUACCCAACAGCAAUGGAUUUCCCUCUUUCCGUCCUCUUCUUUCCCUCUCCUCCUCCUUUCCGUUGUUAGUCUUAGUGUUAGACUGCCUUGUUAGGUGUAUGUUCACUUGUGAAAAUGUGACAUGCCAUAAUAUAUUACAACUGUACACUUGUGUGUUGGUUUUCAAAUAAAGAAUUUUAUUUUUUCUUAAAGGACUACUAUAGUGCCAGGAAAACAUACUCGUUUUCCUGGCACUAUAGUGCCCUGAGGGUGCCCCCACCCUCAGGGACCCCCUCCCGCCCGGCUCUGGAAAGGGGUUAAAACUUACCUUUUUCCAGCGCUGGGCAGAGAGCUCUCCUCCUCCGAUCCUCCUCUUCUCCUCCCCGUCGGCUGAAUGCGCACGCAAGAUGCGUGCUUUCACCGUGAAAAUCACAGUGAGAAGACGCAGCUUCUAGCCGCCGUCAAUGAGACAGCCGCUAGAGGAAAUAGGGAGAAAGCAUUUUCAGCUUAGCUUAAUGAAGUGGUCUGCGCCAGGUCCAGGUUAACCCAUUUUUUCAUAAACAUAGCAGUUUCAGAGAAACUGCUAUGUUUAUGAAUGGGUUAAGCCUUCCCCUAUUCCUCUAGUGGCUGUCUCAUUGACAGCCACUAGAGGCGCUUGCGUGCUUCUCACUGUGAUUUUCACAGUGAGAGCACGCAAGCGUCCAUAGGAAAGCAUUGUAAAUGCUUUCCUAUGCGACGGGCUGAAUGCGCGCGCAGCUCUUGCCGCGCGUGCGCAUUCAGUCCAGGAGGAGGAGGAGAAGAGGAGGAGAGGAAGCAGAGAGCUCCCCGCCCAGCGCUGGAAAAAGGUAAGUUUUUAACCCUUUCCCCCUUCCAGAGGCGGGCGGGAGGGGGACCCUGAGGGUGGGGGCACCCUCAGGGCACUAUAGUGCCAGGAAAACGAAUAUGUUCUCCUGGCACUAUAGUGGUCCUUUAACCCAUUCAUAAACAUAGCAGUUUCUCUGAAACUGCUAUGUUUAUGAAAAAAUGGGUUAACCCUAGCUGGACCAGGCACCCAGACCACUUCAUUAAGCUGAAGUGGUCUGGGUGCCUAGAGUGGUCCUUUAAGCUGAAGUGGUCUGGGUGCCUAGAGUGGGUGCCUAGAGUGGUCCCUCUAGGAUAAACCCCUUUUUUUUAUAAACAUAGCAGUUUCAGCCUCUAAAGCCUCUAGUGGCUGUCUCACUGACAGCUGCAGAGGUGUUUGCGUGCUUCUCACUGUCAAAAAAUCACAGUGAGAAGACGCCAGCGUCCAUAGGAAAGCAUUAUGAAUGCUUUCCUAUGAGACAGGCUGAAUGCGCGCGUAGCUCCUGCCGCGCAUGUGCAUUCAUCUGAAGAGGAGGGUCUGAGGCGGAGAGGAGGAAGAGAGCUCCCCGCCCGGCGCUGGAGAAAGAGGCAAGUUUAACCCCUUUCCUCUCCCCAGAGCCCGGCGGGAAGGGGUCCCUGAGGGUGGGGGCACCCUUAGGGCACUAUAGUGCCAGGAAAAAACGAGUACUGUCUUUCAGUCUCAGUGCUUCUAGCUAUUACAUUCUCUGUUGACAUCAUCAAUGAGGCGUCACUUCCUCUGUCCAAUCCAAUGCAGCCCAUAGAGCAGCGGUUCCCAAACUUUGUGCCCUGCGCCUCAGUUGGGUGCCGCGGUCCUUUAACACCAUGACUAGGCCCCUGUAAUGUUGGCCGGCUGGGAGGAAGUGACUUUGUUCAAAGAGACUGUGCAGGAGGGAGAGGACGCAGCCGCAGCAUGAGGGGAGAGGAGCAUUUCAGGAGCUGCUCCAGAAAAGGCAGUGUUUCUCUGAAAAGGCAGUGUUUGCAUGAAAAUGCCUGCAUAUAAUGAUUAUACUCACCAGAACAACUUCAUUAAGCUGCAGUUGUUCUGGUGACUAUAGUGUCCUUUUAAAUUAAUUUGGCAGAUAUGAGCUUAAGAGAGCCUGCAACUGUGAUAAGGGUGUUGGAAUCCACCACAAUGUUGGGGGCUGAGUGACAAAAGCACGUCUAAAUACCCCUUUUCUAAAGAGCUGAGCUAUGCUUUGCCAUUCCAGUGGAAUGCCCCUAAGGCUAAUCACCAGAAAUUCCAGGUGUAAUUAUAGUCUGUAUUGGCCACACAAAUUGAAUUAACUCUCAACGUGCCGUACCACACCCACUCAUACUGCUCUCCUUUAUCUUACUUUCAUUCCACUAGUGAGGGCUAUUUACUAAACCAGGAAAAAUGGAACAUUAACAAGGGAAUAGCAAACACAGGUAAAAUCAGCCAAGUGGGGAAAAAAGAAGUGUUUUUGACAAUUUUUUUCCGUUUUUUUUAUUAUAUUUUUUUUGUCCCAAAAUGUGCAAUUCAGUUCUCUUGGGAAUCAGUGCAAUAUUCUGGAUGGUAGGAUAGAGAAUAUAUGUAUUUAUUAGAUAUUCUGGUUUAAUAAUUCAUUUAAAUAAUAAUUAAAGGGAUACUAAAGCAACUAAAGGCAUUAAAACAGUGAUGGCGAACCUGUGGCACGCCGGGCCCUCUCUGUGGGCAUGCGGCCAUAGGUUCGCCAUCAAUGCAGAGUAGGCACCUGCCUGCCCAAAACGGCAGGCACCUACUCUGCUUCCGUGUCGGGAGGCAGGGGGAGGGAUCUGUGAAGCAGCUCCCCUGUCCGUCCGCGAUCAAGCUGUGUGGAGCGUUGCCGCGUGUUACCAUGGCAACGCUCCACACAGCAUCACACGGGAGGACAGGGGAGCUGUUUCACAGAUCCCUCCCCCUGCCUCCCGACACGGAAGCAGUGCUUGCCAACACUGGACCACCAGGGAUGGCUGUGUCCCCCCCACCUUCAUUAAAGGUAAGAAGGACGGAGAGGGGGAUUACUGAUUUAGCAUACUUUUUUUUUUUUUUAAACACCUUUACCCCUACCCCCACACACAGUGCACCCCUACCCCCCACACAGAGUACCCCUACCCCCACACACAGCAUCCUUCCCCAACCACCCUGAAUCCCUCCCCACCCCUUACCCCCACACACAGCAGCCCUACCCCCCACACACAGCAGCAGCCCUACCCCCCCCCACACACACAGCACCCCCUACCCCCACACACAGCAGCCCUAUCCCCCACACAGCACCCCCACAACAGACACAGCAGCCCUACCCCCCCACACAGCACAGCACCCCUCUCUCACACACAGCACCCCUCACACACACACACACACAUACAGCACCCCUCAUACACACACACAGCACCCCCUCUCACACACAGCACCUCUCAUACACACACAGCACCCCUCACACACACACGCACAGCACCCUUCACACACACACACACAGCACCCCUCAUACACACACACACAGCAACCAUCACACACACAUACACUACACCCCUCAAUGCAGUAUGUGUGUGUAUGCGUGUAUUCAGCAGUCUGUGUGUGUGUGUGUGUGUGUUCAGCAGUCUAUGUGUGUGUGUACUUAGCAGUGUGUGUAUUCAGCGGACUGUGUGUGUGUGUGUGUGUAUUCAGCAGUCUGUGUAUGUAUUCAGCAGUCUGUGUGUGUGUACUCAGCAGUCUGUCUGUCUGUGUAUUCAGCAGUCUGUGUGUGUGUACUCAAAGUCUGUCUGUAUGUGUAUUCAGCAGACUGUGUGUGUGUGUGUGUGUAUUCAUCAAUCUCUGUAUUCAGCAGUCUUGUGUGUGUGUACUCAGCAGACUGUGUGUAUGUAUUCAGCAGUCUGUGUGUGUAUGUAUUGCAUUGGAGAUACUAAUAAAUAUAAGCUUAAUUUUAUCUAUUUAUAUCAUUAUUUAAAAUUUGUAUCAUUGAACUCUCUGUUGUUGUGUUCUUUUAAAACAAAAGUUGUUAAUUAGUUCGGACAACAGUACGAGUUGUUUUUUCUAAACUUAAACCUCAGUAUUGAGGUUUAAUUGCCGUGUUGGCACUUUAAGGAAAAAAAAGUUGGAAUGUAUUGCGGUUUGGGCACUCACUGCAUUAAAACAACACAAGCAUGAGUUCCUGACUCUAUAGUGUUAAAAACAUCUAGCCCCCCUGGCUCCCUCUACCCCAACCUUAAUAUAGUAAAACCUUACCUUUAUUCCAGUUUGCUGGUACUGGCACUGCCCCUAAUCUGCCUGCAUGGCUGACAUCCUUAUAACUGGUGUUCAAAGUCAAUCACAAUGCUUUAUCGUAGGAAAGCAUUGGAUUUGCUAAGAUUGCCAUGGAGGCAGAUCAGGGGCAGAGCCAGCACAAGCCAAAUAUAGCCCUUGCAAAUCAGCAUCUCCUUAUAGAAAUGUGUUAAAUCAAUGCAUCUCUAUGAGGAAAGUUGGAGACACUGAAUGACAGUGCUGCACACUAGGCAGCACUGUCACAGGAAGCACCUCUAGUAGCCACUUAAGGAGUGGCCAGUGGAGGUAUACCUAGGCUGUAAUGUAAACACUGCAUUCUCUCUGAAAAUACAAAAGCCUGAAGGGAAUGAUUCUACUCACCAGAACAAAUACAGUAAGCUGUAGUUGUUCUGGUGACUAUAGUGUCCCUUUAAGCACUUUUAUUGUAUAGAUCAUGCUUGUGCAGUCUCACUGCUCAAUUAUCUGACAUUUAGGAUUUUGUUUCUGUUUAUGCAGCCCUAGCCACACCUCCCCUGGUUGUGACUCACACAGCUUGCAUUAAAACUGGUUUCAUUUUCAUUCACAUGUUAACGUGCUUUAGAAGUGUAUUUCCAGCUCUGUAAAUUUAACUCUAAUCACACACAGGAUGCUCCUGCAUAAUUUAGAAGGAUUUUGACAGAGCAGAAGAUGAAAAACUCUAAAUCAAACAGACUGUGCAAUAAAGGAAGUUUAAACAUUAGACCUCUCUGUACAGGAAGUGUUUGGGAAAGCUGUGCAAGUUACUUGCAAGAAGGUGUGCCUAGGGCUGCAUAAACAAAGUGAUGUAACAACUAAAUGAGCAAUGACACUACAGGGGCUCCCUCCCCCUUGUUAGUCUCUCUUUUGUCAUUGUCCCAUAAUCUGUGUGCUGGCUGUGUGUAACGAAUGUGUAUUUGGUUUGUGCUGGCUGUACAUAAUGUGUGUGUGUGCCUGGCGUUCGGAGCUACAUAUCUCAGACAUAGGAAUUGCACAUGUUUAUCAGACAAUCUUGAAAUAAUGCUUUGCAGGAAUUGUCUGGGAAAACGCAAAGUUUAGUCAAAUAUAGAAAUGGAAAAGCACAGAUAUCACAGUCUGCUUCAGGAGUGUCCUGUCUUGGCCCCCUAACUAUUGCGGGACUUCAACUUGAACUCUCAGCAUUACUAUUGGCUGGCAGGGACCUGUGGGAAUUGUAGUGCUAAAUCAGCUUCAAGUAGUUCGGUGGGACAAUUGUCAUAUUUUCCCAUGUUUUUUCUCUUCUGGGAAGGGAACAAUAGCAGAGAGGGUCAGGAUAUCAUUAAAGGGACACUCCAGCGCCCAAAUAAAUAAAUAAAAAUAACUAUUCGGUGGAUAUACCCACAAUAAAAACAUGCAUGCAUUUAAUUAUGCAUGUUUAUAUUGAGGGGUUAUCUAAAAACAGCUUGUAAAAUCAGCAGACUUUGUUAGCCCUCCUCUUCUAACCCUACCCAGACUUGUGGCUGUGCUUUCACAACCUUCCCAAUGCAGCUCAAUGAGACGUUUCUGCAGGGCAGGUGCUCUGGGCAAUUGCUGCCUUUUCCUUCCACUGAGCUGACCAAACCAGGAAGUAAGAGGACCUGUUACUGAUUGACAGCACCAGAGGGAGAGGGGGGAUAACUUGUUAAUUUGUAAUGUGCAAUUUUUCACUCUUCACAAAUAGAGCACUUCAGCUUGCUGAUUUCUGGAGUGUGCCUUUAAACAAUACUUUUGAAGGCUGAUUUUGCCAAUGGGAGAUUGGUUUAGCAGCGUUUAAAAAAAAAAGAAGUUAUGGUCGGCUAGCCUUAAAGGGCUUUUUGUCAUCCAUGUGCGCAUGCACACCAUGUGAUAUAAAAUAUAUAAUUAUUAAAUAAAAAUUUAAUAAAAUGUCCAGGAGUUGUUUAUAGCUGUGGGCUAAUGAUUUUGCAGUGUAGUUUGCCAAAGGGGAAAAAAAAAAAAACUGUUCAAUAAAAUGAAGCAAUAACAUCCAGUGUUUUGUUUUCUCUGAGAAGGAAACUUAGAUUAGUAAAAUCCAAUGUUUUAUGGUUAAAAUUUAAAUUAAAUAAAAUUGAAUAGAAUAAAAAAUAAUAGUCUUUUUAAGAUCCUAUAUAUGUAAGCUAAUUCAGUUCACUCCAGUUAUAGAUGAACUGGUAUCUAGAUACUGAAUUAGUUAUUUUGUAUAGUACAAUAUGACAAUAUACAUGGUCCUUAUAAUUGAAAUAUUGUAUCUUGUACCAAACGAAUACACAUUAAAUAACUGACAGGCUAUAUUAAGUAGCUUUCAGUUGUGGUAACACUUUACUCCUAGUAAUAGGAAAUAAAGUUAUAAAAUCCAAGUGCUGAAUGAAAAUAUUUAUUAGAAAAUAAACUUUUUUAAAAAGGGUAAAACGAUACACUCACAUUGUAUCAAAUACAUGCUGGAUUUGGAGCAGGAGGAUGAAAUAAGCAGCUGAAGAAAAUGAAUGGACUGUCCGAUCAUCACUUGAGUAAAUGGAUCGGUGAUAUUCUAACCGCGUGCGUUUCACCUGGUUUCCCUUCUGCUUUCCAGAUAGAAGUCGGCAGUAUUUCGGUAGAUGCCGGAAAGCAAUGCAGUGUCGUUCUGAAUGUCGUCCUAAUGCGUUUCGUGAGACUUCUCUCACUUCAUCAGGGUCCCCCUCCCGCCAAGCUCUGGGGAGAGGAAAGUGAAACUUACCUUUUUUCCAGCGCCAGGCGGGGAGCUCUCCUCCUCCUCUCCGCCUCCGAUCCUCCUCUUUGGCUGAAUGCGCAUGCGCGGCAGGAGCUGCGCGCGCAUUCAGCCAGUCUCAUAGGAAAGCAUUCAUAAUGCUUUCCUAUGGACGCUGGCGUCUUCUCACUGUGAUUUUCACAGUGAGAAGCACGCAAACGCCUCUAGCGGCUGUCAAUGAGACAGCCACUAGAGGCUUUAGAGACUGGAUUAACCCAUUUAUAAACAUAGCAGUUUCUCUGAAACUGCUAUGUUUAUAAAAAAAGGGUUAAUCCUAGAGGGACCUGGCACCCAGACCACUUCAUUAAACUGAAGUGGUCUGGGUGCCUAGAGUGGUCCUUUAAGGACACGUGACAUGUGUGACAUGUCAUGAUUCCAUUUUAUUCCAGAAGUUUGGUCCUUAAAGGACCACUCUAGGCACCCAGACCACUUCAGCUUAAUGAAGUGGUCUGGGUGCCAGGUCCAGCUAGGGUUAACCCAUUAUUUUAUAAACAUAGCAGUUUCAGAGAAACUGCUAUGUUUAUGAAUGGGUUAAGCCUUCCCCCAAAGCCUCUAGCGGUUGUCUCAUUGACAGCCGCUAGAGGCGCUUGCAUGCUUCUCACUGUGAUUUUCACAGUGAGAGCACGCCGGCGUCCAUAGGAAAGCAUUGUAAAUGCUUUCCUAUGCGACCGGCUGAAUGCGCGCGCAGCUCUUGCCGCGCGUGCGCAUUCAGCCAACGGAGAGGAGAGGAGGAGGAUCAGAGGAGGAGAGCUCCCCGCCCAGCGCUGGAAAAAGGUACGUUUUAACCCCUUUCCCCCUUCCAGAGCCAGGCGAGAGGGGGUCCCUGAGGGUGGGGGCACCCUCAGGGCACUAUAGUGUCAGGAAAAUGAGUAUGUUUUCCUGGCACUAUAGUGGUCCUUUAAGGGGUUAAAGCAGCACUGUCAGCAAAAAUAACCAUUAUCUAAUCUGGUUCUAUAUAGCCCCCUGUGUCUGUACUUUCAAGUUGACAAUGUCGUAUUUCAAUUGCCAAUCAGAUUUUACCCAUAAUUCAUCAGUAACAUCAAUCUUACAGAAGGGUAAACUGCAGACAUCAUGGACAGGUAAAAACCAAUAUGGCUGAGCCCAGGUAUUUAUAUCGAGUACCAGAAAGAAAAGUUAAUAGUUAGUGUCUAGGGAGGGAGUAUAAUCAUGAAGAUACAGGGCACAUAUGGAAAAUUAUAAUAAAAUUACAAAAUUAAGGGGGCUGCUUGACUCCUCUCAGCCAGUCUUUGACCUCUAGUUGUUACUUUUUACAGUGAUUUCAUUCAUGAAAAGACUCCAUUUAUGUUGCUUCAUUCAGACUGUACAGGCUCUCUCAUAGAAAACUAUCUGGGAGCCUGCAUUAAUAAGGAACAAGGUGCAGGGACAUGGGGGCCUCCUUCCUCCAUAACAUACGCACUAGAUGAUUACGGUGCUUGGAAUGUCCUUUUAAACGAGAACAUGUCCCUGUUUCCUGCAUUCACAUUGUAUUGCGUAGUGGAAUGUAGCAAUUCUGUUAUUUGAUGAGCUAUGACAGCGUGAGUGACAGUUGCAUUUUCACCUCCCCUAAGCUGUAUUAUUUGACUGGGUCAGGACUCAGGAGAGGUUAAUCAGCAGUCUUCCUUGAAAGGUGUUUCCUUGUGUCGUUUUUCAUGGUCUGUGACUGCGGGUCUGGUAAAUCUGUAAUGGUGGUUUUAUUCCAACAUCUAGGCUGGGAUACGCUUUUAGAACGUUACCACCUAAUUAUCACUUUGUAUUGUCUUUUUUCACCUAGAGGUGUAGUCCCACUUAAUUGCGGAUCUGUGAACAUCUCUGAGAUGAAAAUAUCCAUUCUUCUACCACUUAAAAAUCCAUUAUUUUGCCACCUUUUGUGUUUCAUAAUGAAAAUGUGUUUUAAUAACUUAAGAUAAAAUUCACUCUUAAGGACUCUUUCACUUUUACCUUUCAUAUAUAUAUAUAUAUAUUUUUUUUACUUCCACUUGCAUUGUUUUAUUCUCUUUUGCCUAUAAAGUAGCUUUCAAUAGCAGAAAUAUUAUUUACAAUGUGUACACUGGAGUCUCUUGGAAGAUAUAAGUGGGCUAGAGAUUGCACCGGAGCAAUUAAAAGACCGGGAACGUUGAGUGCUGGGACCUCGGAGAUAUAUAUAUAUAUAUAUAUAUAUAUAUAUAUAUAUAUAUAUAUAUAUAUAUAUAUAUAUAUAUAUAUAUAUAUAUAUAUAUAUAUAUAUAUAUAUAUAUUCCAAAUAGAUUAUGGUGGGGAAAAAUUGUGAUUGAAAACCUCUUCCACCUGAAGUAUGUGGAUAGUUAAUACAAUGCUAAACAAAAAUCUGCACACCAGUCAAGCCAUAAGACUUUCUUUUCCCACAGAAAUCCCAAAUCAGCAGUGAUGUUACAACCGCAAAGGAUUCUGGGUGGGCAUAUGCAAAUUAGUUUAACAAAGAAUGACAUUUUUGCUUCAUUCCAUUUUAAACAUGGAUUCCUUUUAAUCUGUGUUUGCAGUAUACAACUGCUUGGAACACAAUUUAGGAAAAGAUGCAAAACCAGUGAACCACUCAUGGACAGCUGUUUCGUUGUUAAUGCAACUCAUCAGCAUGAGGUUGGUUACUGGUUUGCUUAUUGAGGCUUGGUAGUGCUUGGGAAGCAAAAUCCAAAUAGGUUAUGGUGGGGAAAAAUUGUGAUUGAAAACUCCUUCACUGCUUUUGCAUUCACAGUGUUUGUGACCAAAUUGGCUACUAAAAAAGACUGGACAUACCCCAUUUGCAAUACAUUGGGUUGUCUACUAUUGCAAAUGAUAUGCCAUUAUUUGUGUAAAUUUCAUUCCUGGGCUACUAUACAGUCUCAAAGGCAACGUAACCAAUCCGGCAAAUUUCAAAUGUAACGUGCUAUAUUUGACCCUUUAACUUCCCAAAACCCUAUAAAACCUGUACAUAGGGGUUACUGUUUUAAACGUGAGACUUUGCUGAAUACAAAUAUGUGUAUUUUAUUGCAGUAAAAGCAAACAGUAUUAUGACAUUGACAGUUAAAAUGCCAUGUAGAACUAAAAAAAAAAAACACAUUUAUUAUUUUCUCCCAUUUUUUUCAUAUUUAAUUAUGUUUCAUAGCUAAAUAUUUGACAGUAAAUGAAAGCCCUGUUUCCCCUGAAUAAAAUUAUAUAUAAUAAGGGUGGGUGUAUUUAAUAUGAAAGAGGUGAAUUACGGUUGGACGGACAUGUAGCGCAAAUGCCAGGUUUUGUUUAUGUUUUGUUCACAAUGUGUACAUUUGGCUCAGUCCUUAAGGGGUUAAAAGGAAUCCAUGUUUAACCCCUUAAGUACCGGACUGUUUUUACGAUGUUGUACAUUUGCGACCAGGCAUAUUUUUACACUUUUGUGGUGUUUGUGUUUAGCUGUAAUUUUCCUCUCUCUCAUUUACUGUUCCCAUACAAAUUAUAUAUUGUUUUUUUCAGGACAAAAGGGGCUUUCUUUCCAUACCAUUAUUUAUAUAAUCUCAUGUAAUUUAAUUUAAAAAUUUUUUAAAAAUAUGAUGAAAUUUUUUUUAAAAUACAUGUUUUUUUACUUUUACUUGAAAAAUCUUUUACUCAUCUACAAAAGUGAAUGAAAAAAACUGCUAAAUAGAUUAAAAAUACCCAGUGUUUACGUGCUUUUUUGCUUUUUUUUCCAGUUAUAGGGCUAUAGGUACAAGUAGGAUAUUGCGGUUUCAAAACAUACAUUUUUAAAAUUUAGCAAUAGUGACAUUGUAACACUAUUAUCUGUCAUAAAUCUCUGAAUAACACCCCACAUGUACAUAUUUUUUUUAAAGUAGACAACCCAGGGUAUUCAAUAUGGGGUAUGUCCAGUCUUUUUUAGUAGCCACUUAGUCGAAAACACUGGCCAAAGUAAGCAUUCAUAUUUGUUUGUGUGUGAAAAAGUAAAAAAACUAAAUUGAACGCUAAUUUUGGCCAGUGUUUGUGACCAAGUGGUUACUAAAAAAGACUGGACAUACCCCAUUUGCAAUACCUUGGGUUGUCUUCUUUUGCAAAUGGUAUGCCAUCAUGGGGGUAAUUCUCAUUCCUGGGCUACCAUACGCUCUCAAAGGCAACGUAACCAACCUGGCCGUUUUCAAUGUAAAACUAUUUGACCCAUAAAAAUGCUAUAAAACCUGUACAUGGGGGGUACUGUUUUACUCUGGAGAUUUUGCUGAACACAAAUAUUAGUGUUUCAAAACUGGAAAACGUAUCACAACAAUUAUAUCAUCAGUAAAAGUGCUGUUUGUGUGUGAAAAAUGCAAAAAAGUCACUUUCAUUGACCAUAUCAUUGCUGUGAUAUGUUUUACUGUUUUGAAUCACUAAUAUUUUUGUUCAGUGAAGUCUCCCGAGUAAAACAGUACCCCCCAUAUACAGGUUUUAGGGUGUUGUAGAACGUUACAGGGUAAAAUACAGUGCUAGCAAAUUAAAUUCUCUGGACUUUCGGCCUGGAUUGGCAGGCAGGUCCCUCAAAUUGCAAUCAAUAAAAUUACUUAAUUAUGUAAAAAUAUUACAUAAAUACGCACAUAGAAUCUAAAUAUAUAUGCAUAUUUAUAUAUUUGAAGUCUACGUGUAUAUUUAUAUAAUUAUUUAUGUAGUUUUGUAUAUGGACAUAUGUAUAUUUCGUAUUAUUUUUAUUUAUUUAUAUAUAUAUAUAUAUGUAUAUAUAUAUGUAUACAAAUUCAUUCUAAGUGUAUUUUGAUAUAUAUAUUAAUAUCAAAAUACAGUUAGAAUAAAAUUUCAUAUAGAUAUAUAAUUUUUAAAAAAAAAAUUAUUAUUAUUUUUACAUUUUUAAAUUUAAUUUAAAUUACUUAUUUAUAUUUUAUAAUAAUAUAUAUAUAUAUAUAUAUAUACAGAAUAUAUAUAAUUAUAUAAUAUAUACGUGUGUAAUUUAAUUAGAAGUGUAUUUUUAUAUUAAUAUAAGUACAUAUUAAUAUAAAAAUACACUUAUUAUAUUACAUUAUAUAUGAUAUAAUUAUUAUUAUUAUUACAUUAUAUAUGAUAUAGACAUAUUAUAUGAUAUAAUAUGUAUAUAUAUAUAUAUAUAUAUAUAUAUAUAUAUUAUUUAUUUUUAAUUAACACUAACUAUUUUUUGAUUUUACAGUUGCAGGGAGACUGCCUGUCAGCACAGGCAGACACAUGGACAACUAUUGUGACCAUGUGAUCGCUAUGUUGAGCGAUCACAUGGCCACAGGGUUCCUAAUUCAGUGUGGGGAGACUGUCUGGGCUGCAGGCAGUCUCCCCACAACGGGAGCAACGCUGAUCGCCGCUGGGGGAACGACGGUGAUCAGGUAAGUAACUAGGACCGUUAGGACGGUUCAGGGCCGUCAGCGGUCGGCUAUGGGAAAAUGCAGAUGACGGUCCUGAACCGUCCUCAGUCCUUAAGGGGUUAAAACGGAAUGAGGCAAAAAUGCGAUUCUUUGUUAAACUAAUUUGCAUAUACCUACCCAGAAUCCUUUGCGGUUGUAACAUCGCUGCAGUUUUGUGAUUUCUGUGGGAAAAGCAAGGCUUGACUGGUGUGCAGAUUUUUGUUUAACAUUGUAUUAACUAUAUAUAUAUAUAUAUAUAUAUAUAUAUAUAUAUAUAGCACUUGCAUAUAUAAUAUUUGUAUGUUUUGCUUAAACCCAAUGGUUAUGAUAUGGUCCUGGCAGGAACCUUAAGUUGUUAAGGCUUAAAGAGUUGCUGAACAUUUUUUUAUUUAUAUAUUUUUUCCUUGAUAUUUGUAGACAGUGACAUACGAGUGAUUUAUGACAGCCUAAUAAUAGAACCACACAUUUUGAAAAGAAAACACAGAUAAGAGAUCUUAUCCAAGUCACUGCACAUCCACAGAACUAAUAAGUAAAUUUAGGUGAAAAAGUAGUGCAGUGCAAAUUAAGUCCUCGUAAUAUAAAAAGGACAGUGAAUGGAACUCAGUCCCUAGUCUGCACCAUGACAUAGCCCCUUUAAUGCCCAAAUGUAAAAACACCAAUAUGCCAUUAAAGUGCUCUGGAUUACAGGAACACUCCAAGCACCAGUAUUUUAAAAUGGUUUGGCUUCUUACCUGGGGUCUGCUGAAUGUUUGGAAGCAUUUUAGGCAGCCAUGACCCAGGAAGGAUCUCUAACAGCAAUCUGAGGAGUAGCCAGUGAAGUUAUCACUAGGCUGUAAUAUAAACACUGCAUUUUCUCUGAAAAGAUAGUGUUUACAGCAAAAUGCCUGAAGGUAAUGAUUCUACUCACCAGAACAAAGCUGUAAUUGUUCUGGUGACUACAGUGUCCCUUUAAGUAUAGAUUGCAAUGGCGCUUAAAGAGUCCCCUCGAAAUAUAUACAUUGUAUAAUGUGCAGAGAGACCCUAGGCUUCAUUGUGAAGGUUUCACGGUCACUUGCAGCUGCUCAAUCCUACCUGCCAAAAAUGUCUAAUUUUUGUAAGAAAUUGACAAAACUCUCUCUGUUUCACCAUCAGUCACAGCGACCUUUCUGGUAUGCACGCUAAUGCCCCAGUCUAAUUAGCUAUCAGACAGUGGUUAGAGUCAGGAAAAGUAUGUCAUAAGGACAUGUAUGGAUUUUACACUCCUCAUGGAAUUACAGGAUAUUAGCUAAUCUCUCAAAGGAGCUACUGUUAAGAUAACAUAUUCAUUGCCACCUGAAGGCUAUUGUAAUAAACAUCACAGGGAUAUUACCUAAAAAGCUUUUAAAAAUUGCAGCUAAUCUAAUUCUGUUCCAGUGGAGACAUCUUGAUCCAGCCAGUCCUGGUCAUCUCAGUAUGAUUGUUUUGUAUUGUUAAAGGGACACUAUAGUCACCAGUGCAACUACAUGUAUUCCUGACCCUAUAGUGUUAACACCAGCAUCUAGCCCCCCUGCCUCCAUAAAUAUAGUAAAACUGUUACUGUAUUCAAGCCAGAAGCUAUAACUCUGCAUGCUGUUUGCCUAAAAAAAAAAAACAGUCUGCUGACAUCAUCAGAAGUGGUAGCCUGAUCCAAUCACAGUGCUUUCCCAUAGGAAUGGCUGAGACCGACAAGGAGGCAGAUCAGGGGCAGAGCCAGGCAGCCAGCAUGAUUCAAACACAGUCCUGGCCAAUCAGUCAGUCUCAUCAUAGAGAUGAAUUGAAUCAAUGAAUCUCUAUGAAGAAAGUUCAGUGUCUGCAUGCAGUGGGAGGAGAUACUGAAUCACAGGAUGCUCGUGCACAGCAGAUCUGAGUGGAUGGAGGCAUAUUAUGCCUCCAUCAACUCCGAAGUCCCAAUGGUUCACUGUGAGUGACUGCAACUGGAGGUGUUCCUAGCUUUCAAUGUAAACACUGUAUUUUCCCAGAAAAUACAGUGUUUACAUGAGAAAGGCUGCAGGGAGCUAUAGUUCUCAAAUGAACAACCUCAUUACAGGUGACUAUAGUGUCCCUUUAACAAAAUGAAUAAGGCCUUCUGUAAGUGAAUGAAAGAGGCAGAUUCGCUGCUGGUGAUUCCUUAUUCGGGCACUAGGAGUUGUAGUUAUAGCACAAAAUGUUUUUACAAAAAAAUACACAUCUCGUUAUUUUAUUUAUGGUCUGCUGUCAGAAGAAUUCCUGCGCAUUUGGAUCCUUGACUGUCUCUUAAAUUACAGGCUUAUUCAUUAAAUUGGUAGGAAUUCAAAGUAAAAUUAAAAAAUGCAGGCCAAAAUAGCCAACAUUAAAUACAACUGAUUUAGAGAUUUUUAUUAAAUUUUUUGAUAAUGAAUUGCAGUGAUUUUAAAAGGUACUUUAUACUUUCACACAAUUCACUAAAAUGUUCCUGUAUAUUACCUGUCUUCAAGCAGAUAUUAUUAUUAUUAUUUAUAAAGCGCCAAGAAAUUCCAUAGCGCUGUACAAUGGGUGGACUAACACACACGUUAUUGUAACCAAACGAGUUGGACGCACAGGAACAGUGGGAUUGAGGGCCCUGCUCAGUGAACUUACAUGCUAGAGGAAGUGGAGUACAGUCACACAAAAUGUAAGGGUAAGGGUAGAAAAGGAGGUUGCUAGAAAAGUAUUCACUGAGGGCUUAGUGUUUUGUUUUGAUGACAGUUGCAGGAGAGGAAUCAGGGUGCGGGAUAUGUUGGACUUCUACUCCUUAAUUAUUUUUCUUGGUUAAAGAGGUGUUAGCAUGAUAUUAAUUUUAUAGUACCAAACACAAUUUAUUAUUUGAGUGUAUGCGACUCUGCCCCGGCACCGGCCGCCGCAUACCUGCCAACAUUUCAAAUGGACAAAGAGGGACGCUUUCAUUUUAGGGGGUAAAGUUUUAAUGACAAUAAAAAGAAAUUAAACAAAAAAAAGUUUUAGCUGCCUUAUUAAUAACAAUUUAAGCAACUAAAAUGUAGUUUAGAUCAAGGACAAUGUAUCUUGUUUACACUGACUGACAUCUAAAUGCAAUACUUGUCGUUUAAAGACACAUUCCUGCGAGUAAUAUUGCCGUGGAGCUCUGUUAUACAAUCAAACGCACAAACAAUAUGGAGCUCCUAGGAAAGAAGGACAUUGGGAUAGAAAACAGAAAAAAGGGGAUUUGGGCCCAAAGUAGGAACUGUCCCUCCUAAAUAGUGAAACUUGGGAGGUAUGUAAGAGUGCACCUACUUCAGUGACAACAAACUUGCAUUAUGGGAGGUGUAGUCCACCAGCUGGAGAGAUAUAAGCUGUCUUCCCAUCAUCUAAACACCACUUAUUACUCCAUAUGUGCAUGUUUUCCUAUAUAUCCUGCCCACGUCUUUUGGGAUUUAAAAAAAACAAACAUUUUUUUUAAUGGAAUGAGUAAUGACCUUGGGACUGUGAACACACUUCCUGAGAGUAUAGUACUCUGGGUCAAACCUUCAGCAUUUCCAAGAAUCUAUGUGGUUUGAGAUAAAAUGCUACUAGAAAAGUAUGUAUAAAUAUUUUUAUUUUUCAUUCAUACGGCUGUGUAUAGUCAUUCAUGGAAUAUCAUUAAAAAAAAACACACUUGGAAGCCUGUAUGUAUAAAAUAUAUUACUUUAAUGGUGGUAAGAGCAAGCUAUUGAGAGUACGGCCCAGGAGACUUGUUCUUUUUCUCUGGUGUCCAUAUUUCCCCAAGAAACAUUCCACAAGUAUUAUUAUAUGUGUUAUUAACUCUGCUGCAUUGUCACAAGGCAUCCCUGCUCAUCGAGGAGGACUUUUAUAGUGCACAUGAGCAGCGGUGACUUACUGGUCGGCAGGUUGGCGUGUUAGCCCUGCAGAAAUGUGUGCUAGACUAAGCCGUCCUCUUUUUGGGGACUCCUCAACACUGUUCAUCACUGGUAAAUCCCCUCAUCAGCAACACUCCCCCCAUUAUGAUUUUGAACCAUUUCAAUGUUAUCGCCAAGAUCCCGGUGGGCCGAGGCCGGCAGGGGAGAUCACAGGAGCCCCGGCCCUGCUGUGUGCCUCCAUGGGCUGGUGGGAAGAUCAAAGAUCUCCCUCACCAGCCCAAAGGCAUGGAGAUGCGGCCGCAGACGGGAGAGGGAGGCAGGAGAGGACCGGCAGAGCUCUAACCAACAGCUCCGCCAGGUCCUUUAGCUGAUUCUGAGCGUUGCCACGGCAACGCUCAGAUCUCGCGAGAGUGAACUCUAGCCUAUAGUUCACUCUAGAGUUCACUCUCACCACUGGACCACCAGGGAAGGAUGGCAGCACGGCACCCCUCAUGGCACCUCAGGCAGAACGGCUCCCCCCCCUCCCAGGCUAAAGGUAAGAAGGGAGGAGGGGAUAGAACUUUUUUUUUUUUUUAUUAUUGAUAAAAAAUAUAUAUUUUAAUUUAAAUAAAAAAUAAAUUCACAGACACACACUGCACCCCACACACACACUGCACCCCACACACACACUGCACCCCACACACACACAGCACCCCCAGACACACACAGCACCCCCAGACACACACAGCACCCCCUCACACACACAGCACCGCCAGACACACAGCACCGCCAGACACACACAGCACCCCCAUACACACAGCACCCCCCCAACUCACACGUCACCCAGACACACACAGCAACCCCACACACACACAGCACCCCCACACACACGCACCCCCACACACACACAGCACCCCCACACACACAGCACCCCCAGAUAAACACAUCACCCAGACACACACAGCACCCUCAGACACGCACAGCACCCAGACACACACAGCACCCUCAGACACACACAGCACCCCUAGACACACACAGCACCCCCAGAUACGCACAUCACCCUCAGACACACACAGCGCCCCUAGACACACACAGCACCCCUAGACACACACAGCGAGUGAGUUAACAAAGAAAAUUAGAAACCUAGAAUGUGACGGCAGAUAAAAACACCCUCACACGCAGCGCCCCUCACACAUACAAUACGUCCCCUUGUUAGGGGGCCGCUCUGAUUGAAAAGUACCCGGGCCUAAUUUUUUUUCCCAGUCCGGCCCUGAACGCAAUGCUUCCUAACCUUUCAAGCGGCCUUGAUGAGGCCUUUAGAUUGAAGGAGACUCUGGGCAAGCAGCUGCUAAAGCUUGUUUAUACAUUAGCACAAUCAGUGCCAGUCCUGAAAUGUUGAUGGUGACUGCAUGGCCCAGCUAAGUCUAUGCAUUUACUGCCAGCUAAGAUUGAGAGGUGGCUCGGGGGAAUCUGUGGUAGCCGGCCCUUUUUACGCAGGGAAUUAGAACAGUUUCUUGCAAAUUGCUUCUGUGAAAUUGCUUCUCCCCUCCCAAGGGACCACACCACCCCCUCGUCAAGUUCACAGCCAUCCUUCUCCUGUUUAUUUUCUGGCUGCGAGAAGCAUCUCCCAUAAUGAAAGAAUUUGCUAUCCAGACUGUCAUUCCUGGCUUGCGUCUCUCACUCUCUCCCACCCCCUCUCGUGUUCAGUUCUCUGCGUAUUUACCUUCCUCUGCUGUCUUAUACAUGAAAAGUCCAAAUAAAUGUCUUAAUUUUUUCAUAUAUCACAGAAUGCCUUCUUGUUUAAUUUAUCCUUUUUAAUGCUGUCAUAUACAAUGCUAUAGAUCUCCUCUGUCCUCCGGAGACCAUCCCAAUCACAUUCUUUGUCUGUGUGCAGUAUACGUUGUGUUAUGGGGCCUUAGGCAUUUGUCCACCCAUAUAAUAUUUACAUUUAGAUGAUAUUAUUAAGCUGGGAAGAUGCCCUCAGUUAACCCAUGUUAUAACCCACGAAAUACUGGAUGGGCUUGUUUACUAUAGAAUGCUUGGUACUAAAAGAUUAACAAUAAAAUUCCAUAUAUUGCUGAUAUCAUUCGAUCCUUCUCGAGUGUGAGGUGUGGAUACCCCUCUGGUGUUCACAGUGGACCUUUUUGUAGGUUCUAAGGCCUCCAGUUAGGAUCUAAUUAUCCUGAGAGUUAUCCAUAACAACUGAUUUAAUCCCGCGAUUCAUUAGAACUUUAUCAAUUAAUAACUCAUACAGAUUCAAAGUAGCAACCCAACAAUCUCAGUACGAAUUAAAUUACUGGUUCUGAGAAUCUUUGUUCAACCUGAGAUCGUUCCCAGUAACCUUUAGACCCUGAGAAUCUGACCAUCCACCUCAACCUCCAGAACACUGAGAAUCUGUAGAGUUGCAUUGAGAAUCUGCCCAUGGAAAAAGAGAAUCUGCAGCUUUAAAUUGAUGCCCUCAGAAACUGCCCAUUUACCCUGAAAACCAACCCAUUCAGCACAAGAUCCUGCUUAUUCACCAUGGGAAUCUGCCCAUAUACUUUUCGAAUCUUCACAAACACGUGAGAAUUUGCAUAGUUACAUUGAGACCCCAAGAAUCUGUCAAUUCGCCAGAGAGUAUCUGCUCAUAGGAUUGCAGUAAAUAAAUCUCUGUGUCAAACCACCUGAGUUCCCAGAUAUGUCACUGACUAUAAACCUGACCCUGACCAGCGUUAUGCAUUGGGGUGAGGGAAUUCACGAGUAAGGAAUUAUUACUAAGUAUUUUUGUAGUUUUUCUUCUCUACCAGUAGAUUAGCAAAAAACUGCAUUUUUUAACCUAGAGUUUAUUUCUCUUCCACCCACCCGAUCUCAUCCCCGCAAUUUCAUAAUUUACGUGUCCUCGUCAUUUUUUUUUCUAUUUUCUCCUCCAGACUCCCCUGUGUUUAACUGUCUCCUCAGACUUUCAUUUUUCCUCUUCUAGUCUAUUAUCCUGUCCCUGACCCGCGCCUGCAGAGCAGUAAUUGUUAAUUGCUCAGAGACAGCUCUUUGAGUCAGCCUGUAUUCUAUAACUUAUUAUUUCUGGGUAGGUGGGGGCAUUGGAAACACACCGACCUAAAGCUAGGAUUGCUAACUUAUUGGUAAAAAAAAAAAAAAAAAGUGAAAAAAAUAAUAAAACAAUAUAAAAAUUGCUUGGAGCCAGGAGUAUUGUAAUGCAAUAGAAGAAUUUUUUUUUUUACAUUUUAUUUUGACAUUUUUUUAAUUUUAUGAUGAGCAAAUUUUGUCUUUCGCUAAUCGAAAACAAUCAAAGAAAAUGCAAAUAUCUUAAAUGUUUUAUUAAAGAAAUGUAAAAAGAUACGCACAAAUCCUAACGAGCAUACUAAUUACAGUAAUAGACAGUCCAUUUUCAGUUCCCUAAUCAUUUAGCGAGUUGUAAUCCACGCCUAAAACGCAACAGUGGCCAAAAGACUGGAAAAGGUCAGUCUACAUCCCAAUCUUAAAAAAAAGGCAAUGCCAAAGAGUGCUCCAAUUAUCGAACAAUUGCACUAAUUUCGCAUGCCAGCAAGGUAAUUCUUAAGAUCUUACAAGCUCGUCUCAAACAAUAUAUGGAUCGGGAAUUACCAGAUGUCCUCUGCGGAACCCAGCUUGUUCAAGGCACAAGAGAUCAAAUUGCCAAUGUACGAUGGAUAAUAGAGAAAGCCAGAGAGUUCCACAAAAACACCUACUUCUUCUUCAUAGACUAUUCUAAAGCCUUUGACUGUGUGGAUCACAACAACAUGUGGCAAGUUCUUAAAGAGAUGGGAGUACCAGAUCACCUCAAUCUGCCUCCUGAGGAAUCUGUAUGUGGACCAAGAAGCCACAGUCAAAACCGAACAUGGGUCAACAGAAUGGUUCAAGAUUGGGAAAGGAGUGCGACAAGGUUGUAUAUUGUCACCUUAUUUAUUCAACUUAUAUGCGGAAUACAUAAUAUGCAAGGCUGGGCUGGAUGAAUCCAAAGCUGGAAUCAAUAUUGCUGGAAGAAAUAUCACUAACCUCAGAUACGCGGAUGAUACUACUCUGAUGGCUGAAAGUGAGGAAGAACUAAAUGACCUGUUGAUGAGGGUAAAAGAAGAAAGUGCAAAAGCUGUCUUGCUGCUUAAAGGACCACUCUAGGCACCCAGACCACUUCAGCUUAAUGAAGUGGUCUGGGCGCCAGGUCCUUCUAGGGUUAACCCAUUUUUUCAUAAUUAUAGCAGUUUCAGAGAAACUGCUAUAAUUAUGAAUGGGUUAAGCCUUCCCCCUAAUCCUCUAGUGGCUGUCUCAUUGGCAGCCACUAGAGGCGCUUGCGUGCUUCUCACUGUGAAAAUCACAGUGAGAGCACGCCAGCGUCCAUAGGAAAGCAUUGUAAAUGCUUUCCUAUGAGACCGGCUGAAUGCGCGCGCAGCUCUUGCCGCGCGUGCGCAUUCAGCCGGCGGGGCGUAACGGAGGUGGAGAGGAGGAGGAGAGCUCUCCGCCCAGCGCUGGAAAAAGGUAAGUUUUUACCCCUUUCCCCCUUCCAGAGCCGGGCGGGAGGGGGACCCUGAGGGUGGGGGCACCCUCAGGGCACUAUAGUGCCAGGAAAACGAGUAUGUUUUCCUGGCACUAUAGUGGUCCUUUAACGUUAAAAAGACUAAGAUCAUGGCAAAUCUUAGUUCCUGGCAAAUAGAUGGGGAAGAAGUGGAGGCAGAGACGGAUUUUAUUUUCCUGGGAUCCAAGAUCUCUUCAGAUGGUGACUGUAGUCAUGAAAUUAAAAGACGUUUGCUUCUGGGGAGGAAAGCUAUGGCAAGCUUGGACAAGCUGGUAAAAACUAAAGAUAUUACACUAUCAACAAAGGUCUGCAUUGUCAGAACUAUGGUAUUCCCAGUAGUAACAUACGGAUGUGAGAGCUGGACUAUAGAGAAGGCUGAGCAUCGUAGAAUUGAUGCCUCUGAACUGUGGUGUUGGCAAAAACUGCUUAGAAUCCCUUGGAUUGCAAGGAGAUCCAAUAAAUCCGUACUACAGGUAAUCAAGACAAACUGUUCACUGGAUGCUAUGAUCAUGAGGCUGGAGCUGGAAUAUUUUGACCAUAAAAUGAGAAGACAGAAUUCUCUAGAGAAGACUCUGAUGCUGGGAAAGAUUUGAAGGCACACGAAGAAUGGGACGACAGAGACAGAUAGAUGAGGUCACUGAAACCACGAACAUGAAGUUGUUGGGGCUCAGAGGGGCAGUGACUGACAGAUGUACCUGGCGGGCCAUCGUCCGACAGUCGGACACGACCGAACGACUAAACAACAGUCCAUGCCUAUGAGCUUGCACUGAUAAAAUAUGCCCUGAGGCUGCAUAUUGUUUGGCUGGGUGUGAUGGGAGUUAUGAUGUGGAGUAGCUUGCAGUUGCUUGUCUUUGAGAUAUAUUAUGUUGCUCUUCGACAUUUUCCUUAUACCUGUAUGAUGACAAGCUGCCAAACGUAUGUGUGAAGAAUCCCGAGCUGGUGUCCCCUUGAAUGUCACCUAAGUAGCAUAAUGAAAUGAUGAACAGAUCUGCCCUUUCUUGUCCUUGCUGUAUCAGCAUAUUAGAAAUGGCUUAAAAUCUGUUAUGUGCCAUAUCUGUGGGUGACAGACAUACCAUGUCCAUCAUGUAAAAUGAACAAAAUUUUUAUUCUGGGUUCUUGUGAUUAUCAUACAUGUGGAUCGAAUCUUCAAGGUUGAGUAAGAGCACAGAAUAAUGUAACUAACCAAACAAAACAAGCAGGUUUUUUUGUGUGCAACAAAACACCAAAAAAUAGAUAUUAUACAAAAGAUUAUGAAUUGGUAGAAUAAAACAGAAUUUUUUUGUGUGAAAUUGUUGAAGUGCACUAUCUGUAAUAGAAAAUACUUGGAUCAAAUAAAUAGUUAAAAGCAGCAUGAUCUCUCUCUCUAGUCUUCUGAUUCGACCUAUAGUUCAGCUUGCUUCUUAAAAACAUAAAAAAUGUGCAAUUUUUUUUUCUCAUAUGCCAUGACCCUGUAUCUACAUGUGUGUUUGCAAUAUGCUUGUCAAUGCUAUCGCGGCAACACAAAGUAAUAUUUUUUUUUUUAUUAUUUUUUUUUUAAAAGCUGCGUCAUAUGUGUAAAGCAAAAUUGCUAAAUUCGGAUUUUGGAAAUGCAGCGUAUUGAAAAUUCCAUUUUAAAAAUUGUGUGAAGUGUUCUUGCCUCCACCAGUAGUCUACAGCAGGAGUGGGCGGAGUAACUGUUAUUAUUUAUUUAAAUAGCACAUUUAAUUGCAACUUUGUUGCCCAAAGUGCUUCACAGUUACAUUAACCCCUUCAGGACGGAGUCAAUAGUACACGUUCUGAUCAAAACAAAACGUAAACAAAAACUGGAAUUUGCGCUAUAUGUCUGUUCACCCGUAAUUCACCGCUGUCACAUUAAGUGCACCCACACUUAUUAUAUAUCAUUUUGUUCAGGAGAAACAGGGCUUUAAUUUAUCAUUAACUAUUCAUAUAUGGAACAUAAUUUAUUAUGAGUAAAAUUUUAAAAAAUGUGAGAAAAUAAGAUUUUUCUUUAAAUUUGUAUUUCUGUCUGACAUUUUAGCUGUUAAUGUCGUAAUACUGCAAAAAAAAUGCACAUAUUUGUAAUCAGCGAUGUCUCAUGAGUACAACAGUACCCCCCAUUAACAGGUUUUAUGGUGUUUUGGAAAGUUACAGGGUCAAAUAUAGAACGUUCCAUUUUCAAAUUGAAAUUUGCCAGAUUAGUAAUGUUACCUUUGAGACGGUGUGGUAGCCCAGGAAUGAGAAUUACCCCCAUAAUGGCAUACCAUUUGAAAAAGUAGACAACCCAAGGUAUUGAACGUGGGGUAUGUUUAGUCUUUUUUAGUAGCCACUUAGUCACAAACACUGGCCAAAGUUAGCGUUCAUAUUUGUUUUUGUGUGAAAAAGCAAAAAACUAAUAUUUGGCCAGUGUUUGUGACUAAGUGGCUACUAAAAAUGACUGGACAUACCCCAUUUGCAAUACCUUGGGUUGUCUACUUUUGCAAAUGGUAUGCCAUUAUGGGGGUAAUUCUUAUUCCUGGGCUACCAUACGCUCUCAAAGGCAACAUAACCAAUCUGGCAAAUUUCAAUGUCAAAAAAAUGAAAUGCAAGCCUUAUAUGUGACUCUCUAACUUUCCAAAACACAAUAAAACCUGUACAUGGGGGGUAUUGUUAUUCUCGGGAGACUUCACUAAACACAAAUAUUAGUGUUUUAAAACAGUAAAACAUAUUACAACAAUAAUAUAGUCCAUAAAAGUGCCGUUUGUUUGUAAAAAAUGCAAAAAACUUCACUUUUACUUAAAAUAUCGUCGUUGUAAUACAAUUUACCAGUUUGAAACACUAAUAUUUGAGUUCAGCGAAGUCUCCCGAGUAAAACAGUACCCCCUAUGUACAGGUUUUAUUGUGUCUUGGAGAGUUACAGGGUCAAAUAUAGUGCUUGCGAAUUAAAUUCUCUGCACUUUCUCCCUGUGUUGUCAGGCAUGUCAAUCAAAUUUUAAUUAAUCAAAUCACAUAAUUAUGUUAAAAGAUUACUUAAAUAUACACGUAGAAUUUUAAUAUAUAUGCAUUUAUAGGUAUUUAAAUUCUACGUGUAUACUAAUGUAAUCUUUUAUGUAAUUAUAUGUAUAUAUAUAUAUAUGUGUAUAUAUAUAUAUAUAUAUAUAUAUAUAUAUAUAUAUUUUUGCGGUUAUUUGUAUUUUAUAUAUAGAAUGUCAUUCUAAGUGUAUUUUGUUACCAAUAUAUAUAUAUUAAUAACAAAAUACAGUUAGAAUUAAAUUACAUAUGAAUAUAUAAUUUAUAUUAAAUUUUGUUUCAAUAUUUUAUUUAUUUUAUUAUUUUAUUUAUUAAUGUAUUUAUACGUGUGUGUGUGUAUAUAUAUAUAUAUAUAUAUAUAUAUAUAUGUGUGUGUAUAUAUCUAUUAUAUAUAUAAUAUAUAUACAUAUUAUAUAUAUGUAAUGUCAUUCUAAGUGUAUUUUGUUAUUAAUAUAUAUUAGUAUUAAAAUACACAACUUAUGACGUUAUAUAUAUAUAAUUUUUUACAGUUUCCACCAGCAGGGGGACUGUCUGAUAUUUCAGACAGCCCCCCUGCUGGCAGAUCUAUAGCCAGCUAUAGGGGGCCAUGUGAUCGCUCUUUUAGAGCGAUCACAUGGCCACUGGGAGCCUCAUUCGCCGGGGGAGGGCUGCCUGGGCGGUCUGGCAGCCCUCCAGAAGAGGAUCGCAGCGGAGGUAAGUAGCUGCGAUCCCCUGGGGCUGAAAGCCGUUACGGCGUUCUAUGCCGCCGCAACGGCUUUAUAGCCCUUUAAAGCCGCGACGGCAUAGAACGCCGUAACGGCGUUAAGGGGUUAAAACAUACAUUUAUAAAAACAUUAGCAGGUGUACAAAAGGCCCUGUCCUUGCUGCUCAGCCUGGCACCGGUCAGAGUAUUUUGGCGGUUGCCAUUUUCAAACGGUCGUAUUUUAAAAACUAUAAGUCCUACAGUGAAGAGCUUUAUAUUGUGAGAAUCACAAGACCCAGACCUACAUUUUGAUGCAUAGUAUGUCUCCGAAGUAUUAAAAAUGAAGGCACAGUCGCAGUUUAGAAAUUGCCGUUCAAGUUUGAGCUGGCUAGAGUGAAGUUUCAAUGAAUGUCAAUGGACAACAUGAGUUGCAAACAAAUGGUCAUAUUGUGAAAACUAUCAGGACUAUGGCUUAGCUGUGGACAUUUUUAGUGGCAGCAGGGAUAUCCGAACGUUUUGAUAUAAGAUUUGUGUAGGUGGGCUUGAAAAUGAGGGAGUGGUGGCAGUUUAGAAAUCAUGUCCUGAUUUUUCAGCUUUUGCCAGCUCCCACUCUAGUUUUGAACAUUUUGCCAUUCAUUCCUAUGGGACCAAUUUCGCCACAAGAACGAUGAUAUUCCGUGAUCCAUUCGGCGAAACGUUCCACAAAGUAAUAGCAAUCCAAUCGGGAACAAUCCGCAUGUUUUGGUAUAUUACUGUCUAUGUAGUGUAAAAACUAUGGGAGGAGUUAGGGUGGCAAAUUUGGCUAUAAUAAGAAUAAGAAUAAUAUAUAUGUGAGAUAACAUUAAGUGGUCUUGCUAUACAAGAAUACUUAAUUAGGGCAAAGUAACUUAUUUGGAAAAAUUCUCCAAAAUAGCUAUAGCCAUAGAAUAUUUUAGCCUGAAUACUGGUUACGUUUUCAAUUAAUUGCUUAUAAACUAAUAUACUUUAUUAGUAUACCAUCAAAAAGUUUUGAAACAGAUUUGGAAAUUUUAGGCUAAUCUAACCUAAACGUAUUUUAUGUACCCUGCUUGGGUCUGCAGAUCUCUUGUGCAAGGAUUUGCAUAUGGUAGGCAGAAUUAUUAAAAUUUUUAUAGGUGCUUUUAUGUAGGGUUAUGGUAUAAAUUAUUGGAAAGGUCAUCUUAGCCAGUUAUCCUUCCAAAGAUGAUAACAUGAAUACUAUUAAGUAGGGUGAUAAUUUCGGUAAAUAUUAAUAUACUUUUCCUGAUUAAAUACUUAAAUAUUACUAUUACUCAACUUAAUAAUUUUCAUAUUAUUAACACUGAAAAUAUGAGUCUGGCUGUGUUGCAAGUCAAUGGUGUGAACCGUUACUUUACGUACUAAAGAACUAACCAACGGAACAUGAUGGGAUACAUAAGAGAACUGAAACUAAACAGUCUAAUCAAGGCGCUCUAGAUGAGUCCUCUAAUUAGUAUCCAAGGGAAUGAAGCACUCCGACCAAUCAGCAAGUCCUACUCUCUGAGAUAAUCUUUGCAGUCACUGGGUUUCUAUCCCUUAAUUUACAAGGCUCUAAGAGGGUCUGCGUUAGGGGGAUUUAACAAUAGGCAGCCUGAUUGCAUUAACACCCCGCAGAGACCAGAGAACGCAAAGACCUGGCUCUUGAUGUAAUUGAUUGUGGCAGUAAAUGUAGCAGGUUGAGGAUAGGCACAUGUGAGCCACAGGAGAUCAGUACACGCACUGGACCUCCCAAGUUCUCCGAAAGUAGGUCCUUUUUUUCAUGGAGAUCCGCUAUUUCAACUGUGAAUUCUGGCCGUUCAUUUAAUGUCGACCACAAAACAUUUCCUGACUGGUUGAUUUUUUUGAACAGAUAGUUUUGUAAGUGGCACUUAAAUCUAAAAAUAAAGUCUGUCAAUAACAGUUCGGUUUAAAGUGGCACUGUCCCCUAAUAUUUCUUUCUGUAAAUCAGUUUGGAAUAACAAUACAAAUCAUUUCAUAUUAUUUUUUUUAUAACAAGGUACAGUGAGUUUAUCUGGAAUUACCACUUGAAGAUCUAUCGGUGUUGCAGCAUGGAGGCGGCCAUCACGAUUAUUAAACACUCAAUGACAGUUACUGAUUAAAUAAAAAACUAAGGCUGCAGAGAUCGUAUGAUAUCAGCUGUUUAUCAGAGUCUGUGAUUUGCACAGGAAACGAGAAAAUUAUUCUUCGAACUCACCAAUGACGCACAUACUUUUUUUUUUUUAUUUAUUAAAAAAAAUUAGUGAUCCUGAACUUUUGUAGACCACCCCCUUUACUGUUCAACCCCCACAUUUUCCCUUUCUUUCUUUCUUUCUUUCUUUCUUUCCUUCUUUCUUACUUUUUCUUUUUCUCCUAAAUCUAGGUAAUCCAGGAGAACACUAAAAAUAGUUACACAAUGAGAUAACACUGGGUCUAUAAACUACCAGUGAGAUAAUACAUAUUUGGUGCUCAAACCUAGACGACUCAGUUGAAGAUAUAUACGUCCAGUAAAUAUUCUGAGAUGACAUAUUGAUCCGUUUUUGUUUGUUAACCUCCUGAAUAUAGAAACAAGAUUUUACCUUCAGUUACAGUAGAGCAUUGUAUUUUCCGUUGGGUUAAUGUCACAGUCUUGUUGAACAUUAAACUCGUUAAGAGAUCGGAGAGGAUGAUAAAACAAGUGUAUUUAACCUGAUUAUAGCCAUUGUGACAAUCUAACUGUAGUUGCCAAGUUUAAAUUAACAAGAAUAUAUUAAACUGUAGGUGAAUAUUUUAGAUCGAAAUGGAAGUUAAUGGUAACAGGUAAAUAAAACAUGCAGUGGUCGAACAUCGAGUCCUCCUCUUUGGCCAGUGCGUUUCGCCCUCAAACUAGGGCAUCCUCUGGAACCUAUAUUUUGUCUCAUGAUAAAUGUUGCCUUAAAUUAAUCUUGGUUUAAUAAAUACAAUCAAAACUGAAGCGAAAUCCAGGUUGCGAAUUCAGGAACUGAACAGAGCUGUCAAUCAAAUACUGAACUUGGCUAGUAAUUUAGUUUAUGUAGGAUCUGAGUGCCAACAUAUUCAGGGUAACCUAAUGUCACCUGUACCUAUACCAUGGUUUCAUUAGAUAUUCUUCAGCAUGAUGGUGUAAAAACUUUUUGUUUCUUUGCUUGGUUUAUUUCAAUGUCUGUCCACUGUAGCAGAAAUGGUGUUGAUACCCAAUACGGUACCUAAAGUUCCAUGGGCCUCAUCAAUUAAAUCCUCAUAAUUUCUGGCAUAGAAAAGCUUUGGGAGAUAGUAACAAUUUUAUUGUGUGUGAAUGUGCACCCCUCGUUCCAUUCCGCAAUCUAAUUUUUGUAGCACCAUCUAUAAUUCAAAACUGAUCAUCAUGUUAUGAGGGACAUAGACACUCUGGAUGGUGUUAGAGAAAGCUGAUAAUGCGAAGUUAAUAAAGAGGCAACAAACGUACUCUGUAGUUACACAUUCUGCAGGUAUGUUAAUGAUUUAUAACAGGUCUGUCCAACUGGCGGCCCUGGUACUAGGUGGUAUUCCAAAUGCUGUUAUACUCUAUGGGAUCUAUAUACACCAUCUUAGAAAUAAUGUCCAUCCCACCUAAAAUCAUCAUUCUUUAGGCCAAAUAUUCAGUUGAUAUCCAUGUAUUUUAUGCACCAUUUCUUAGACACACUGUUAUACUGGGCUAUAUAAUGUGUGCACUCCAUUAUAUAUAUAUAUAUAUAUAUAUAUAUAUAUAUAUAUUAUUUAUUUUUUAUGAAUUAAAAAAAAAAAAUAUUAUUUUUAUUACAUUUUUUUCUUUACAUUUAGUGGAAUAAAUGGUAUAAAACGGGACAAUUACUUCUUGUAGUGGGUCGUUUUGCUCCGAAUUUGUGUUAGACCCAGGAUGUGCCCUAUCACAUUUCCCAGUUUUAGUUCUCCAUAUACAUAUAUAUGUCUGCAUGCAUAUUUAGCUAGCUCCUAUUCCAAUGCAAAUCCUAUAUAGUGUUCCCUCUAAGUAGCCCUUCGUAAGUGAUCCAACCAGGAAACAGUGAAGAAAAAAUAAUUUUUUUUUCAAUCCUCCUGUAUUUUCUAUUGAUUUCCUUUUGUUCCUACUAAAGGUGUAAUUAUUUUUAUUUAACACGAUCACAAAUGCUUAGGGGGAAUAUUGAGUUACUAAUGCAUAUUUCUUUUAAUACAAAUAAUAACAGUAACUCCAGUCGAGCCUUAAAUAAUCUUAUAUUACAAAAAUUACUAAAGUUAUUUACGCAGAGCCAAGUAACCGCCUCUUGCACUGAAAAGGCUUGGAGAAAUUGCUACGCUUUUUGUGUUUAGAUCUGGUUUAACUAGGUACCAGGGGCUUUGUGGCAGAAUAUUGCAUGAUUCAUUGAUAAAAACUGCAUGAAGCGGUAGUGAUUAAUCUUAAAAUAGGACUGAUGCUGUACACAGCACUGUGUGUGGUCUCACUUCUCAUUAUAUUGUGACACACUAUUUGCAGACUAUUUUCUAUGUAGAAAAAGCUCGGAACUUUGUCUAAAUAAUGCCCUUUCUUGUGUUUUCUUGCAGUUACAGAGAAGGAGGUGCAGCAGUGGUGAGUUACAAUUCAUUUUAAUCGCUUUAUGAUAUCUGAAUAGCACACGUUAUGGCAGUGCCCAUCAAUCAGUUUGAGUAGAAUUCUUCACUAACAGGAUUUUAUCACUAAAUUGUGAGUUGUAGAUAAUGGGAUUUAAUGGGCAAAUUCCAGGUUAAAAUAGACCAGUUAAGACUGUAGUCAAUUUGGAGAAUUAUUUUUCCAGAUCAAAUAUUUUUUGCUUUUAUUUGCUAUUUGGAUUUGAAGUUCAGUACAGUUUGGAGUUUUUUCCAUAAAACCGUACAGCGGGGGUGACGAAAAAGUAGAUCCCCAGAUGUUUUAAAACUACAACUUCCAUGAUGCUUUGUCAUUCAAAAGGCAUGCUAAGUAUCAUGGUGGUUGUAGUUUUACAACAUCUGGGAAUCUACCUUUAGGGCAGCUCUGCUCUACAGUGUGAAUUUUAAACUUUAGGCCGAAAUAGUCAAAUUGAAAUUAAGAAUCCUCAAGCCAGUUUAGUGAAAUUCAAAUUCACAGCUUAGUGAAUAGCUUUGAGAAGUGCUAUAUGCUAGCUUGAAUCUUGCACAGUGCACCCAAACCGGAGCCACAUUUGAAUGGUGCAGAGAGGUGGAUCUUAAAUUCAGUCUCCAAACAGAGUUUAAAGAGACAUUCUAUACGAUAAAUGCUUUAUUCAAAAUAUAAAUUGUAUUGAUUACAAUUGGCUUUAUGUAUGAGCUGUAAUUCAGUUGCAAAGUGGUAAAAUUAAGUAAUCACCGUGGAAACAACGUAACGCCCUUGAUGAUUUUUCCACAUUUGGCAAUUUAUCGAAGAAUUUCUCUUUGUACAGAAGUCUUAAAUAUAUUUUGUUUUUAUUGUUAUUACUUAAAGCGGCACUGUCAUGUCGAACUUACCUUUCCCCAAUUGAUUCCUCUUUUCUCCCUCUCUCAGGAUCUGUUCUUCAUUUCUUCAAAACUUAAGAAAAAGUAGGUCCCUCCCCCAUUGUAAUUUACGGCCCUCACCCACCGCGCAGGGGUGGGGGCCAGGGGGAGGACAGUAGGUCCUUCCCCCUCAUUAUCUUUAUGGCCCCCACCCACCGCUCAAGGGUCUUUAUGGCCCCGGGCGGGGGGGGGAGAGGACAGUAGGCCCCCCCCAUUGUAAUUUAUGGCCCCCACCCACUAUGCAGGGGUGGGGGCCGGGGGGAGGACAGUAGGUCCACCCCCUCAUUAUCUUUAUGGCCCCCACCCACCGCUCAGGGGUGGGGGCCGGAGGGAGGACAAUCGUUCCCCCCCCCUUAUUGUUAUUUAGGGCCCCCACCCGCCGCAAAGGGGUGGGGGCUGGAUAGUAGGGUAUUUUUUUUUUUAUAUAGCGAGUAGGGGCAUUUGGGAGAUUUUAAUAUCCCUUAUGCUAUUAUGGGGGUCAUAUUGACACCCAUAGAGUGAGGGAGGACAUGGGGAGUUUAGGAAGUGGUGGGGAGCACUGCCCCCUGCUGCUUCUAUCUUUAAAUUUUACUGGCGCUGGUAGCUCCCUCCUUGUAAUAAACUGAACAAACGAAUGAACACUGAUAUUCAGUGUUUGUUUGUUCGUCUGAAAUUUCUAUUCAUUCAUUUGUCUUUCUGACGAAUGAAUGAAUAGAUUAAAAAAUUCCCGUUCGCAUGCCCAAGUGUUUAACUGGGCAUGUGCGGGAAUCUCACAGUCUAUCUAGUGUGGGCAGAUGACGUCUCCCACAGGGACUUCCUCUACCCACACAAAGAUGGCGGCGCCCUGAAUAUAGAUCGGGGCAGAAAAUAAAGAUUAAAAAUAGGUAAUAUGGGGGGCUUAGGGACAUUUAGGGGUGACUUAGGGGUCAGUUAGAGAUAGUGGAGUCGGGAGGGGGGUUAAAAAAAAAAAAACGGGAUUCGGCCAUGACAGUGCCGCUUUAAGAUGGCUAGACAGGAAUGCCGCAUAGGAGUCUAACAGUGCAAUAAAAGUAGUUUUGUACCAUACCAAAUAAAAGGAUUUGUCUAAUGCAUUGUAAUCAAGGGGUUAUACUUGAUUUCUUUGUAGAUCUGGAUUGUCACAAUGUUAGGUCAUCAUGUGAUAUUUCGGUGCCUCCUAUGGUUCUGAAACCUAGCUGGGCUGAUCACAUUGUUUAAUCCUGUAAAAAAUAAUAGUUGCCAUUACAUUUACAAUGCUGCAGUAAGAGAGGGACACAGUAGGUUUAUCUAGCUAGCACAUCAAGGUAAGAUUAGCGUUUUUAACACACAUUCUUUAAAGGACCACUCUAGGCACCCAGACCACUUCAGCUUAAUGAAGUGGUCUGGGUGCCAGGUCCCUCUAGGAUUAACCCUUUUUUUUUUUUUUUUUAUAAACAUAGCAGUUUCAGAGAAACUGCUAUGUUUAUAAAUGUGUUAAUCCAGCCUCUAAAGCCUCUAGUGGCUGCCUCAUUGACAGCCGCUUGAGGCGUUUGUGUGCUUCUCACUGUGAAAAUCACAGUGAGAAGAUGCAAGCGUCCAUAGGAAAGCAUUAUGAAUGCUUUCCUAUGAGACUGGCUGAAUGCGCGUGCAGCUCCUGCCGCGCAUGCGCAUUCAGCCGAAGAGGAGGAGGAGAGCUCCCCGCCCGGCGCUGGAAAAAAGGUAAGUUUAACCCCUUUCCUUGCCAUCCAGCCCGGCGAGUAUGUUUUCCUGGCACUAUAGUGGUCCUUUAAUAACAGUUAAAGAUUUAAAACAAGUAUGCAUAUCUACACAUUGUAUGUGUAUGUGUAUACAUUGUAUGUUCUAAGAAACAAUGUCACAUUCUGUUAUUCAGAUGAAAGUUAGAUAUAAAAUAUUCAUAAAAAGUUAUAAUGAAAAAACAACAAACAUGUAUUUGCAUUAGAUACAAAACUGUCCUGGCACAAUGUGGCAUACUAUGCAAAUUCCAAAUGUGUCAUGCAGGGAAUCAUGGGAACAUUAUGCCCUGUGGAAUGUCCCGUGCAGCAGUGGUAUACAUUCAUGAUAUUUACCUCCACUGCAAACCCACUAAAGGAAAAAAAAAACUUUAAGUAUAUUUACUAGAAUGAAGAUUAGGGGAGUUUAACCCCUUAAGGACACAUGACGUGUGACAUGUCAUGAUUCCCUUUUAUUCCAGAAGAUUGGUCCUUAAGGGGUUAAAGGCUGUUUAUUAAGUAUUACCUGUAUAAUCCAUUUUAAAUAGAGCAGGUCCACCAUUGUAUUUGCUGUGACUUAGUCUAUGUAUAACUUAGUUUAACUAAUUUUCAGUUCAAUGAAAGGUACCUAUAAAAUUCCAAAGUCUGUCACAGCUGCCAUUAAUUAAAUUAGAAUUUGAGUGGUACUCUAGAGGAAAAAAAGCUGUGGAAAUGGAUGUUCUCGCGUGCCAUCCCUGGUGCCGUAAAAUAGAUUGUUUCUCUGUUGUUUGCUUGAUGUUAUUGUUUUGUUUAUUUGUUGCUUGCUUGUUUUCUCUUACACUUUAUUUGUACACCCUCCAUUAAGCUCAAAUUAUGUUUUCAACCACCAGAAAUAUAUUAUAGAGAUUUAGUAGAACUGUGAUGUGAGAGCCACAGAUUUUAUUACCUGAGAAUCUACCUGACUUUAAAGGUCCACUCUAGGCUGAUGCAAAUUAAUUUUGUGAUUCUUGCAUUUGCUGCUAAUCAUGAGACUUUGCAGUAGCUGCAGUGAGUUCUGCAAGGCCUCUUCUCCAGGUGACUGGCACACAUUUUAGUGAAUUAAGAUAGAUUAAAUGCAGCUCGGAAUCCCUGAAAUUUUAACACCGCUGUUGCUGAUUAGUGCAGCCAUCUUUCUUGAAACACUCAAGAAAUGGGCUCCAUAGUGACAUUUUGAAACCUAGUAAAUGUGACAUUUUCAUUUUGCAUCAAAUGCCAGACUGUGCCACAAUCCUAUUCCAAUGUAUGAAUAUGUUGCUAUGUGUUUUUUUUUUUUUUUUAAUACUUGAUAAUUAACUCCUGUCAACUAACACAAGAAUUUGUUUUUGAUAACAACAGCAAUAAACUAUGACUGAUAUGUCGAUAACUAACAUAAAGGCUUUUGCUUGAGGACAGUACUAUCAUUUACAAAUACAUUAAACAAUACAUAAAAGCACAACUAAUAGCUGACUUCACAGUCUUCACCAUGACUCAAAGAAUGUGCUAUUGCAUCGAAAGUAAAUGUUCCUCUUUAAGAAAUUGAAGAAUGCAAAUAGAUUUUCCUUAUAAGUCCACACAAAUCCAUAGGACCCUGCCCGUAAUGGAUUUCAGCGGCGACAAUGAAAACAUUUCCACACUUAGAGAUUCCAGGAAUAUGUGAAUGUCAAAAAAGUCAAAAUUAACCUUUCUACACAAUACUUAUUUAUAUAUAUUUUUAAAACUUUUUUUGCAGAAUAAAAUGAACAAAAGUAUUUCAUGUGAAUGAAAAACAUUUUAAAUUCAAGGUCAAAGGAGAGAUCAACAAUAAUGGUAUUAGGAUAGAAAAGAGGGACAGAGAGAUUUGGGCCCAAAAAUAGGGACUGUCCCUCCUAAAUAGGGACACUAUAAGGGCUAUAGGAGAAUUUUUCCAAAACAGCAGUCUUUGCCUACACAUUUUGCUGUUUUCACUCCACUAAAAUGUGCUUUAUAGUGAAUUAAACCACAUUUGAAUUCUCAACCAUGCAAACUUCUAGGGAAUAACCAUUUCAGUGAUUCUGAACAUCUGUCCAGCGCAGAGAACUCCAUGUAGCAGACGGUCCGAACAGUAUUGCUUGCCCAGGACAAUGAGCAAGGGAUGGGCCAGGCUUGGUUUUAUAAUGAGGUUGUUGUAACCAGAUACAAAUAAAUCAACCAGUUAGUGUUUGGUUUCUAUGGAGCUCAGAACAGUCAGCUGUAGUAAUAACACGCUUGAAAGAUUAUUAAUGUUUAAAUAUGGAAAUACAUGUUUGUAUAGUAAUUUCAUUCUUAAGUAAAGGGCUGUUGUCAUCUCUACAGUAACUAGAGAUAUGUUUUGCGUGUUCACACCUCAGAUUUGCAAGUGUCAUGGCCAGAAGGGUGAACUCAGCCUGGGCUAUUCACUAACCUUCUUAGUGAAUAAAUUUGAAGUCGAAAUGGCACAAUUUGGGAUAAAAUGGUCAAGCUGUGACUACAGCUCACUUGGAGAAUUGUAUUUUUGCAGACAUUUUUCUAUUCAAUUUUCACUUCAUUAUAGUUUGUACUAUAAUGAGUAAACCCAGCUUUUCAUGCUUCUGCAGGUUAUAAAAUGCUGGGUAAUCAUUAACCAUCUAUAGCCCACAACAGAUUUGAAAGCAAGAGAAAGUAAUAAUAUGUAGCAGUCACUGCUGUUAUAUAUAGAGAGGUUUACUCAAUAAACAGUUACAUGUGAGAAUUGACAAUAAGUAGAUAAAUGGAGUAAUGUUUGAAAUUAUGCUAGUUCUGGAAUACAGUUCAGUUGUUAAUGCACUGCUUAGUGAGUUAACCCUAUGUAGUAUUUUAAUGAAAUAUUGUAGGUUGCUUUGUUUCUGUGCUCAUCUAAUGGUGGGCUCAUGCUACGCUUGUUGGGGACAGUCCCCUGGUGCUUUCAUAAGAGGCAAAUUAGGGAACAAAUCCAGGAUAGUGGGUCUUGACCCUAAAAUCAGGACUGUUCUGGCAAAAAUUGGGAUGUCUUUCACAUAAUCAAGAUCUGGGUUCUGAAUUUAUCGUAGCUGCCAUUUUGUAGAUAUUGGAACUUUUUGCUCUGGGAAAAAUAUUGCAUGUACUCCAGGUAUGACCAUCUCAAAGAGUUUGUCAGAUGUUCCAGUAAGCCUUCAGUGAUCAUGAGGACUACAGAUUAAUGGCAUUAGAUCUUCUAGCAUGUCCACUCUUCCUGUCCUCAUGUGUCACAUAAGGGGAAAGAGAGCCCUCCGCAAAUUGGUAGGAUUUAAAAGGGCCCUUUAAUUCCAAAAAUUACAAUCGUUAUUUCCGGAAUAUAGAUUCCCUUCAGCCCACCCCCCUUUGCAGUGUAAAAACUAAGUUUAACCCCCUAAGGACCAAACUUCUGGAAUAAAAGGGAAUCAUGACAUGUCACACAUGUCAUGUGUCCUUAAGGGGUUAAUAGAUAUUAUUCACCUCGUUUACAAUAUCUGGACUCCUCCGCUGUAGCUUCCACCCCCGACAAGCAUGCUGACGUCACCCGUGAUCAGGGCCGAACUGGGAAUUAAAAGCAGCCCUGGAAAAAAAAUAUUUACCAGCCCCAUAAUGCGUUGCGCCAGCAUAGUGUGCAGAUACAGAGUUAGAAAAGAGAACUUAAAAUUUAAAAUUAUUACUUCAACGUAAAAAAAAGCACUCAUAGGCUUCAAAAUAAACAAAGGUGCAGAUUUAUUUUAAGCAGACGUGCCUUUGCAUGUAAUCAAUGUUUCAGUCCAACUACCUUGACAUAAAAAGGAAAGCUUGGUAAUGGGACUGAAAUGGUGAAUGUAUGUAGGGCACAACUGUAAAAAAAUGACAUCUUGUUUAUUUUGAAGUCCUGUGGAUGCGCUCUUCACUUUAAAUAUGCUAUUGUGAUGGAGUCUGCAUCUAGCAACAAGACUGGGCCAAUAUCUGCUCAUUACAAAUGGUGCAUAUUAAUGACAUUUAUCUGUGUAUUAUGCAUAUAUAAAUGUACAUUAAUAUAUGUGUAAAUAUAGUAGGUACAUAUAUAUAUAAAACUAAUACACAUUAAUAUACAUGUCAUAUACCAGUGGUGGAUCCAGAGCCUGAUCCCGGGAGGGGCACUUGUAGAUUAUUUAAAGAAAUAAUCCAUGCACAAUAACCACUACUGCUCUGUGUAGUGGUUAUGGUGCAAGGAGUGCCGGGACCCCCUCCCAGAGUAAGUAGUCAAACCAUUUAAGAACAGUUUGACAACUUAUCUGGGGUCUGCUGGGAUAUGGGGCUGUAGUAGGGUAUAGGAGCAGUGGUGCAAUAUGUGAGGGGUGCAGUGUGUGUGUGAAAGGUUCGGUGUAUGUGUGUGGGGGGGGUGUAGUGUGUGAAUGUGUAGGGUGUGUGGGGAAAUGUGUGUAUGGGGGGCUGUGUAUGUGUGUGUGUGCAGCAAUGUGUGUGUGGGGGCUGUGUAUGUGUGUGGGGGGCAAUGUGUGUAUGGGGGGCAGUGUGUGAAUAUGUAUGGUGUGUGUGGGGGCAGUGUGUGCCGCACGGUGCCUGUGGAACGGGGAGGGAGAUCGGCUGGCAGGGGAGAGCCUUGUGGGGGGGGAAUUUCCCUGUUGCCUCCCCCUCUGUGUCCAUGUCUCCCCUCUCCUUUCCAGUCUCUCUAUUCCCCCUCUGCCUCUUUCUUCCCCUCCCCUUGUGCGUCUCUCUCCUUUUCCCCCUCUGCCUCUUUCUCCCCCUCCCCUUGUGCAUCUCUCUCCUUUCUCCCUCUGUCUCCCCCUCCCCUUGUGUGUCUCUCCUUUCCCCUUGUGUGUCUCUCUCCUUUCUCCCUCUGUCUCCCCCUCCCCUUGUGCGUCUCUCUCCUUUCUCCCUCUGUCUCCCCCUCCCCUCUCCCUUGUGUCUCUCUCCUUUCUCCCUCUGUCUCUUUCUCCCCCUCCUUGUGUCUCUCUCCUUUCUCCCUCUGUCUCUUUCUCCCCCUCCCCUUGUGUCUCUCUCCUUUCUCCCUCUGUCUCUUUCUCCCCCUCCCCUUGUGUCUCUCUCUCCUUUCUCCCUCUGUCUCCCCCUCCCCUUGUGUGUCUCUCUCCUUUCUUGUGCGUCUCUCUCCUUUCUCCCUCUGUCUCUUUCUCCCCCUCCCCUUGUGUCUCUCUCCUUUCUCCCUCUUUCUCUUUCUCCCCCUCCCCCUCCUUUCUCCUCUGUCUCUUUCUCCCCUCCCCUUGUGUCUCCUCUGUCUCUUUCUCCCUCCCUUGUGUCUCUCCUUUCUCCCUCUGUGUCUCCCCUCCCCUUGUGUCUCUCUCCUUUCUCCUCUGUCUCUCCUCCUCCCCUCCUUGUUUCUCUCUCCUUUCUUUCUUCUCUUUCUCCUCCCCUUGUGUCUCUCCCCUCUGUCUCUUUCUCCCCUCUGUCUCUCCCCUCUCCUUGUGCUCUCCCUCUGUCUUUUCUCCCCUGCCCUUGUGUGUCUCUCUCCUUUCUCCCUCUGCCUCUUUCUCCCCCUCCCCUUGUGCAUCUCUCUCCUUUCUAUCUAUGUCUCCCCCUCCCCUUGUGUGUCUCUCUCCUUUCCCCUUGUGUGUCUCUCUCCUUUCUCCCUCUGUCUCUUUCUCCCCCUCCCCUUGUGUCUCUCUCCUUUCUCCCUCUGUCUCUUUCUCCCUUUCCUUGUCUCUCCCCCCUCUGUCUCUUUCUCCCUCUAUUCCCCCUCUGUUUGAUUUCCCCCCUCCCCUUGUGUCUCUUUAUUCCCCGUCUUCACCCUCCUAUUUACCUGAGAGGAGUCAGGAAAGCCGGCCACAUUCCACGCUGGAGCCGCCGGGCCGGGUGGCAGCCUCACCGGUCUGGCGGCCCUCCUCCUGUCACUGAUGGCUGAGGAGUGAAGGAGGAGGAGGGAGGAACAUGUUUCUGUACCAUGCUCCCUCGCGGCUCCCACAAUCCCCAGCACAGGAACCGCGAGGGAGCAUGGUACAGAAACAUGCUCCUCCCUCCUCCUCCUCCUUCACUCCUCAGCCAUCAGUGACAGGAGGAGGGCCGCCGGAUCGGUGAGGCUGCCACCCGGCCCGGCGGCUCCAGCGUGGAAUGCGGCCGGCCCCCUCAGAGUGUGUGCCACCGGACCGGCCACCCGGUGGCACACACAUGCUCAGCGCAGCCCCCAGAUGCCGCGGCCCACCGGGAAAUUUCCCGGUAUCCCGGUGGGCCAGUCCGGCCCUGCCCGUGAUCUUGUCAAAUCCCAAUUGUCAAAGAGAAGCAUUGGAUUUGAGAGCCUAUGCAUUGCAACAUUUUGGCUAAUAGCAGUGUUUGAUUCCCAGAACGAGUUUUAUUCUGUCUGGAGGAGGAAGGGCACCUAGUGGCUGUUAGGAAGACUCUAGAGAUAGAUUUAACCUUGGAUUUAAAACUGCAAUUUUUUUUUACUUUGUAGGGCUAAAAUGAGGCCUUGUCAGAGUUAUGUGUAUAGGGAGAGAUUAUUUUUAAUCUUAUGAUGUGCAGCUAUCAUGCUUCAGUAAAAAUGAACACUUACUUAAAGGAAUACUACACAAGCAACGUAUACCCUAAAUCAGGGGUCCUCAAACUCCGGACCCCCAGAUGUUGCAGAACUACAACUCCCAUAAUUCUUUGAAUUACACAGAUAGCCAGAGAAUCAUGGGAGUUGUAGUUCAGCAACAUAUGGGGGGCCGGAGUUUGAGGACACCUGCCCUAAAUGGUAGUGGAUUAAAGAUAACAACACACAAAAAAGAUUUGGGAAUUGCUAUAGACAACAAACUAGGUAACGGUGUGCAAUGUCAAUCAGCAGUUACUAGGACCAGUAAGGUUUUGUCAUGUAGAAAUAGGGGCAUUAAUUCUCGGGGUGAAAAUAUAAUUUUGCCUCUUUGUAAAUCACUGGUAAGACCACACCUUGAAUAUGCUAUGCAAUUUUGGGCACCUGUACUAAAGAAGGAUAUUAUAAAACUAAAAAAAAGUGCAGAGACGGACUACAAACUUGAUAAAAGGAUUGGAAAAUUUUAGCUAUGAAGAAAGGUUAACAUGUUUAAAUCUCUUUAGUUGGAAAAAUGGCGCCUCAGAGGUGAUAUGGUAGUAUUAUACAAAUAUAUUUGGGGCCAAUUCAAACCAUAGUGUGGAAAUCUAUUCAUAAACAGGAUUAUGUAUAGGACACAAGGUCACGCAUUUAGACUGGAAUAAAGGAGAUUUUGUCUAAGCCAAAGGAAAGGGUUUAUUACAGUAAACGCAAUAAGGAUGUGAAAUGAAGAGGUGGUUUUAUCAGAGUCUGCACAGUUGUUUAAACAGCAGGUGGGUAAAUACUUACAAAAGCAGAGUCUUCCAGAAAGCUAUUAGUGGUGUGUUUAGCUUUGCAAUGAAAACAUUACUGUAUCUACUAAACAGUAAUGUUUUACAAUGCAGGGGUAAAUUGACCGGGGCAUUUCAUCUCAAUGAAAUGAUAUGGAUGCUUAUAGUGUCCCUUUAAAUGAAGGAAUGAAUUAUCUGUUUUUUGACAGUACCAUAACCUUUUAUUUUACUUAUGGUACAAAACGCUUUCUAGUAUUGCUCUUGUUAAAUUCUGUAUCUCAUGCAGCUUCAAAUCCCCAUUCCAACAGAGGGAAGCUAUGCAGCGUAGCUUCUUUCAUAGCUUUUCAUGAAUAAAACUACUUUAGAAAUGGUGAACUACAUAGCAUGUAAACCAAUCUCUGCAGGGCAAAGGUAUAUGGGAUCUGUGCAGCAUUACCCUUCAAAAUAAGUAUUUAGAAGAAAUCUUAGCAGCUUCCUGGUCUCUGGGGUAGCUGAAGAUUUGCAACUAACAUGAUAGGAUAUACAGAAAUCAUAUUAACUUUUGUGUGUAAUCUAUCUAUCUAUCUAUCUAAUGUCUUUAAAGGAGAAAUUAGUCUACAGCCUGGAAUGUCCCUUUAAUUAAUAUUUCUUUAUAUAACGUUGGAUUUUCAGGAAAGUGCGUUUAUCAUAGCUAUGCCAUGGUUCCCUAAAUAGUUUUUUUUUUUUUUGCAUAAAAGACUCAAGGUCAGACUAAGCAGGUUUUAGUACAAGUGCAAAGUCAGGCAUCUCCUUCCCCCUGCUGCCUCCUGCUGGGAUCUCCUUGUUGGCUGAAAUGCAGGGUGAUAUCUUCAGGGGAAUCUUGGUCGCAGGCUCCAGACAGUGUAUGAAAUAGCUGAGCUUGCAGCUCGCAGCCAAGCGAAUAACUGACUUUAGUGAUCUGGUGCAGCAGGCUGUGUCAAGGGCGGGCGCAGCAGCCUAAUCAUGCAUUAUUCACCAGCAGCUGCUGCCAGACGGGCCCCGGGGCCGAGCCUCCGGCAGGAUAUACCCUGUGUCUCAGAGUAACCUGUCUUUGAUAUCUUCAUACAAGAAGGGGUUCCUUGAUUUUUAAAAAAGAUUAAUUAAUUACUGUCACAAUUGCUCGGUGCUAUGUCUUCCUCUACUCUGCCUCACACAAUGCUCAGUGCCUCUGGUAGCUCACGCAAUAGGUCUGGACCCUGCGUCUAUUUAUGACGCAGCAUCCGUGCAUCACCACCAUGAAAAAAUGAUUAAUUAUUAUUGUUAUACUUUAUUUAUAAAGCGCCAACUCAUGUUGCAGCGCUGCAUCCUGCUGGGAUCUUUUUGUUGGCUGAAAUGCAGGGUGAUGUCAUGGUGCACAAACCCCAUACAAUGCCUUUUUAAGGGGGAUUUCCACAUUAGGAAUAUCCACGAAGAGGUAUCAGUGGACCCUCUUCGUGGAUCCUUGUAGACCCAGGUAAGUGUCAAACUGUGCAAAAAUGUUUUGCCUAUUAACCAUGGUGUGUUGCCAAGGGACUCCUGUCACCAUAACUAUUACAGCAUGCUGAAGGAUUUAUAGUGCUUUGAGUGCCCCUUUAACAAAUCUCUGUUGUCUAUAGAGAAUGGGCAGAUUCUUGGGUGUAUGGGCUGCUUCUGUUGAUGAAUGAGCAGAAUCUCAGGGCAAGUGGGUAUUAUUGAUGAUGUAUAGGCAGAUCCAUAGAGUAAAUGGGCAGAAUUGGAUGCUGAAUGAACAGAUUAUUAAGGGAAAAUAGGCAGAUUCUGAUGAUGAACUGGGAGUUUCAGAAACGUAUUGCGCAGUGUCUCAUGAUGAAUGGGCAGAUUUCUAGAACAGACAAGCACAUUCUAUUGAUGGCAGAUUCUGAGAGCCUCUGAGUAAAUUCAUAGUGAGAUUGGGCAGAAUUGGAGGAUUUCAACAUGAUUUGUCUAAUGAGUCUGCCUGUAUCCGUGUGUGUGUGUGUGUGUGUGCCAAAGCCUGCAUGUGCAUCGUGUCAUCUUUACAGCGUCUACAUGUGUUACACCGUCUGUGUUUUUGUCUCUCUGUGACAUAUAAAAGUGUAUUCAAUCUAUAUGUAAAUAUAUUACAUGCAAUUUCUGCUUUUUAGAAUCUGUCAAGCGACAUGCAUUUCUGUUGACAUACUCAGGUUGCUUUCACAUUGAGAAUAGUCUAUCAUGAAAAUAAAUGUCAAUCUCUCUCUUAUAUAUAUAUACACACACACACACACACACCUCUAAGGUCCAUCCAUCUGUUGGAUAAGAAGUCCUGCCAUCAGAUCAGAGAGCAUGUAACUAAGGGCCAAAUCAUUACCAUCUGCUUAGUUAUGAUUAAUAUAAAUGGGAAAUAUAAGGCACUCUUGCCGUCUUUUUCCUAGCUGUUGGAAUCUGUUGUGUUGGAGCCAAGAACUCAAUUUAAAUUUAGCUUUUAAACUAUCUCAUUCAUUUUAUAGUCUAUCUUAGACAACCAGAUCUACCAAAAUUGGGCCGUUUGGGUUUGGGGCAUAGUGGCAAUGCACAGGUAUGUCUUACUCAAAAUUCUACCCAAAAAUGGGGCAUGCCAUGUCAGGCUGAAAGGCCAGCUUCACUCAGGUCUGUCCAUGUGCGGGGAGCUUCUGAAGUUUUCUUUAAUGCUCUGAAGACCCUGCGAAGAGUUUGCAUGGCGCAGGUGCAUCUGAGGAUGUCCUCAUUUUCGUAUUCAGGGUAUUUCUCUAGUGUCUCUACAAAAAUGGGACGCCAGAUAACAAACAUGGGACUAUAGGUCAGGAUUUUCAAACCAUACCUGGUUUCCCUUGUUUCAGAUGGCUAAAGAUGGAUGCCUUCCUUAAUUUUAGAGUGUAUGACUGGGGGUGUGGACAGAAAUAGGGCUAGUACCAAAACCUGUUGGGUAACAUUACAGCCUACUAGUUGCUGUUUACGUAACAAAUAAUUUGUUUUAGAACCAAACUGUCUUAUUUACAUUAAGUAAUUUUGAAACACAUUUAUUUUAUUUUAAAUACACAUUACUAUUCAUGGCUUUGCUUUAUACACUCAUGAGUUACACGCUCAUACACUAAAAAUGAUGGGGUCCCAGAAAUCAGAAACAUGAGGAUAAAAAAGACGGAUUGUGCUUCUGACUAGGGACAUUUCGGACAAUGUGUUUUAAAAUAUCAAUAUCUUAAACCAGCCCUUAGUGCAAUGAAUCAAUUACGUGCAAUUUCAACACUGGUCAUUAUACCAGAACCCUGUUUAUUUGAACUACAUAUCCUAUAACUUGCUGUGCAUCAUGGGAAAUUUAGUUAAAAAAUAUACGGAGAUGUUAAGAAUAGCCAUCACUGACCUCUACCUACCCCCCUGCAUCACAUGCUCACAUUAACACUGAAAUAGGUAAUGACAGUGCACUAAGCCAGACAGAUAAUUGCAGGAAGGAUGCUUUCUAAAUCUCCAUGGUAACCACACACAUUGUAGCAGAAACUGUCUAUAUGAAAAAUAUGUAUCUGUCAUUAUCUCUGUGAAGAAAGAAAGGGUUUCGCAAGACUACAUGCUGAAAUACUCCAAAUUAAUUUAAUAUUUUUUUGCAUAUAUUUCUAAAUUAAGACGAUCUAUCGUUUCUGAGAGAUGUGGGAAGAUUGCAGAAAAUGUGAUGUUAGUGGGAUAAGUGGGUAGGAACGUGAUUAUCCUGUUAUAAAGUGAAGCGUAGAAGUGGGCGAAUUGAAUAUUUAUCUCCUGCAGCGAAGUCACUGCAACAGAACGGGCAGUCACCGCUGAGAUUUCUGUGUUUAAAGGGUUUAUUUCUGAAAUGCUUGUAUCCUGAUAUGCUUGCAUGCUUUAAAUGGAAAGAGCACAAUUUUGUUUUAAAUCACUGUUUAGUAGAUAUACCUCAUUGGAGGUUUAUCUAAAAACAGCUUGCAAAAGAUCUCUUGUCUGAAGCCUUUGCAAGCCCUCCCCUUCUAACCCAGCCCAGACUUUCUGUGACUGUCCAAUCACAGACUUACCAAUGCAGUUCAAUGAGAAGUCUUUGGAAGGCCGGUGAUCUAGGCAAUUGCUGCCACUUGUGUUUAACUCCACUGCGCUAUCCAAACCAGGAAGUAACAUGACCAGUUGUCAGAUUAAAAGGUAGAGGAUUGGUAAUUUAUUAAAAUCUGCACUUUUUGUAAAAUUUUAUAAAAAGGUCACACUCUUCACACAUAAAGGAUUUCGGCAAGCUAAAGUGUUUUAGGGAUCUGGAGAGUCCCUUUACCCCUUACAUUCAUCUAUCUCUGUACCGUGCCUCCCUUGUGACACCAGAUCAGUCUGUAAUUCUUGCUAGUUACCCCGUUUAAUAUUCUGUGCAGUAAUAAGGAGCACAUUAAAUAUGCAUAGACAUGCUCAUCAGUGCAGAACCACUAUCAUUCCUAAUUAUUGUAUUUUUUUAUUUUUUUUAAUGAAAAUAUGAUGCACACAGCAAAUUUGCUUUGUAUUUAUUUAUUUUUACAGCAUAGCCCUCCAUUAAGAAAUGCACAGAAAAAACAUAACUAUUCCAUUAAGUGCACCUUUAACACUGAGCUUGUUCUGUAGGCUCACCCGCUGUCAGUAGUUGUGGUUGGGUGUUUAGUUCAAUCAUAGAACCCAGGAGAAUGAGGAGAAUGCCCAUGAAGGAGAAAAUAUCACAUGGGCUGUCUGUCAGGGUUAUUGACUAAAGUGUAGAAAUUCUUAGAAAUUCUAAGUGAAUUUUAAAGGGACACUGGAGGCACUUUAACAACUUCAUUUUAUUAAAGUUGUUAUGGUGUCUGUAGUCCUGACACCUCAACACAUGCACUCCCUUAACCCUCACCAUCCUUCAGUUCACUAAUAAGAAGGUUUGGCUUUAAGCCACGCCUCCACACCCUCCAGGUAUGAGAGCCUGGAAUCGUACUUCUUGGUUCUUGUACCGUGAUGUAAAGCAUGCAACCGCAGUACCAUCACGGUCAGCCACAUAGAAUCAUUGUAAUCAAUGAUUCUCUAUGGCUGAAUCUUAGGGGAGAACGGUGCUCAUGCGCCUAAGGUUCCCAAUGAGCCUCUAUGACGAGCAUUGGAUUGGCCCCUCAUCCUGGAGGUACGCCUUCAGGAAAACGCAACCAGAGGAGGGAGAAAAGAUGAGUAAUUUGUUUUAUUUAUUUUGUUUGUUUUUUCUUUCACAGGGGCGGGGGUGGACUUAAUUGAUUAGGGGCAUUAGGGCUGUAGCAUUAGGAACACAGAUACGUAUUCCUAACGCUACAAUGUUCCUUUAAAAUCUUAGACCAAAAUAGCUGAACUGGAAACAUUCUCCAAGUUAAAUAUGUUUUCAGUUUGGCUAUUUUGGCCUCAAAUUCUAAUAUUGCUCUCUUCCUCUCUUUAAUCUUGCACGCUCCCUCUAGUCUCCCUCUCUCUCUAACUUGUAUCUCCCCUCUAAUCUGUCUCACACUAUGUAUCACCAAGUCUUUAUAUUAAUUACCAUCGUCUUCAUGUCAUAUCAACCUUUGAAGUCUUCCACAUACUUUCCAUAACCCUCAAGAAUAGAUUAUAUAAAGAGGUUACAGGAAAUCCCAUGGAGUGACAAUAACCUAAAAUAAAGACUAGAUAUGUUAUAAUAAACAGGAUACAUCCAGAACCAACUUCUUUCCAUCCACACCUGGAAAUAGGUGAAAUAAAUAGGAUAGAAAAGCAAAAAAUUAUAAAUAAAUCAAUACUUGUAGUCUAUAAAUGCUGUGACUGCAUCCAGUUCAGGCCGAUGGGUCAGUAAUAUUGCUUAUCAGACUGAAUGCAAAGAAACCAAACAAACAUGACAUUGAAAUAUUAACAGUAUCCAAUGUUAUCCUGAAAGUUUCAGAUUCUUCAGAUAAUAAAUAGGAGAUCUGAUGAAUACCUGCCCAGCACCUUGUCCUAGCAGCUAAACACUGACUGACGUAGCUAGCUUGUUUUAUAUACCCUCAGCUAAUUAUGAUGUAAGAUGUAUGAUGACAUCACUGACAUUGACUGGCUUCAGAGGAUGUACACCCUGUGCUAUAUACCCUCAGCUAAUUAUGAUGUAAGAUGUAUGAUGACAUCACUGACAUUGACUGGCUUCAGAGGAUGUACACCCUGUGCUAUAUACCCUCAGCUAAUUAUGAUGACCUCACUGACUGGCAUCAGAGGGUUCACACCCUGUCUUAUAUACCCUCAGCUAAUUAUGAUGACCUCGCUAACUGGCUUCAGAGGGUGCACACCCUGUAUAAUAUACCCUCAGCUAAUUAUGAUGUAAGAUGUAUGAUGAUGUUGGAUAUAUUGUGAUGUAGCAGGUAUUUAAAGUGGUUCUGACAUAUAUAUCUAUAUAAUUAAUGUUGUGUUAUAUGUGCCCCUGGGUAGUCCUGUUUUUUUUUUUUUUGUGUGUUUGUUUUAGUUUUUUUUUAAUAAGAUGAUUAUUUAAAAAGGUGUACAUAAGGAAAUGUAGGGACUAAGUCAACAAAAGUUGACAAAGAGUGGAGCUUUAAGCAAGCUCACGUCCCUCGUCAGCUUUAGCAUUAACUGGCUACUUGGUAUUCAUCUCCCUCCAGUGUCGACUCCGCAUUUUCAAAAAGAAAAAUGUAGCAUUUUACUUCUCUUUUCCCCACCAUUCUAAAUUGGGAUAUUUUUUCGAAAAAUGGUGGCGUAUACCAUGACAAAAUAUGUCACUUUUAGCAAUACGAUCAAACUAAUGCCAAUUUAACAGCCACUUUUCAGAACACUUGGAUAAAUAUUCCAUAAAAUAUCUUUCUCUACAUAAACCAGUAUCUGUUUCUCCCCAUCCAUAUACAUGCACAUUUCCAUAGCUCUAAUAUGCACAAACGUCCCCCUACUCAUAGACCUCCCUACCUCCAUAAACAUCUCAUCUCCCAUCUCUUAAUCUGUCUAGUGACGUGUGUUUUCAUCCUCUGUUGAUGGAGCACUCACAAUUACGACGACAUAUUACUAGACACUCUCUCAAUAGAUCUUAAAGGAACACUAUAGGGUCAAAAACACACGUGUAUUCCUGACUCUAGAGUGUUAAAAACACCUUCUAGCCACCAACCCCCCCUCCCCCCUUUGCUCCCCAUAAAUAUAACAAAAUCUUACCUUUAUUGCAGUCUGUGGCUGCUGACUCUGCCCCUGAUCUACCUGUUUAGCUGACAUAAUUAGAAGUGAUGUUCUGAGCCAAUCACAAUGCUUUCACAUUGGGUUGGGUGAGAUUGUCAAGGAGGCAGAUCAGAGUCAGAGCCAGCACAAGCCAAACACAGCCAUGGCCAAUUAGCAUCUCCUCAUACAGAUACACUGAAUCAAUGAAUCUCCAUGAGGAAAGUUCAGUGUCUCCAUGCAGAGGGUGGAGACACUGAAUAGCAGUGCUGCUCACUGUCAAGCACUGCCCCAGGCAGCACCUCUAGUAGCCAUCUGAGGAGAUAUCCCUAGGCCAGUGAUAGGCAACCUUUGGCAGUCCAGAUGUUGUGUACUUCAUCCUCCAUAAUGCUCUUACACCCACAAUGCUGGCAAAGCAUCAUUGGAGGUGUAAUCCAAAACAUCUGGAGUGCCGAAGGUUGCCUAUGCCUGCCCUAGGCUGUAAUGUAAACACUGCAUUUUCUCUGAAAAGACCAUAUUUACUGCCAAAAGCCUGAAGGGAAUGAUUCUACUCACCAGAACAAAUUCAAUAAGCUGUAGUUGUUCAAGUUGACUAUAGUGUCCCUUUAACACACUUUACAAAGUGGAUAGACAGUGACCAAUGCUGCUUAUUCAUGAAUUCUACUAAAUGUGGGUUGAAACUAAAGUUUAAAUAUCUUUUUGAGUCUGAGCGAGCUGUGAACUAGAUGAAGGGCAAUGCUAGUAUGGGAACAUGCCAUUUGCGCGUUUUGCGUCACUGUUGGCAAUUUCGUUCCAGAAGGUUUGCAUUGAUGGAUAACAGGCUGUUGAUAUACUUACCUAUGUGCAAAAAUGUGCUGGACUUUCCCUUUGUAUCUGUAAGACUAUUAAAAUAAAUAUACUCAGCAACCUGCAGCGGACUAGAGAAAAUAAACCAGGAUGAUGGGAAAAUAGGCUCAAAAUCAGGACUCUCUGCCAGAUUCAGAACUGUUGGCAAGUAUUUUUCUGAUGAAAUGAAACCUACAAUAUCAGGAUUAGUGUUGAACUGAGGGCUUUUCUAAAUCCUUUCACUAACAGCAUGUAGAAAAUUAGUAAUGGAUGGAAGUGUGUUAUUUCCUUCUCGUUUUAAAGAAUAUUGUCUCCAACAUUCCUUUAGCUCUUCUAUAGCAGAAUGUCAAUUACUAGGCCUGUAGAAGCAUAACUCCCCUUUUCUGUGGCACAGCGAUGCGUAGAUGUAUGCUGUAGAAAGGGUUAAUUAUUUGGCUGCUGUAAUUACCUUCUCGCUUUCUUUCCAUUGGGUGAGGAGAGAGUCUGUGUAUGAAAACGUUCUAAUGAACCUUCUUUGAAGAGAUAAUGGUUUCUCUUCCCAGGGCUCCGGGAUCACAGCUGUGUUUACUGAUAAAAUGCCAUUUCUGCCAUCCCUUGCUACCGAAAAACUUCCUCCAUCUGCCUCUCCCUAUUAUCUCUCAUUGGCUCUGCAUUUUAAGGUCCAUCUUUGUAUGUACACAGGGUUACAUUAACUUGUACACAAGACGCAUACCAGUCACACGGAUUCUGGAACACACACACUGCUUCGUAGGAUGGCCUGUCCGCGUUGUGAUACGUAUAGACAUGGGUAUAGUAUCUUGUUCAUAGAAUUCCCAAUAAACUGCCUGCAUUCUGAUACGUAUAGACAUGAGAAUAGUGUCUCAUUCAUAGGAUUCCCAAUAAACUGCCUGCGUUCUGAUACAUAUAGACAUGAAAAUAGUGUCUCAUUCAUAGGAUUCCCAAUAAACUGCCUGCGUUCUGAUACAUAUAGACAUGAAAAUAGUGUCUCAUUCAUAGGAUUCCCAAUAAACUGCCUACGUUCUGAUACAUUUACAUGUGCCUGGUUCCUCCCCCAUUUAAUUUACAACAACUGUGCAGUAAUAGGAUUGGCCCUUUCUAGCAACUAGAUAGCAAUAGCUGCCCAGUCGCUAGUUUUUAGUUACAGUGGCUGCUCACUGUUUAGUAUACAUGUCCCCACCUUUGACAUUGGCGGCAUAAGUGAGGUAUUAUACUUCCUUUAUUCUAAUAUGGAGUUCAGAUUGACUCCCAUAGACUUUUUUUAUUUCUAUUCUUUUUUUAUGUUUAUUUUGUAAUUACAUUUUCUCUAAGCAAGACAUUAAAAUCAAGUCUCCUGGGGCGGAGCCUAACCACGGAGCCGAAUGGACGCCAUCAUCCACGGCUCCCCGGCACCGAGACACAAUCUACCGCGAAUCUCAGGUAGGGGGGGGGCCAUCGACCCGCGGGACCCACAAUCACAAUCCCAGGACUCACAGGGCUACCUAACGAUGUCCUUUUUAAGCCCACAAACGGGCAAAAAACGAGUCCGCAAAUCCCGGGCCUAUCUCACUCUCCCGCCGGCAUCGCAGCUACCCGCGGGGAUCCCCCUGAGCCUGGAGGACUGGUGCGGACAGCGGGCAGGUCACUACUCACCCGACAACGAUAUGGGGAGGCGAACACAGAAGCCACAACAGGCAACACCCAGGGACUCCCAAGAUAUUGGGACUCUGCUGCAACGCACAGCAGGCCACAAAAUGGCGGCCGAACAAGACCAGGAACCUGGUCCCACACACUCAGCACAGCUGUCCCAGGGAAGCAGCAGUGACAUGAGAGCUGAAGCUCCCAGCAAUCCACAAGCAGAGGGGGAUGACUCAGCCCCAGCCACUAAAAGGGACAUCAGACUCCUAUUACAGGAGAUGAAGGGGCUGUUUGACACUGACAUAAAUUUAAUCCGCACAGAAACGCAGGCGGUGACGGCAAGAGUACAGGCCUCUGAAGAAGACAUACUAGACCUCCGACAGGAGGUGAAAAGCAUGGGGGACGCCCUGAAACAUUUACAGACAGCGAACUCAGCGCUCCAAAACACGCUAGACGCCAUGGAAGAUCGCAACAGGCGCACACAUAUUAAGAUUCGGGGUAUCCCUGAUGCAGUGGGACCAUCCGAAUUACCACAGUUCCUGAGGAGACUCACGGCCACAAUACUGCCACAUACACAAGCCAAAAAGCUGGAAUUUGACAGCCACUUCCGCAUUAACAAAGCAAAAAGGGCACCCACAACGGCCCCAAGGGACGUCAUCGUCCGCUGCCAUUCCAUGACAGAUAAACGCCGCAUACUAGCAGCAGUAAGAGACAAGACACCCUUGGCCUUCGAAGCCUCACAACUUACCUUCUUCCAAGAUAUCACGCGGAGCACCCUACUCUGGAGAAAGUCCCUGAGCAACAUAACGGAACAACUGCAGAAGGGGAACGUAGAAUACAGAUGGCUGUUGCCAAGAACCCUGGCGGUAUUCAGCGGAGGAGAAGUUCUAAAACUCACCUCACUCUCGGAGGCCCCAGCGCUUCUCCAAAAAUUGGGACUAACUCAGAACGCCCCAUCACCGGGACCAACGCAAGCUACCCACUCCUGGGACCCGGACAGAAUAGUACCAUAUGUCCCUAGGGGCAACAAGAGACCGGAGACGGAGACCUGAACACCUUAAACUGUUUACCUCUUAAUUUUAUUUCCAUGCUCUGAUAUUCUCUCCUCUUCUAUGAUUUCACCCUAUUGCUCCACGAAAACACGACAUCUCACUAUUAACUCCCCAUACAAAGUCGGAGACGAUCUCCCAACCCCCGCGACCCUCUUAGGUUAAGGGCCAACAUUACUUACUAACCCAAGCAUAGCAAACGCAACACAAAACCCACACUCAGGCACAGACAGACGCAAAUAUACAAUUUUCACCGACGACGAGCAACAGCACUUCACAAUCACCAACACCCUCCCUCAAAUAACAGAGAGGAGUGCCACUUAACCACUCACAGGACCCAAGCAACAUAGACACAAACAUUCACAACCAGUUCACCCCAUGGGAACCUACCGCAUGGGCACACUCGACACACUAGAAAACCAGAAAAAGUGCAGAAACAUGACCACAAGUUCUUCCUGACUACUAGGACGCAAGCUAAAUUCCUCCGACCGUAGAACAAAAGGACUCAUACUAUAUACUUGCUGCCAAUCCUAUGCUCCUGAUAUGUUAUAAGUGUAAAACGUAUAGACUGAUCCAGACCCUUGGCAAAACAAUUGUUAUUUACUAAUCUGCCUAUGUUGAAAAGGCAGCUCAAGUAUGUUAUUCUUUGUUACAUUUCUCAAUGCACAGAAAAUAAAGAAUUAAAAAAAAAAAAAAAAAAAUCAAGUCUCCUAGUGGAGAAUAACGGUAACAGGUAAUUCUAGAACUGGUCUGUUCCCCCAAAGUACUACAGUACCAUCUAUGCUACAAGUCUAUAUAGAGAGAGGAGAGCCAAGAUAGUGGGAAAAGGUAAAAAGAUGUAUAGAGGGCUGAAAAGUAUUCCCAAACAAGGCAAGUGCGGGGAGGAAGAUUCAGUGGGAGGCCCAGAGAAGCAAAGGUCUCCAUCCAUGGAGUCCAAAUUUUGAGAAAAUGAUCUGCUGUAUCGCUGAUGGCUGCAGUCAGUUUUUACAUUUUGAGUGUAUACAAGACUUUCACUUUGGCCUGCACCAGGGGGAAACCCUUCCAUUAAUUGAUUCUUUCUUUUCUUUUGCCAGCUGCCACAUGGUUAACCCUCGCACAGCUGAGGGUUUUUUAAGGAACACUAUAUGAUCAGGAACACAAACAUGUAUUCCUGACCUUAUAGUGUUAAAACCACCAUCUAGCCCCCCCCCAUGCCUCCCUAAAUAUAGUAAAAGCUUACUUGUAUUCAAGUCUGCAGCUGCUGGCUCUUCCGCUGAUCUGCCUGCUUGGCUGAUAUCCUCAGAAGUGGUCGCCUGAGCCAAUCACAAUGCUUUCCAAUAAGAUUGGCUGAAAUUGUCAAGGUGUCAGAUCAUCGGCAGAGCCAGCACAAGUCAAACUCAGCCCUGGCCAAUCAGCAUCUCCUCAUAGGGAUGUAUUGAAUCAAUGCAGCUCUAUGAGGAAAGUUCAGUGUCUCAAUGCAGAGGGUGGAGACACUGAAGAUCAGUACUGCACAGUGUAUAUCAUUGCCCCAGGAAGCACCUCUAGUAGCCGUCUGAGGAGUGGCCUGUGGAGUUAUCACUAUGCUGUAUUGUAGACUCUGCAUUUUCUCUGAAAAAACUGUUUUUACAGCAAAAAGCCUGAACGAGUGAUUCUACUCACCAGAACAAAUGCAAUAAUCUAUAGUUUUCUGGUGACUAUAGUGUCCCUUUAACUAAUUGCCUGCUAUAUGGUAUCACUGUUAACAGGCAAAUAGUACUUCAAGUUAUCGUUAUCACUUAAAAACACAUGAACGAUAAACUGUAAAUGUGCAUCUUCCUGGAUAUAUUCGGUCUUUGGGUUAGUUUAAAAUUUGUGUUUUGUACUUUGUAAAUAUUUGUAAAUCCUAUACUUUGUAAAUUGUUUUGAUGCAUAAAGUACUAAAAGCACGAAUUGUAAACCAGAGACCAAAUGCAUCUGGCCAAUUGCAUUUUCAGCAUGUUCGCUAAAUUCCGACCGAAUUACUUUUAACAAAAUUGCCAUUCUGGUACGAAUGGAACACUUUCAUUGUAUUUUGUCCAACUGGGCAAGUGGGCUGCUAUUCUUUAACUGUCUAGCUGUAAUUUCCCUAGCCCGGCCCCGAUACCCUGGAUAAUUUCAUUCUGAUGAAUAUGCAUGUGGACAUUUGUAUAUUCGCAUUCUGAUAUAUAAACAGAUGUGCACCGGGAGAUACAUGCAUUUGCAGAACAGUUCUUGCUGAUAAAAACAUUGUCACAGACGGACAGUCUAAUAAACGCCUCCGCACACAACACUUUCUAGGUUCUGGCAGACCUUGUAUGUAUUUUUCUCUUUCCUUCUGGAUUUCUGAACACAAUCUUCGUGUUAAUUGUGGUGAAAUUGGGAGAUUUCCAGUGUUUUUUUUAAUUAGCAGUGGGAGGAGGAAUGGAACAUUUGCAAUGUAAUAUGAUUGUAUGGAUUUCUUUUUUUUAGGGAGUUUUGAUGACAUAUCGCAUGAUUUCAGUCUACAUGACUUUGGCACAAUGCACUGGACACGUCAAGGAACUAGCCAUCACACAUUCUGUCCACUGAUCCCAAAGAGGGUUUACUCACUGGCUUCCCAUGAGAAAAACUCAAAUUUAUAAUUUUGACCUAUUAUCGGCAAUUAUGAGUUCUUUAAAAAAAAUAAUAAUAAUAAUUCAAUCCAAAGCCAUUUGGGGUCAAUAGUGAAAAUCAAGCAGUUGCCUAAAAAGAUACACUAACAUGCAUAAUAUAUACAAUACAAACAAGGAACAACAGUCUGCGUUGUUGUUUCAGUCUAGGCACCAUGACCACUGCAGCCUGCUGUAUUUGAUAUGGUGCAGGAGUCUUGUGGAGCCAAACCGUGUUAAUUAGUCGAACCAUUUUCUAGGUAUUUGGCACUUUCCUGGGCCCCUGGCCACAUUAAAUUAUAAGUAAGACCCUACUUCUGCAUUAGUGAUGAUUGUUCCUGUGUUUUGAAUGGAAUUCAUUGUCUAAGCACAGGGGAACCAGGCAAGUGUCGCACUAUUAAAAAAAUCUAUAUUUGAUUGCUUAAUGCGGCAUGGCACCAGGGGACUCAUAGCACCAAAACCACUACAUCAGCUUGUAGUGGUUAUGGUGCCUAAACUGCCCCUUUAUUUACAACACCAUAGGAUUCUAGUGAACAUGAAACAAUAUAUCAAAAGGCUAUGAUGUUAUGUACAAGAAAAUUUCUGGGGCAAAGUUCAAGAGUGACGCAUUCACCAUAAAAACCAAAAGUCUAUUCCUGCUACCGAUUCCACUUGUAGGAUUUUGACACAGGAUUUCUCUUCAUACGCAAUCCCCUGUGCUCAUGCACAUCUCUGCUUCGCAAGUUAAUGUUGAACGUGUUGCAUUAUGAUCUGCAAUCUGUCCGAGAAUGGACAAGUUUAAUGUAGAGCUGCCAACUUUUCAAAUGCAGACAACCUUUUGUCCAUAUUGAGGAAGUAAGGUUAUUACAUUAUAAGACAGACUGGUAAAAAUCAAGGACAGUCCAAAUAUAACUUUGUAAAAUACACCAGAACUUUCCUCCUUUAAAACACAUUUUUGUUGUUUCUAUUUUUAUGUCCUUAGGGCCUUUUAAUAUGAUUUUUUUUUUUUUUAACUACUGAAAUAAGUGCAAAAACUAUUUUAUGGUACAAAUAAAAUUUCCCAGUCUAUAUUAUAUAGCAUUAGGGAGCAGCCAUGUCUAGGUAGAAAUGAAAUGUAAAUUUUAUUGGAAUUUGUUGUACUUCUGUUGUAACUACCGUAUUUACAAGUUGGAGAAAUAACUCAGCAUUAACUGUAGGAGCUUUUCAAUCCUCAGGGUUGCAGGCUUGAUGCCCAGCAGGGCAGCUCAGUUUUCAUUCCUUUAAAGUUAAAUAAUUGGCACCUUUGAGUUUUAAUGACUUGUGUACUGCAGGGCAAUAUACAGUGCCAGAAUAUGUACACUAUUUGGACUAAUAAACACUGUUGGUUGCAUCAGAACUAUUAUACACAUUUUAUAGCAACUAAGGUGAUAAUUAUGCAACCAACAAAAAUAUUUUUUUUUCUUUCUUUCGAGUCACAGUUAAAAAUUCCAAUAAAAUAUGUGUAAUUCCAUUAAAACAUAUUCAAACAUGCAUAGUGGGAGGGUUAUUUCAUUUUGCCUCUCUACUUUGAUGUUAAAUUAUCUCACCAUUAUCAAACUCAUACUCUAUAUAAAAUUUAUCAAGCUGUAAAUUAAUUGUAUUACUAACACGUUAAUGUUAAUUACUAACAUGUGUUCCUAACACUAAAGUGUCUUUUCACUUUUAAGAUCAGAGAGAGACACCUAACUUCAAUAAAAAUAAAAGGAAAAAAAAGUUUUUUACUUAACAUUAUUCCUGCGCCAAGACUUGCUUGGUGUUGCCGAAUGUUCCUCCUCCCAAUCCUUCUCGUCCAAUCAAAUUCUUUUCAUAAAGAAGCAUUUGAACAAAAAUUGCAUGUGCUGGGAAAGCCACACUAAUUUCUUCUCCAUUGAUCUUCUCCAUUGAUGUCAGGGAAGGGGUGUUCCUGAGGACAGGCUGAGUGGAGGACCUCUUAAUAGCUUUUCUAAUCUAACCAUGUUUUAAACCAGGUCUUACUAUCAGUUGCUUCUAAAUAGAACAACCAUACCAGUAUCGAGGGUAAUUCAAGUAUUGGUGGGAAAAAAACACACAUUUAUUAAAGCAAAGCAAAAAUAAAUCUGUGUCCUUGUCAUUAGUUCUCAACAGAACAGUGAAAUUUAUUGGUUGAUUAAAUAACUAAAUUAAGCCCCUGUUGCACAUCCAGUUCUAAUAAAAAAAAAUAAAAAAAAUACUACCACUGAGUAUGGUGUUAUAAUAAUGAAGAACAAUGUCUGUAUUGCAAGACAAGAGUGAAACUUUAGAUAAAUAAAAAAAAAAAAGUGACUUAUGAGGUAUGUGGCUUUUGUCUUUUGGUGGCUUACUGGUUAUACGAUAAAUGAAUGUACACAGACGCUUACCCACCAAUUGCACCAGAAGUGGAUCUGAGGGACGUCUUGGCACUGUGUUGAACUACCCAAGGAUUGGAAUAAGACAAACCAAAGGGUGGUGGUCCCUGGAAUGAUACGUUGGUCUGAAUUCUUUUACAUUAGUUUGUUACUGUGUAAUGUUCGGAUAAAAAACACUUUAUAAGCUUAUAGCCAAUAAUGUAUUUUCCCACACCAAGCUGAGAAUCAUUUUAUACAUAUAUACUAUAAUAUACCUAUAUGGUCUAAAGGGUACUCUGUUAAAGGUUAGUCAUUGGGAUUCAAUAUUGAUUAUAUCUUAUUUUAAAUAUAUAUUAAAAUAAUAUAUAUUUAGUUAUUGUAAACAUUUUAAUUUUUCAUUUGCUUUGCAUAUUUUUUAUUCUUCUACAAUUGAAUAGCUAGCUGCUGACUUUAAUUAAUAAGACACACAUUAAAUCUUUAUUUUUAUUGUGAAGAGAUGUCACAAAACCUGUUUAUUGCUGUGCUGUGUGAUCAUAGAAGUAACGUCAGUUCAUUUUUCCGAUGUACAUGAGACGUUCCCCACUCGUCCCUAGUUUUCUAACAUCACUUAUGACAUGGAACCCUUCCAUUGGUUUCCUUUUAUAUUGUUAGUCUAUGUGGCACUUGUGACAUCACAGCCCUCUGUAACCAAUCAUAACCCAGCAUAGGUCAUAUAUACUUGCCCUAUCGUUGUUUCUGUAUACCUUGAGUGUGUUAUUGUUUAGUGACUCUGUUUAUUAGCCUUGGCUUGUCUGACUUGCUCUCUGUAAUCCUGACUAUGACUUGCUUCUUACUUCUGUGUAUUUCAUAACCUUAACCUCAGCCUGUUUCCCAAGAAACCAAUUACAAUCUUCUGUCGUCUUGGUACCACACUCCUACCCUCCUCAACAGGAUAUUCCCGAACGUGUCUCCACUAUGCUGGAGAUGCGGCCUGGGCGAGGGGGCAAUCGAACAUAUAUGGUGGAGCUGCUCCAAAAUCAUACCAUUCUGGGAAAUGGUGCAGGACACUGUCAGAAAUCUUCAGGGAAACACAACAACUUCCUGCAGAACAAGCCUGGCUACACCUCACACCAUCACCACAUCAAAGCGUCAAAAUCACUGAUACCAGCCCCCAACAGGGAACAAUGGUUGGAACAAGUAGAGGAUACCCAAGCCGCAGUAGCCAUCCAAGCUGCUCUGCUGGGUGAGAGUGACAAAUAUGCGGAACUCUGGCGACAAUUGUUUAUAUAUAUAUAUAUAUAUAUAUAUAUAUAUUAAUAUAUAUAUAUAUAUAUAUCAGACAGGAUAAAGAACGGCGGGGGUAAUGCUACUGUCGGGCCACCUAGCAAUGAGUGACUGGAGCGGGUUCCACAGAUAAAUGAUCUCGCUUCCUUUCUCUCUUCACAGACACCUGCCACUACCAAAUCCCCCUACAUCUCGUCAUCUCCCUCUAAUGCCUACUUUCACUCCUCCCCUUCUCUUCACCUCCUUUCAUUUUAUAUUCCUUUAACCCCAUCAACUCUUGAUGGGGAUACCACAAUGCAAAUUAACCAAAAUUGGACUCAAACACCCCUGGAUCAUAUACAGGAAUGUAGUGAGACACAUGGCUACGUUAUGGGUGAGUCCCAAUCUGUAGGCCAGAGUUCUUCACACUGGAAUAUAUGCCCUUAAAGGGCCCUUAAAGGGCAGAGCAAUUGUUGGCUCCACAGACUUUGAAAUUGCUUAUCCUACAUUAAGUGGGAACCGUUUGCGAUAGCUGAUAACCCCAAAAUGAGCUGAUCAAAUAGGGGCAACCCUCUCUCAAAAUUACCACCACCUAAAACUGAUAAAUGCGCACUCAGGGGCUAUUUUAUUUUUUUUAUUUUAUUAUACUUAGCAUGGUUAACCUGAAAUAUUUUCAUUGUAUGUAAGUUGUUGAAUCACUAAUAACCUUCCUGGAGCCUGCGUGCUCCUUCUAUUCUCUAUCUUCUCUUGAAAAAACAAAACACACAAUAAAAUAUGAUUUACAAAAAAAAAAAAAACAUCAGCCGUUUCUGGUUUACUCUUUGUCUACGUAUAGACAUUCCGUUUGUAGGCACUAGUCCGUCAAGUCUAAAGGCCGAUACGUGCUUCUGUACUGUGUACCUUGCGUUUGCGUUUUAUGUUAGGCUAGUCUUGACAAGAGAUUUCAUUUCAUGUAUUCAAACAAAAGCUUCUCCGACACUUAAAAUAGUUUUGUAAUGUAAAAAUUAAGCUUGUGUGAAAUAUCUGUACUGUGUCCAGAGUUAUUCUGUGGACAUUCCAAAAAAAAGAAUCAAACAUCAUAUUGCACUGAUUCCAAUCAAUCCAUCUGGUAUAGAGAAGAUACGUUCUGGUGUACCUAAUGUAACGCACAGGGGAGAAGGAGUCAGACCAACACUAAGCCGCUCAGACUGGGAACAAUAGGGAUAUUAGAAAGCAGGUAAAAACACUCUAAAAGACAGUGUGCAAAGUCCAGGAGCUGACUAGUGACUGAUGGCUCAAAUAUAAUGAGUGCAAAAUCAUAUGAUAUAAAAUACAAUGAAGUUGGAGAAUCAAUAAGAAUGAUUAUUAUAAAAUUUAUAAAAAAAUUAUAAAAAUUAAAAAAAUAAUGUGUACUGUGCCUUUAUAUGCAAUAAGGAAUCAUGAAUAAAAAGAGGAUGAGAGUAAAAAUGGAUAAUACUUGAGAGAGAAAAAUAGGGAAUAAUAAAAGUAGUAGAAAAUAAGAAAAGUAAAUACGUAAAAGGUGAAUAAAAAAGGAAAAUUGAAUUAAGAUAUGAAAAUAAAUGAAGAGCAAGUAUCUCUAACCCUAACGUAGUAUAGGGUAGAUGAUGCCUGUUCCAAAUAGUAUACUUUAAAAUGUCAAAGAUAAAUGUAUCUAUGUAUUUUAGCAACACAGUAUGUGGAACUGUUUGCUCUUCCAAUACAAACAAUGUAUCGCUGUAGACUGAAGCAAUAUAAAAACUGGAUGUGGUAUCAGAAAAACAUUUUAUUGUACAAAAUAUUAAAACAUAUUAAAAAUAAGUUAAAAAUGCAAAAAUACAGAUCAGAGAUAGUUCAUAAAUGCACUACCAGUCUUAUGUAAGUCGAAAGUAAGCAAGGACCAAACUGUUACACGAUGUAAUAUAGUUCACCCCACCCCAGGAGUUACAUCCUGGAACCCCCCUCCCACUAGAUACAGAGUCAAACAAAAACAAUUAUAAACAGCUGCAGCAACUAGAACUACCGCAACAUAAGGAAUACCACUAGUUCAUAGUUCAAGCACCUUACCAGCUACAGACAAUGUCAGCAAGAAGCAUGAACUCUGUGAACCCGACCUUAUACCCGAGUUCCCCUUUUUGUACCCUACCCCGACUUACAUGUAAAAGUAAAGGUAAAGAAUCUCUAUAAAAACGAGACCAGGAAGGCUAUUCCGCUUGGCACACAUGCUGUAAAAGGUUAACUGCAGGCUCAACCUUGUUCUGUAUAUUGCUCAUGAUGUACAAUAUGACUGUCAUGUAACUCCAUGUCAAUGUAUGAUACUCUGUCAUAACAAUGAUAACAAGGACGACUGGUUCUAAGACCCUGUUACCCUCCCCCCCCCACCCCUUCUUCUUUUCUGUACCCCUACAACCCCUUUUUUAUGACUUGAAAACAAUAAAAACCUUGAAUUAAAAAAAAAAAAAAAAAAGUAAGCAAGGACCUUCGAAUUGAGUGAGGAUGGAUCUGGAUUGAGUUGACAAGUUAGCCGCCUGUGUUCCAGCUGCCGGUGAGGACGGCGUGGGUCUGAGUGUACGUCCCAACAAAAACCUCACUUUGAGGGACGUGCAAAACGGAUGAUCCCGGUUCACAGGUGGUGUAAAAGGUCCUGCAUGGAAAACAACCUUUUGCUGGUAAACACUGUCUGCCUCUGUAUACCUUCUGGUAUACCUAGUUCACACUCCUCAUUCCAUUUUUGAAAGUAACUGUGUUCACACUAGAUGUUCGCCUAGUUCAACCACCAUACCAUAACCCAAAGUGUGAGAGCUGAUGGACAAAAUGUCCAAGUGUUUUAAAAUUCCCCCAUGUUAAUUGGUUUCCAAGAGAUGCUACUUCACACCACCCAAAGCUGGGAGUUAUGGACCACUUUUUGUCUAUAACAUUAGAAUACAAAUGAGUGGGAGCUUGCCUUCUUUUCGCUCAUAAGUCCAGUUCCAGAUUGCAUGCUUUGGCCCAUGACUGCAUUUUGUCCUGCCCUCAUCAAGAUCAAGAAUGGGGAUCUGUGGAGGUUGCGAAACGCGUCCAAUGCGGCACUUGCCGUUUUCUGGGUAGUCUUUUUAGGUGGUCUCUCCUCUGAACAGUAGUUCAAUCACCCGGUAUUUAUAUCUAUAUUUCUUUGGAUACUGUGUUAUUUUACACACUUGAUACUAUUUUGUACAUGGUAUUGGAACUGCCUCGGCAUAAACAAGGACUUUUGUUAGUGUAAUGCCAUGUGUAUUUAUUUCUAUUACUUUUUUCAAUAAAUGUGCUACUUUUUCAUUACCUAGUUUUCAAAUUUUCCAGGAUGUGUCAAAGUUGCCAAUGUAGAUUAUGCAAGGAGUUGAACUUUUAGAAUCAUUUUAUUCUUUUACAUACGUGUAGAUCUAGAUUUGUUGAGGAAGACAAUUGUUAUUUUUUCUUUUUUUAUCUGAGAAUAUAGCUCCUGAAUCACUUGGCAAAAUGUCACUGCCAAGAAAAUAAGUAAAAAAUAUAAUUUUUAAACAUUGCGAAUGGUAAUAUUUCAUGGCAGUCGAUUGUAUUUAAAGAAGUAAUUCAAUCAAUUAACGGCAAUAUCAUCAUUUGAAAGUACAAAGUGGUAACCUUAAAGAAUUAAAUUGAUUAGAUUCUCAGAAAUGGAAAAUACCUGAAAGGACAAUUGUGACACGGACUUAAAUCACUUGUUGGCUAUGAACUCGUGUGGUUUGAACUAACAUUUAUGUUUUACCGUACGCUGGCUUUAAGGAAAAAAAGAAGAUAAAUGGCACAAGACUCUAGCCAAUAAAAGCAGGCUUAUUUUUUUUUUUUUUUUUAUAAAACUAUAAUCUUCACUUUUCCUACUGUGAGGUAGCAGUGUAGAUUUAGUACUUUGUUUUAAUAUUGAUUAGCUUUAGCAGUAGUCCGACUCUCAUAAUGUCCUUUAUAUCGGCAGGUUAGAGUCUUAGAACUUGGAAACCCAGGCAAGACGUCUAACGAUAUACAUCUGCCUACCUCAAAUCGCUAUAUAUUAGCAGCUUGUUUGAGCAGGGCCUUCUUGACUUUCAUAUAUCCACUUUCUCUAUUUGUAAAGCUCUGCUAAAUAUGUUGGCGCUGUGUAAAUGCUAAUAAUAAUAAUUAUCCAAGCCCACAACACUGCAACAAACAUUUCCCCCCCCCCAUUUUUACAAAUGUAAUGAUUCCUGUGUCUGACAAUAUUGUAGUGGUUAUGGUAUUAGGGAAUGAUAGGUACAGUCUCUCCCUGAUCCAGUGCCAGUUCCGCAGUACUGACAAGGCCCACAUUGUUCUGCUGUGGUGGUUUUGUGUUAUAACUCAGCACUCUGAGCCCUCAAGAACUUGGACAGACAAUGGAUUAAAUACCCAGGGAUUCCUAAUGUUUUCGUCAAACUACGUGAACAUGUUUUGACAAUAUUUUGAAGGACUGAAUGGAAGCAUGUCUCUGAAGCUCUGUCUACCAGUGCUGUUAAUUAUCAAUUUAAUUCAAGUUUCAGCAAAUUAUUAUUAGUCAUUGAUUGAGACAUUUAUACAGGAUUCGCCACUGAUCUCUGAUUUUAUGCAAAGCACUGAUGCUACUGAUAUUGUCUGUGGAUGAGAUAGUGCCUGUCAGAGAUUUAUUUAUUUAUUUUUUUUUUGUAGCAAAGUUUAACGCAUUAAAGAUUCUCAAAAAAAAAAGAGAGAGAAAAAAAAACCAAGCAAACUCGUCCUAUUUAGCGUUAUAUUGCAUGUUUGCAGCAGGUGGGACUCUAGACAUUCCCACUUUAACCAGAAAGUGACUGAGAUAUAUAGCCAUUCAAGUUCAUUCCAUUGCUUUAUAGAAGCUUGUAUGAUGUCAUGCAUGCGCAAUCUUAAUGUUUCUACAGUAGAAAACAUGAUGACCCAUACUGUACCCAAAGAGGUUUCUAUGCAAGUGAAUGGAAAGUAUGGGUGGCUGUGCUGUGGCAUUGGCGUUUAUUUGUAUUGGAAAAUCACCGUAUGCAUUUCCUGACCAUAUACUGAGCCCUGACAAGCUUAAAUCUCCAUGGGGGGAGAACCAUCAAUGAGAUGCUGUACAGACGUUUAGUGUUUUGAAGAAUAUUUGGAUCAGUGGAGACACGUUAUUUGUAGAUGUAAAUGGGUAUUUUUGCAGUGAAACACAACUGGCCUAGUUGAGAGCAUAUUGACAUGUACAGAGUUGUUCUGCAAAGUGAACUCAAAGUAAAUUUCAAAUUUAAGGCCAAAGUAGCCAAAUUGGAAGCAUAGAUGAAUUUGAGAAUGUUUCCAGUUCGGCUAUUUUUACCUAGAAUUUUAAAUUCCUUUUUUUUUUUUUUGUUUAAUAUCGUUUUUAUUGUGUUUCCAAUAGGUUAAACCAUUGCAUGGGGUACAGAAGAGAAAUAGGGUUAACAAAAAUAUAACAUAGUAGGGAUUCCGUUGUGUUAUACAUAAAGAUUAAAUCAGACUUUUUCUUGUAUACGUGUACCCGUCCUUUGUUAACGGGAUGCGGUGAAGGGGAUGGGGCGGGGGGAGAUAAGGUGAGCGGGGGGGAGCGGUGGUUGGGGAAUGGGGAGUCUUGUCGCUACCUGCCUGUACAGAGGUUUAGAGUCUAGCGGUUAGAGUUUUCCGGUUCAGUGUGGUAAAAUGUUUUCCAUUUCCGUAUGUGGCUGAUUUAAGUAUGUGACUGAUUUAAUUACUCUCGCUAUGGCUGGUUAUGGGCGCGUUUCCUGCGGGGGGGGGUUUCCAGUAGGUGAGCCAGGGUUCCCAGAUUUUGAGAUAUUUAGUUCUCUUGCCCUGUGUCGACCAGUGGAUCUCCUCUAGUUCUCUGGUCCAUUCUACCCGUUGGACCCAUUGGUCCCUAGAAGGCGUUUGUGUUUGCCGCCAGAGCAUGGGUAUAAGUGCAUUGGCCUCGCCUAGAAGGAUGUUUAGAAGUUGCUGUUCAUACGGGUCUAUUAGUGCCCGUGGCCACCCUAGUAGUACUUGGGAGGGGGAUAUGUGUGCCCUCAUGGAUAGGAGUUUCUUAAUGUCUGUGAGUAUCGUGUCCCAAAAUGGGGCUAUGUUCUUGCAACCCUACCAGAUGUGUUCCAUGUUGCCCUCUGCUCUCUCGCACCUCCAGCACUGAUCGCUCACUGUGGGCCAGUAGGUGUGGAGAAGAGCUGGUGUUCUAUACCAUCUGGUGACCCUUUUAUAAAAUGUUUCUUUGCGGGCGAUGCUUAGUGGGGCUUUCAUCCCUGAGGUCAUGAUAUGUGCCCAGUCACUAUCCGUCAUGUGAAUGUGGAGUUCCCUCAUCCAUUUUCGUUGGUAUGGGGGUCUGGGUUUAUCUCCUGUUUCCAAUUGGAGGAGACGGUAGAUGGCCGAUAGGGGCCGCUGAAUUUUAAAUUCCUAUUGAAUUGACUCUGAAUUCUGAUUUUAUUGCAUAACCCUGAUAGUGUGUUAUACUAUUAAUACAUUUUUAUUUUUUGUUUACAUGCAACUGAGGGGUAGUGCCACAGUUGAGAGCCUGUAUCUCUGCCACCCUCUAUGUGUUCCUGGUUAGGUUUUAAUGCAUGACAUUUGGUUGAUUCUUGGUCUGUAUAAUUUGCAGUCUAACCCAUGUUGUCUCUUGUUGCAGGUAUAAAGGCUUCAUUAAAGACUGCCCCAGUGGACAGCUGGACGCUGCAGGUUUCCAGAAAAUUUAUAAGCAGUUCUUCCCUUUCGGAGAUCCCACAAAAUUUGCAACAUUUGUUUUUAAUGUUUUUGACGAAAAUAAAGUAAGUCAUCAUUAAAUCUGCCUCUAGUAUAAGAGUGUUUUUCUCCUUUUUAAAGUGGAUAUGUCAAGUUUUCCUUGUUAAAUGAAUUCAGUUUUUUGUUUGUUUUUUUCUGUGUUUUGCGUUCUCCUUAUUGUUGUGUUAAUGUAGAAACUACUUUACCUUAUAUGCUUCUCUGCUUGUCGGUAACUCAAAUGGAAAAAAAAACACACAAACCAAAAAGUGUUCAUGUUAUGUCCUAAGACGAAUAAAUAACUUAGAUAAUAGAGAAUGACAAAUGUACAGGGUAUUGUGUACUGACUGACGGGCAGUGUUUUGUGCUGCAUGUAUCCCUUUGUCAGUCUCUAUAUUGGCUUCCCUGUAAGAUAUAGUGCUCAAUUUAAAGGACCACUCUAGGCACCCAGACCACUUCAGCUUAAUGAAGUGGUCUGGGUGCCUGGUCCAGCUAGGGUUAACACAUGUUUUCAUAAACAUAGCAGUUUCAGAGAAACUGCUAUGUUUAUGAAUGGGUUAAGCCUUCCCCUAUUUCCUCUAGUGGUUGUCUCAUUGACAGCCACUAGAGGCGCUUGCGUGCUUCUCACUGUGAUUUUCACAUUGAGAGCACCCCAGCGUCCAUAGGAAAGCAUUAUGAAUGCUUUCCUAUGUGACCGGCUGAAUGCGCGCGCAGCUCUUGCCGCGCAUGCGCAUUCAGCCGACGUGGAGGAGAGAAGGAGGAUCGGAGGAGGAGAGUUCCCCGCCCAGCGCUGGAAAAAGGUACGUUUUUACCCCUUUCCCCCUUCCAGAGCCGGGCAGGAGGGGGACCCUGAGGGUGGGGGCACCCUCAGGGCACUAUAGUGCCAGGAAAACGAGUAUGUUUUCCUGGCACUAUAGUGGUCCUUUAAGAUCCUGGUACUUGCUUAAAAAUCUCUACACAAUGGUGCUCCGACCUACUUAUCCUCACUAAUACACAAAUAUGUCCCAUCUAGGCCCCUACGCUAUGUCGAAGACCUACGUCUAACCUCUGUUCGUACUCCUUCCUCUGAUGCUCGCCUUAAAGACUUCUCUAGGGCUGCACCGUUCCUAUGGAACUCCCUUCCCCUCUCUGAUAGACUUUCACACAAUCUCCACUGCUUCAAAAAAAUCUUUGAAAACUUACUUCUUUAGGAAAGCGUAUCAAUUAAACAGUGAACAGCUUUCUAUCUCUGCACCCUGAUUCCUCUCUUGCAACUGUCAUCAAAACAAAACACUAAGCCCCCAGUCAAUACUAUCUUAAUAGCCUACCUUUCUACCCUACCCUUACCCUUUGUGUCACUGUACCCCAGUCCCACUAGCAUGUAAGCUCAUUGAGCAGGCAGCUUAAUCCCUCUGUUCCUGUACUUCCAACUCGUCUGGUUUCAAAUACGUGUCUGUUAGUUCACCCAUUGUACAGUGCUGCAGAAUUUGUUGUUGCUUUAUACAUAAUAAUAAUAAUAAUAUAUAUCUUCCUAUUAAAACACUUUCCAGUAUACAUAACAGUCUGCGCCAAACGUUAGGAGCUAGACAAUCAAUCACAAAUACAUCACAUAUCAUCAGUCAUUGUCAGCCAUGUAGCUACAUGUGUAACAUACCAGUCACUCCACCAAACUAUGCGUAUACAUAGUCAUAUGCACAAAUAUAUUCAUAAUAUCCUGAUGAAAGUUCUGUACUAGAACUGAAACGUCGAUUCUGUGUGGCAGCUGCUGAAUAAAAGCUACGUUUUUUUCACCAUAUACUUUUUGAAGUCCUUGGAGUGCUAUUACCUACUACUUUGUUUUUUUUAUGCUAUUUGCUUUACUAGCACCGGGCAUUAACUUACUAUCACAGGAGUGCAAGUAUUUGGACAUUUUAUAUAUAUAUUUUUAUGUGUGUGUUUGGAUACACUAAGUGAAUUUGAAAUCUGUGCCAAGAAGAGCCAAACUGAGAACAAAUUUGGAGAUUUUUUUAUCAAUGCCAUUGUAGUGGCAUAAAAUCUAUUUGAAUUCAUUUUGUUUUUUACAAAUCACACUUUACGGAAUCACCCCAAUAACGCAGUACCCUUAUCUGCAAUCUGGUUGCAGAUAAGGGUUGGCAUUCAUCUUUUAGACCUCUUAAUCGUAUCACACAGAAGAAAUUAUAUCUAAUUUUCAGGAUUCGAUAUAAGAACAUGGAGGUACCAAACUAAUUCUAACAGGCACGGAAUAUCACCUGUCUGUCAUGCUGCAAAAUCUCUCUCUCAGAAGGUUUCCAGUCCCUGGCAUCCAAAUGAUCAGAAAACUGAACUUGUACAGGUUUACUUUUGUCAGUGUGAAUGAAACAAUAUGUAAAAUGUGAUAUCCCACAUACACAGUGGGUCCCAUCUGCUCUGCCCAGAAGCCUAUUUUCUGUAGCUUCACACCCCAUUUAGUUCACUGCCUUCAAUUAUAUUCUGCAGAUUCUUUGUGUCAAUCCUAAGAGCUUUUGACUCCCGUCAUUCCAUUAUCUUCUCCCUAUUCUCCCAUGAGAGGGUGCUUGCUCUCUACGUACCCACGCCUCGCUUCACAACAAGCACUCCUGAGUUCUCCUUAUUAAACCUCGUCGCUAUGAGACCAGGAAUGAAAUCUCACUGAAUAUUUUCUCCCUCUUCCACUAUGCAGUAAAAUGAUGUACUGGCCCGAGGCUGUUUUGGAAUAAUUUAAAUCUCCAUCUUUGUUCUGCAAUUUCUUAUAAAGUUGUAUUAUACCAUAAAUGAAGAUCUAUAAAAAAAAUAUAUGUAUACUGCCACAUUAUUACACUUAACUGGGUCUAAACUCUUUAAUUUCCAGAAGAGAACCUGUCUGUUUAGUACUCUAUGGGGCUCAGAUGGUUAAAACAAGCUAACACUACUAGGUUGUCAUUUUAAAUGCAUUAUUAAAGGGAUGCUGCAGAGCUGAUUUAAUAUCAUAUUUUAACACAUUAUAUAGAUCAGUGGUUUUUAACCUUUUUUUUUUUUUUUUGACAGGGUCCCAAAUUAUGUACGUGACAUUAGCUAUGCAGCACAUUUUUUUAAACUGCAAAAUUAGCUCACUGACCCAUUCUUGCAAUGAUUAACAUUUAAAUAAUUUUGUCAUAUUCCUAAAUUAGUCUUCCAGUUGGCUCCAUUGUACUGUAGAAAGCAGUGACGCUAUAGUUUUCAGACAUAUGGGGCUUGAUGAAUAUGAUAUGCCUUUCCCUACCCAUGGGGACUCAUUGUAAUGACACGAGAAACUAGGGGUUAAAAUUAACUGAUAUAUAGGGCGGAGCCUGACUGCCGAGCAGGAUAGACGUGCUGCAAACCAGCUCCUGCAAAAAACGACAACAAUGGGGAAAAAUACCCCAAACACAAAAUCACCCACAAGUCAGAGGGCAUGGGACGAGCUGGGGAAACCCGGGGGCAUCGAAGGAACCCACAAACGAGACUCACACUGCCCGGGAUCCCACGCAAAGCACAUGGGGCCUACAUGCGGCCGAGCCAGGGAGAGACGGCCGCUCUUCUGGAUGGUAAAACCGCACACACACACCCCUUGUGUCUAAGCUUAAAUACACACAGUUUAACUUUUUAAUGUAGUUUUACAUCAAGUUACUGCUAACUGCAACCGUGCUUAUACAAUAUGACUACGAAUUUAACCUGAAUCCACUCUCUAAGUACUUGACUACUCCAAUCUCUAGAACCACUGUAUGUUUACUGUCUCAAGCUUGAAACCCCAUCGUGACCCACCGCAACAGUCAUACAAAGCUAGCCUGUAUAGCAUGUUUAAAACCUUUAAAGUGUCCCCAGUCUGUUAUUUUUCUCAUUACAAAGGACGACGCAACUGUUUAACCAAACUUGUUAAAAAUUUUAAAAAUGUGCAGUCUCUCAUGCCACUGUUAUACCAAUGUAUAUUUUCCAAUAUGCUGUUGUGGCGUCUGUUGAUUCCUUGUACCUACCUGCACAGCAAAAAUAAAGAAUUAAAAAAAAAUAAAAAAAAUUAACUGAUAUAAAAUCAAUAAAAAGGUACUUACCUGGGUGUAUAACAUGGUACAGUUGAAUGUACCUUAACCCCUUGUAAGUAGCAAUUCAAAUCACUUGUGCAAGUUAAUGUUAGUAUCUAACUGCUUCUAUUAAUUUAUGCAAAUGGUUUCUAUUUGGUUUAUUUCAAAUAUUUAAAUUGUGGUAGAGCUAAGGUACACAGUUUUAUAGUAUCUCUAUACUUAGUAGCAACACUCUACAGUUUAAACAAUGCACCAUGCAAGAAAAGGCUGGAUUUAACAUAUAAUCAUAUUUAUGUAAACCAAACAUGUCAAACUCAAAGGCUAAGACGGGCCAAAUAAACAAGGUUUACGUUUAAAUAAAUAAACUUUAGUUUCCAUAGAAAACUGACACUGGACGUCCUCACGCUUGUAGGGCUUCAAAAUAAACAAAAGAGCAAAUUUAUUUUAAGAAAUGCAUUUGCAUAUAACUGUUUCAAACCAACUACCUUGACAUAUUGAGAAAAGUUUGGUAAUGGGACUGAAAUGGUGAAUGUAUUCUGUUGCACAGCUGUAAAAAAACAAAUGACGUUAUCUUGUUGUUUUUGAAGUCCUAUGAGUGUGUUCUUCACUUUGGCUGAGAUCAUCAAACUUGAUGAUCUCAGCCAACCCAAUGCUUUCCCUUAGGAAAGCAUUGGGAGGCUAUUGUGCUUGUGUAGCAAAAAGCUGCACGGCCAAUCAGCAUCUCCAUGGGGAGCGUUCAGCAGCCUCCAUGCAGAUCCAAUCUAAUACACUGCCCUCCUCCCACUCUAAUACAUUGCCCCAAAUCCAACACACUGUCCCUCCUCCCUCCACUCAUCCACUCCACCAUACACUGCCCCCUUCACCCAAUCUAAUACAUUGCCCCUUAAUCUAAUACACUGCCCCUCCUCCCUCCACUCUACUUUAAUACACUGCCCUCCCUCCUCCCAAUUUAACACACUGCCCCCCACGACUCUAAAACACUGCCCCCACCUCCCCCCCCCCGCACCGGUGGGAGAUACCCGGUCCCUGCCAGGAGGAGUACCCCACACCAUAUACCUCACGGAGGACCUGGCAGGCCUCACAAACUACACGGGCACGGAGCUCUCCAAAAUGGCGGUCACAAUCGGACCCAGAUUCAGGCGGCACGCAAAUGCAGCAGCACGACCUGCCAGACCCCAGCAACACAGUAAGAGACUCUAUCGACACUAUCUUUGACCGAUUCUGGGCCAAGCUGCUGACCCGUAUUAGACCAGCUCAGACUACCCCUAUCCCGACUGUACAGGGCCACGUGCGCACAGAGAGGAGGACUGGGAAACUACCUUAGGGCACAAAACGAUCCCCCACCUUGGCCAUCACCGCAAGAUGCCCACCCGGGCUGAGAGCAACAAGGGCCACAACACACAGGUAGCGACAACACAGGUGCAGGUCCACAAGGCAGAAGCGAUGACAGACAGCAACUGACAUCAGGAACCACCGCACCGCCCCAACAGGGAAGACCCUGGACGUUAAUGGCUCCCAGGCUCGUGGCAACAGGGUACCAGCUCUCACACAGCACCGGGGCCGGAAUGGUGCCUCACCUCCACGUUGUUGCACUAGCCCCCCAACUGGACUGAACCAAACAAAAGAAAUAACCCUUGCAGGGGUAUCGGAUGAUUGCUCACUCACCGUGACAAGGGGCUGGCACGUCAAUCCACACAGUGCCCUAUGUUCCCAAGCACGAUACCCACCAUGCCAAGCCAAGGAAUGGACUACCUGUUCCAAUACACUAGGGUUAUUGGAUGCAGGCUUGCAGCUACCUCUAUUCUAGCUUCCAUACUGGUCAACAGAGCAGGACUUAAAGAAUGUUUACACUAGUAUUAUCUGCUAAAUACCCAGCGGUAUAAAAGUUCUAUUUCAUAUGUUUUAUCUAUUUGAUAAGCCUGUUACUACGCGUAUAUUUAUGUUUAAAAAGCUUAGCAGGCCUGGCAUUUUCUUUCUGCACUCAAAUACGUGUGUCCAGCUCUCACACACGUUAUAGUUAAUAUGCAAGCUACUGCCAUGCUACUAGAAAUAGUUCUCACGUGCUACAUGCCUGUUUUCCUUAAACCAUUUUACUUAAAUCAUCUUGCUUAAAUCAUCUCACUAGUACACUGUAUGCAUGUCUCACUAAUCUUGAUAACUAAGCUACACAAAUCUGAGACAUCACAGACAGACUAGUUAAAUAUGUUCCUAUAAAAUAAAAUGUGCGACUCUUUCAUGCCACUGUUUAACCUAUAUAUCUACAUUUAUACACUGUGGCAUUUGAUUCUGCCUUGUACUCACUUGCACAACAAAAAUAAAAAUUUUAAAAAUAAAAAUAGUGCCCCCUCCCUCAGUUUAAUACACUGCCCCCUCCCUCCCCCAAAUUAAUAGAGUGCCCCCUCUUUCCCUCAAAUUAAUACAAUGUGCACUGUCAUGGCCAAAUCCCUUUUUUUUUUUUUUAAACCUCCCUCCCGACUCCACUACAUCUAAUUGUCCCCCUAGUCAUCCCCAAAUGCCCCUAUGCCCCCCAUAUUACCUAGUUUUAAUCUUUAUUUUCUGCCUGGACCUAAGUCCUAGGCACCGCUAUCUUUGUAUGGGUAGAUGAAGUCUAUCUGUCCACACUAGAUAGCGCUGUGAAAUUCCCGCGCAUGCUCAGUUAAACACUUGGGCAUGCGAACGGGAAUUUCAUCUAUUCAAUUAUUUGUCGUUAAAACGAAUAAAUGAAUAAAAAUUUCAAACGAAUAAACGAAGACCUUGCAGCUCCCUCCUUGUAAUAUGUAAAAAUAGAAACUGCAGGGAGAAGUGCUCCCCUCCAUUUCCUCCCUUACUCUAUGAGUUGAGUAGGGGCAUGUCUACUAAACAGUGAGCAGCCGUUUUCUGCUCACUGUUGUAAAAAAGAAAAAAGCCCCCCCCCGACCCCAACAAAUGACCCCAUGGUGGAGCAUGCGGGGGGGGAAAAGUGUCCCCACCCGUGCCCUGCGAGUUACAUAGUUAGCUGAAAAGAGACUUGCGUCCAUCAUGUUCAGCCUUCCUCACAUUUGUUUUUUGCUGUUGACCUGAGUGGGGGCUAUAAAAGUAAACGCGGGACAUGGGGUGUAAUUUGACUCAUAACACUGUGAUUGGUUGAUUGAAAGCAACCAAUCAGAGUGUUGCUAUGAGUCAAAUUACACAGCAUGGGAAAAUUCCAAAGAACUUUCCCACGCUGUGUAAAAUGACACAGAGCACUCUGGUUGGAUUUCAAGCCAACCAAUCAGAGUGCUGUGACAGGUAAAUUUAGAGACUUGGAAUCAGAGUGCUCUAAACCUAAUUGCAGAGCGUGGGAAGGCUUUACAAGCCUUUCCCCGCCAUGCGGAGCUCAGUCUGCGCAAUGCCCUGCUGGGUUAAGAUGGAUUACUUUUUUAGCUUCCACCCCCCACCCCCCAAUUUUCAUUUUCAUUUAGGGCCCCCAGCCGCCGCUCAUGGGUGGGGGCGGGUCAAUAGGUAAUUUAGGACCCCCAUCCGCAGCUCAGGGGUACGGCCAACAAUUAAAUAUCCAUUAAAUAUUUUUAAAGCACAGACAGAAUAUAUUGAAUACCUAUAGGGUUGACUCGUUUAGGUGGGUAAUAGUAACCUUUACUAAUCAGCUGCCAAUUUCAUUAAAUAUUUUUAAAGUGUAUAUUCAAACAAAUGGGGUUCCAUAAGAAAGAAAAUAUAUAAAUCCAUUAGGUUAUUAUGAUAAAACAGAUGGUUUUUACACUUUUCAAAUUCUCAAAGUGGCUCUGUCACCACUUGGGGACUUUGCAUAUUUUGCAAAGACCGCCAAUGGUGACUUUGCCUCUGGCAGUGUGGUGGCCACGGGGUGCAGGGGAAGGUGAGCUUUACUUACCUGAAGCUGUCAAGCGCAUUAAUAACAUUCAACUAAUGUCCGUAAUAUGGCUUCAUAUAGACUGCACAUUUUAUAUUUAGUUAGCGUUGACCCUGAAGACAUUCACAAACUUGGUUUGUAUAUUAGAUAAUAGAUAAUGGGUUGGCUUAACUAUAGCGUGUGUGCUCUUCUUGUCACUGGAGUGUACCGUAGUUAGAUGUCUAUGGAGAGCGUGGCUUUCUGUGUGCCUGAUGUGCUUGGUCCGCCUAUGAACUUUUUGCGUUGAACGCAUGUACCAGAGGAUCAGGUGGCUGGUGGUCUGCUAUGUGGAUUACAAUCCCCUGUUACCCGGGAGGGGCGGGUUGGCGCGGGAGAGAGAGGAUGGGCUCUCAUUGGCCUGGUCUUUGUAGGGGAGCUAUGUGGUUGCGGUUAUAACUGAUGCGGUGGCACUACAUUUUGUACCCUGUUCUCGGGUAUGUGAGACUAGGAAUGCAUUAUGUUUUGGUCUCCCUGAGGAGUCUACAAUGAGGAUAGGAAAAAACAAACAAAAAAAAACAUAUAAUCAGAGUAUAAGGAAACAGGUAACUUGUGCAUAUUAAACUUUUGUGCGGUACAGUGGUUCAUGUCUUUAAGUGUUUAGUCGCAUUUCUGUCACAACCUGCGAUUACAGGGGUAAAUAUAGUCACCAUUAAAUGUUUGAACAGUCACUACUGGGUCUUGGCUGCGGCUAGUGGAGGAUCAGCAAAUUGGUGGCCUCCUGUGGAGCUCCUUGCUCAGGGUGAUGGGUGGUGUGCCGUAAGUCCCGGUUUUGGGGAUUUUGGCUGCAUUUGGCCGUCGGGAUAAGUCCCGGGGUGAGUGAGGGUGUUGCAGGGUCCAGGGACUUCCUCAAUAUUGGGGCAGUUGAUGAGAGGUGAGGCAGUUCGAGCUGCUUCUGGGUGUACGGCUUGUGUGGGGAGAUAGUCUUGACCUUGUUGUUGUAUGCUCAAGUGGUGGUGGUUGCAGUCUUUGCUUUGCCCCUUCCCUGUGGGACAAAUGGGGUGAUCCUAGCCGGGUCCCAGCAGUGUGUUACCUCGGGGUUCCCUGGGGCUUCCCUCUCACGCAGUUCCGCUGGUGGCAGUCCCAGUGUGGGUAGUAGUGCAGUCGCACCUUGGAGGUCUGAGACAUGGUGGACUGUGUCCUUGUGCAGUACCUGUAGUGUGCAUUGUGGAUGCCAGCGGUAUGUUAUUUGGUGCGUCCGUAGCAGGGCGGUAAACGGCUGCAGGUACUUGCACCAUUUUAAGGUAGCCUCCGACAAGUCUGCAUAGAAAGAUAAGUCCAUAUUUUCAAAUCUGUAGGUGGCGGACCCCUUUAGGGCCGUGAGGAGCGCCAUUUUGUCUGCUGCGCUCUUGAAUCUCACCACGAGGUCUAGGGGGGGCCGCUUCUGGUGCUCUCCGGUGUUUGGGGAUCCGGAAGGCCGCCUCUAUGCCAUUGUUUUUGGCUUGUUUGGAGGGCAUCAUGGUUUCCACGAGCCUCCUCAGGAAGUGUGGGAGUUCUUCCGCGACUCCGCGGACGUUCAGAUUGUUACGGUGCCUGGAGUCUUCUAUUGCUGCAAAGCGGUGUUCUGUUUUGGUCUGUUGUUGUUUGAGGGCCUGUAUCUCAUGCCUGAGCUCUACUAGUUCUUGUGAGUGUCGUGUGGAGGUUAUUUACGGGCGUCAAUGCGGCCUACCAGGCCCGUGAGGUCUGCCUGUAUUUGUGCUACGUCCGCCUGUAGAGCCUUCUGUAGGUCUCCCAGCAUAGCUUUCAGCAGUGACGCCGUUACAGGUUCCGUGUCGCCAGGGUUCUUGUUCGGCUGUGUUCUUGUAAGCUGCUGAUUGCUUCCUCUGGGUAGAAAUCCCCCGAGGAAUCGGAUUAUUCAUCGAGUUCGGCGGCCAUUUUGGGUCUGUAUGCACCUUGUGCCUGGCGGAAUAAGUCGCCUAUAAUGGCCCCUGUUUUGGGUCGGUCUGGUUUCUGCUUCUUUGUUUUUCUUCCCAUCGUCACUGCAGGCAGAUUGGUCUCUGGAUUUGGAGUUUAUAUCCCCGAAAACGGUUGGGUACUGUUGUUUGGCCACGGAGCCUCUCUAGCAUGCGACCACUUUGUUCCACCAUCAAGCUCCGCCAACAACCUUUGAGUCAUUUUUAACUCCUGAUGCUUCAUCUACCCUGAGCCACUGUCAGUGAUGUCUAUGGCGGAGACUGGAGGACCCUACAUAGACAUAACCCUUAGUUGUCGCUAGUGAAGGCUAAGGGCUCGAUAAAGCUUCACAUUUUUGUCAAGCGUAGGAAAAAUAGCCCUUUAAAGUAAACUCUUAGUCCAAGGCUGGAUUCAUUUAGGUUCUGAAGGAGCUGAUACCCUGGGACCAUUUCGUGCAAUUUGCCCAAAUAUGUGAAAUUACCAUGAGGUGGUGUAGUUUUAAAUGUAUCAAUAAUUUCCAGUUUGUACAUUUAUAUAAUUAAAGUCAUCAACGUUUUGAAGCUGGUAUUAAUAGAGCAUUGUAAAAACAUAAAAAAAAAAAAAGCUCAUAUAUUAUUAAAUCCAAAAAAUAAAAUUGCUUACCAUUAUCAGAGCAGAUGGACUUGGCAGGGAAACUCUACUCCCAUGUACAAUCAAAUUUGAAAAUUUUGUGUGGCUCCCAUUGUGUGUCUCAUCCUUUCUGUAAUCACCCAUUAAAAAGUUUAAUGAUGUACGUGGAAAAUGCUGCUUCUGGCUUGCCUUUUUCCCAGACUAUUUAGAUUUGAAUAAUAGAUCAUUGACAACCUAAAGUGCAAAUAAUGGUACAAAAUAAUCAAAUGGAAAUAUUGUAACACUCCAGCUUUUAAAUCUGCCUAAAAUAUGUUACAUUUUCAUUGAUUUUUGAAAAUAUUUUUUUGUGAUACAACACUUGAUGUCAUUGCAGGACGGACGUAUUGAGUUUGCUGAGUUUAUCCAGGCGCUGUCAGUUACUUCCCGAGGAACGCUCGAUGAGAAACUGCGUUGUAAGUGAUUCUGUAAUAUAGUAGUAUUUGGUUAGGAUAUCCUGGGAACGCAAACAAGGCUCAAUGCAAUGCUCAUUGGGGGAAAUUUGGAAACUACAGCUUUAAAUAUUUUAUCACAGUUGUCAUUGUGAUACAUUUCAGCACAAGCAAAAAUAUGAAAACGCCAACAAAUGUAAAGCAUUUUAUUUUUUGAAUGAGAGUGAUUAAUUAGGAUUUUUUUAUUUUAAGAGCGGAAGACUAUAAAUGUUUUAUGAAAGUUUCUGUUUUAGUAGAGCACUUAAAGGGACACUAUAGUCACCAAAACAACUCUAGUUUAAUGAAGCUAUUUUUGUGUAUAGAUCAUGCCUCUGACGUCCCACUGUUCAGUUCUCUGUCAUUUAGACGUUAAAUCACAUUUGUUUCUGUUUAUGCAGCCCUAGUCACACCUCCCCUUGCUUUGACUGACACAGCCUGCAUGAAAACAAAAUUAUUUAAUUUUCAAUCAGAUGUUAACUUACUUUAAAAGUUUUUAUUUCCUGCUCUGUAUAUUGAACCUGUUUUACUAAAACUAGGCUCCUGCAAGGUCCAGCAAGCUAUUAACAGAGCAAGAGAUAGGAAAUUCUAAAUUCAACAGAAUUUGAAAAUAGAGGAAGUGUAAACAUCAGAUCUCUCGUUACAGGAAGCGAUCUAUACACCAAAACUGCUUCAUUAAGCUAAAGUUGUUUUGGUGCCUGUUGUGUCCCUUUAAGAUAGCUGCUCAUCAGUUAUCCAGGGUUAUCAUCUUACUCUUUUUUUUGUUUUGUUUGUUUUUUUCCAUUAAUCGGAUUUCAUCUGUAUUUAAGUCAGCUAUUUGAAAUAAAAUUUUUGAUAAAUGUGCAUCGGAAGCACACUUAUUAAAUUUUGUUCAUGACUAACAUCUUAUACAAAUAUGGAGGUCACAUUGACAAUGGGGGCAUGUCUACUAAAUAAUGGUCAGCCAACAGCUGCUCCGCGUAAUGGAAAUCCUGCGACUGGGUUUAACCCAUGGGCAGCAGGUAGUGGGCUAAUAAUUAUAAAAAGACCUCAUGUAACCUCACCCAUUGACAGAUAAGUGCUUGAGGACACCUAGCCUCUCUGGAUGGGGUAUCCUGACCAUUUAGGGGGGUGAACAAUGGUAUGUGGACACACUCCUUUUAUUCAGUUAUUAGCCGCCAACCAUACUGGGGUGAGUGGGUGACACUUGGUCCCCUCCCCCUGUUUUCUAUUUAUUUUAAUUUAAUAUAUCCUCCGCCCUUUGGUCACGCAAUAGCUGCUCAGUCCCUAGUUUUUCAUUACAGUAAGCAUGUGCUGGCUGCUCACUGUUUAGUAAGGGGGUGUCAAAGCUCCCUUAUACGGAUGUGGGCGUCAUAAUGACACGUAUAGGCUCUUUUUAAUUACUUACCCUCUGGCUUCUAAUGCUUCCGGCAGGCAUAUAGGAAAAAUAAAUAUAUUAACAACUUCAUUAUUAUUUGAAUCGAUGAGUCUAUUUAUGUGGCAUUAUGUGCCCGAUAAAUUGAAUUAAGUAAAAUACAUGUAUCUAUUUCAAUAUCUGGUAAGCCUAUAAUGGAAGUAAUUUUACUUGUUAAUACAUUUAUUAGAGCCUUAAGACUGAUAUUUAGCACUUUACUCAACCACUUGGAGGGUAAAGGGAUUCUGGUCCUAACCUUUUUUUUCUUCAUGCAGGGGCUUUUAAAUUGUACGACCUGGACAAUGAUGGGUUUAUCACACGGAACGAGAUGCUGGACAUUGUGGAUGCAAUUUAUCAGAUGGUGGUAAGUGUUGGUUGCUCAGUUACAGAGGAAAUCUAAAUUUGUUGCCUGUUUUCAGUGCAACCGAUGUGGUUUUGCAUAGUUUUGUGCAGUUCCCUCAAUGGUUUAUUUAAUUUGUGUUGUUUGUUUCUUUGUUUAAUGAAAAGUAUCACUGUGAUAUUCAUGGGUUGUCCAUCUGUGUUCACUGGGUCACAAGGAGUUUUAAACCAUUCUCUUUCUGGCAGGGGAACACGGUUGAAUUACCAGAAGAAGAAAAUACCCCAGAGAAGCGAGUUGAUCGGAUUUUUGCCAUGAUGGACAAGGUAAAUAAGCUAUAAUCAUUUUUUUUCCAGGCAUCCCUUUUCAUGCACAGACCCUCAGAAUGACUUUUUCACACAGUGGUGCUCCAGCAAACAUAUGUCUCCCAUUGUCCCAUUUCUGAUUUGGUAUAGCUAUUCAAAUUCCAGUGAACACACAAAUACAAUGAAUGGUAAAGCCAGUCAUUGCUACUUUGUGACUGUGCUACCUGAUUCACCUGCUCUACAUGAGCAAUAGAUUAAUCACUGGCAAUAUGAGCAUAUGCAGCUGGAAGCCACAUAGCCUACUGUAAACAACGCUUUCUUGCUAGCCAGCCAACAUAAAUUUCAGAAGUUAUCCUGUAAUAACAUUGACAAGAUUCGGUCAUUGUACGUUAGAAAAUAUAAUUCCCAUUGAGUACCUUCAGAUCGCUUUAAUAUUGAAUAACUUUAGAAGUAUUUUUCGUACAAUUAAUUUUAUAGAUUUUCUGUCCUUUUUUUUAUCAUUACAGAAUUCAGAUGGCAAGUUGACUCUUCAGGAGUUCCAAGAAGGGUCAAAAGCAGACCCCUCAAUUGUGCAGGCACUAUCUCUAUAUGACGGAUUGGUAUAGGGAUCACUCGCCACAGCUGUGUGUAAGUACCUAGGGGCCAGCUUGUAUAGAUUGUAACCUGUAGAAUCUAGUUUGUAUGUUUUGGUUUGUUUGUUUUAAAUUCUGAAGAUCCUUAUACUAUCCAUACCAUUUACAAUAUUAUAUUAUGUAUUUAUGAAGUGUGAAUAAUGUUUUAAGGAUCAGGGUCUGCCCAACUCAUGGCCCACAGUAACGUUUACAUUGUUAUCAGCUUGUAAGACUCCAUAAACUGGAAGGAAACAAAUUCCUUCUUGACCCCUCUGACUGCCAUUCUGGGGUCAAGAAGGCAUUUUUUUCCUAGUUUGUUGCAAAAUUGGAAGUGCUUCAAACUGGUUUUUUUGCCUUCUUUUGGAUCAACAGCAAAAAGCAAAUGUGAGGAAGGCUGAACUUGAUGGACGCAAGUCUCUUUUCAGCCUAUGUAAAUAUGUAAAGAUGGAAACAUGAAGUUGAAUGUGUGGGUAUUCGUUUCUCCUUUAUAUCCCCCUCCCUCCACCCCUAACCCCCCCUCCAUGCUUGGUCUCUCACAGGCAGCAAGGAGAGGUCAGACUGGUUGUUUUUGUGAUGAUCGAAAAUAAACAGAUCUGCGUCUAUGACAGCAAACAUGGCCUGUUUUUCCCUCUACACUUUCUCCUCCAUAAUAUACAGGGCAAGAUAGGCUAUAUGCACAUUUCUGGCUAUUAGGAAUCCUGGGAACCCACACUUUAAAAAAAAAAAAAAUUAACUCGGUACCAAUCACAAGUGUUGUAAGGGGAGUUUUGGCCUGUAGAUAGCUCAGUCAGUCAAUAGUCAUUGGUAAUUGCCAUUUGGACUGUCUGACUAAUGUUAAUUAGCAAAAGCUGGGCAGAGCAAUUAGGAAAAUCAGCAUUGCCAUUAGUGUCCAUUAUCAUCUACAGGGCAUUUAAGCAUUAAAUCACGAGAGAGAAAAAAUAAAUAUUCUUAGGUGACAGGGUAAAAGAAAUAAAAACAAACAAACUGUAUUUUAGUGGACACGCUAAUAGAUCCCCAGAUGACCUUGAGGCCUGUGACUCAGUGUGAUUCAGAGUUUCUCUGCUUUGAGAACUCCAUAAACCCAUUUGACGUUAAUACCUGUAAUUGUAUACAUUGAUCUUUCUCUUAACACAGCCAUGUGGACCUCUAUAUUAGACGGCUUUGGUAUUUUACUUUAUUCGUUAUCACACUAUUACUAUAUGAUUUUGUAUGCAGACUUAAGAAACAUUAUAAGUUCAGGAACACGAACAUGUAUUCCUGACCCUAUAGUGUUAAGAUCAUCAUCUAGCCCCCCUAGCCUACCCUUUCCCCCUAAAUAUAGUAAAUUCUUAACUGAUCUGCCUGCUUUAAUGACAUUAUCAGAAGUGGUGUUCUCAGCCACUCGCAGUGCUUUCCCAUAGGAAUGCAUUGGAUUGUCUGAGACUGUCAAGGAGGAAGAUCCAGCACAAGCCAAACACAGCCCUGGCCAAUCAGCAUCUCAUCAUAGAAAUGCAUUGAUUCAAAGCAACUCUAUGAGGAAAGUUCAGUGUCUGCAUGCAGAGGGAGGAGAUACUGAAUGGCACCUCUAGUAGGAAUGGCCAGUGGAAAUAGACUAGGCUAUAAUGUAAACACUGCCUUUUCUCUCAAAAGACAUUGUUUACAACAAAAAGCUUGACAGGAAUGAUUAUACUCACCAGAACAAAUACAAUAAACUGUAAUGUUCUGGUCACUAUAGUGUCCCUUUAAGUUUUAUUUUAUUGAAUAUGGCAUUUUGUUUCCAUACAUAUAAAUUAGGUUGUUGUUUAUAUACAACCAGGCUUUGCUUAACGAGGCCUUGAACAAAACUCAAAUACAAGACCCCGUAAAUCGCUUCACACUGAAACAUCACAAUCCCAUCAAUAACCACUGUCCCAUAAUCCUGGUUAAUCUCAUUCCUCUAGUAAUUCUAAAUACCCUUGCCCCUAAUCUAUCACCUACUACCGACAAUGAGAUCACUCAACCCCAAUUAAAAUGAGUAAUCCCAUACCCCCCUAGCCACAACCACAUUACCCAUCAAAUAAUCUUAUCUCUCUAUACUGAGAUAACAUUACUCUAUACCAUAAUCCCAUUAACCCCCACUCCCAAUCCCAUCCCCCAUUACAUAAUCCCAUCAACUCUUGUUGCAAUCACAUUAAUCUUUCUAUAAUUCCAUGGGGCAAAGUAAGUAGUUAUUAAAAGAGGCACAAUCAGCUUGGAAACCAAUGGCAAACCUAAUAACUGGACCACCUCUAGAAGUUUACCAUAGAAUAACUCAUUAUACCUAAUCCCCAAAGUUUGUAUUCCUUUUACAGUGCAAUGUGUGCCUUGGCUGUGCCAGGAUUGAACUGAAUUGUAAUUUAAAAUGAAGAUGGAAGAACUAUUCUGGUGUACCUAGUGUAACACACAGGAAAGAGGGAGACAGACUAGCACUAAGCUGCUCAAACUGGGAGAAAUAGGGAUUCACUAAAAACCUAUAAAGAAGACUAAUAAGAAAUCACCUUAAGAAUAAAGUGUGUGGACUCCAGGAGCUGGCUAGUGACUAAUGGCCAAAUAUGUGAUAAAACCUAAUAGGUAUAAAAACAGUGAGUGGUGUAGGACAUAAAAAUGUGGAAAAUACAAAAAAAUUAAAUAAAGUGUAGGAAAAAACAAGAUAAAGGUAAAAAAUAAUGAGAGAGAGAGAAAAAUGUGUACUGUACCUUUAAAAUAUUGUGGUGAAAAAAUAUAAAGUAGGUAAUAGGAGAGAAGAAAGGGUAAGUAUAAAUAAGGUGAAAAUAUAGUGAAAGUGAAAGAUAUAUGUCUUGAAUAAUUAAAAUGAUGAAUAAUAAAUCAAAACAGAUGUGUAUAAAGAUAAAAAUAAACCACAAAAUAAUAGAAUAAACCCCUUGGAGAGAAAUGUGCAACACAGGUAUCUCAAUCCCCAACGAAAUGGGGGGUAAAUGGUACCUAUUUCAAAUUAAUAUACUUUGUAGUGUCAAAGAUAAAAGUAACAAAAUCAAGUUGUCAAGCGUUACAGUAUAUGGAAUUGCAAGCCUGGAUACUCUGUAUUAAGAUCGUGAUGAACUGAAGCAACAUAUAACUGGAUGAGUUAGCAAAAAAGGUCCAGUUUAUUAAACAUUAAAAAUAUAUAAAAGUUUAAAAAUAUAUAUAAAAAUAUAUAUUAAAAAAACUGUUCAUAAGUGCAUUACGAGGCUCUAGUAUGUCAAAUGCCAGCAAGGACCCUGGGAUUAUAGGAGGAUGGAUCUGGAUACUGUUGGUAAGUUUUUUGUUAUUCCGGCUGCCGGUGAGGACAGCGUGAUGCUGAGUGUACGUUCCGAACAGAAGCCUCACUCCCGGGGACGUGCAAAACAGGCGGAACUCCAGCAGCUCACAGGAUCGCACAGGAUUGUAAUUUAGUUUGCAAAAUCUUUAAUAUACAUUUAAAACAAAGCCAAGCAUCAUGUGAGAAUAGGCCAACACAUGUUAUAUAGAUCAGUGAUGACGAACCUAUGGCAUGUGUGCCUCAACUGGCAUGCCGAGUCCUCUCUGUGGGCACACGGCCAUAGAUCGCUGGUAGGGUGCCCAGCAGUGUAUUCACAGCGAGGCUAACAAGGCAUUUGCCAAGAGCUGGCCUUUGGGCACCCCCAAGGCAGGCGGCAGCUUGAUUUGCGGUCGGGCAGCGACUGAGUGCUGUAGUCUGAGCUCUUAGUGCUCAGGUCCCUCGCACGCCGCUUAGUGAUGCCGGUAGCCGGAAUAUGACGUCAGACUGGCUCCCGGCAUCAUUAAGCGGCGCGAGGGAGCUGAGCAGGAAGAUCAGACCUGUCUCGCUGCCUACUCUGCCAGUUCGUCCCCUGUCUGUCCAGCAGCCCCACUAGACCCCAGGUGAAAAAAAAUCCACUCCAGUUCUCCCACAGAGGCUGGGUGAGUUAAAUUAAAAUUAAAAAAAUAGUAAUUUGUGAGUGUUGGGGGAAAUGUGUGUGAGUGUCAGUGUGUAUCUGUGAGUGUCAGUGUAUAUAAUUGUCGUGUUGGUACUUUGAAGGAAAAAAAGUUGGUUUGUAUUGCGGUUUUGGCAUUCUGGCUCAAAAAUGUUCGCCAUCACUGUUAUAGAUGGUUUUCAAUGCUUUAUACAAAGUUGCAAUUUCCUUGAAUUUUUAGAUCCUACCAUAAAACAGUGUGCUCCUCAAGGUCCAGAUGUGUGCCCCAGAGACAUGAUUAGACUAAAGUAUCUUUGUUUCUGUUAGGUAAUAGAAAAUCUUGUGAGGCUGAAAACAACUGUGAUUCACUAACAUUACUUAUAAUGAAUCUCUAAAAUAGCCGCUUUACCCUGAAUAUCUCAGAGGGAGGCUAAUAUGCAAAGAUUGUAGUGCCACUAGGGGGUGCUCUCCAUCCAGCAGCAUGACUACAGAGCAUUAAUGUACUAUGGAACUGUCAUCUGAACGUGGUGCAUUAAAAACACAAUUUUAGAUAUCAUUGAUUUUAUUUAAAUGUAGAUAGAAAUUUACAGGUAAAACACUGAUACAAAGAGUGUAAGGACAUGAAGGGGUGCUGCCCUGCGACAGCACUGUCCUUUUAAAUGUGGGAACCAACUUAGCAGAGAAAUAAUGCAAGGACACCAUGAAUGGAGCAAUUAAGAAAAUAUGUAUUAAAGAAAACCAAAGGAUAUAAUAUACAAAAAAUAUGUACAAUGCCACAUAUUAUAUAUAUAUAUAUAUAUAUAUAUAUAUAUAUAUAUAUAUAUAUAUAUACACACACACACAAAAUCAAUAUAAAUACAAUUAGAGCAGGCAGAGUACACUUGAUAGUCCUUAGGCAAAAGUAAAGGCCUUAGGCAGGAUCGUGCAGCCACCACAGAAUAUAAGUGGGGCACGGAUCCUAAGCCACCAAGCACUAAAUAAACACCAAGGAGGAAAGCCCAAAGCAGGUCACACGUAAAUAAGGCAGCAAGGUCAGAUUCACUGGAAAUGGCGUAUAGGCAGGAACACUGCAAGCGAACACUGGAACGGGAGACACAGGACCAGGCAGAGACGAGAACGCAGGACCAUAAGGACAUCGGAACAGGAACACAGGAUCAGGAUACAACACACAUGAGCAAGGAGCGGAAACAGCAGGUACAGGAUAAAGGAUAAUGAUCUGACAGGGAGUGAGGGGAGAAACCAGACUAUAUAGGUGCUAAACAAGGGCCAGGUGCAGUGCUUAACGAAAAGAAAUGAGAAACAGUGCCAAACAGAAACAGUGGUGAGUGAGUACUGCACGAGGGCAUAUUAACUAAGGAGUGUCGUGACAGUACCUCCCUCCCCCCCGUUAAGGAGCGACUCCUGGCGCUCCAAACCUCCAAGACCCCCUACAGGUGACAGAAGAGAACCCUGGUCACCCAACUAAGUGAGGAAAACAAGGAGGAAUGACAAAUGGAAGUCGGUAUUUUCACUCUGGGAAUAGGUGAGUGGAUCUUGCAGAAAAGAGACGGUGGCAUAAGGGCACUGUGGGUCUCUGGUACAGCGUUUAUGUUCAGGCUGCUCGUCAUCCAGAGCUGCUAUACAGCGAGCGCCAAUAUCAUCGAAGAUCUGGUCCAUGAGGAGAUCGCCAGUGCUAUACAACCCCUCCAUAUCGUCUUCUUCAGUUUGGGAUGAAAAGCUUUCAGCUUUUAAUUCAUGAGGAACUUCGGUUUUGCAGGCGGGAGGACCAACAAACCAUUUGCCCAAGUCAGAGUCAGGAGGAUUAGUUAUGCUAUGUACAUCAGAAAAGGGAAUACCAUCAUCAUUAACAGGCAUAAAGACAGUCAUUCUUUCUUGUACAAGAUCAAUAAGAAAUUGAACUUCGGGUUAUAAGGCAACAAAAUUAUUGUGCAUUACUCUUACUUGUUUCUGCAAAUAUGACAGAUUUUUUAUGUGAUAUCUCUUUAAGAGACAUACGGAUAAGUGUAGACACCCUACUUCUCACAGGAGGCUCCUAGGUAGGAUCGUGCAGCCACCACAGAAUAUAAGUGGGGCAUAGAUCCUAAGCCACCAAGCACUAAAUAAACACCAAGGAGCAAAGCCCAAAGCAGGUCACAGGUAAAUAGGCAGCAAGGUCAGAAUCACUGGAAAUGAAGUAUAGGCGGGAACCCUGCAAGCGAACACUGGAACGGGAGGCACAGGACACAGGACAAGGCAGAGACGAGAACACAGGACCAUAAGGACAUCGGAACAGGAACACAGGAUCAGGAUACACAAGAUACAAGACACAGGAGCAAGGAGUCAGAAUCACGGGAACCAGGAAAACAGCAGGUACAGGAUAAAGGAUGUAGGAUAAUGAUCUGAUAGGGAGUGAGGGGAAAAACCAGAAUAUAUAGGUGCUAAACAAGGGCCAGGUGCAGUGCUUAAAGGACCACUAUAGUGCCCUGAGGGUGCCCCCACCCUCAGGGUCCCCCUCCCGCCGGCCUCUGGGGAGAGGAAGGGGUUAAAACCUUGCCUUUCUCCAGCGCCGGGCGGGGAGCUCCUCCUCUCCUCCUCCAUAGCGACGUCAUCGGCUGAAUGCGCAUGUGCAGCAGGAGCCGCACGCGGAUUCAGCCAGUUCAUAGGAAAGCAUUUACAAUGUAGAUAGAAAUUUACAGGUAAAACACUGAUACAAAGAUAGUGUAAGGACAUGAAGGGGUGCUGCCCAUUUACAAUGCUUUCCUAUGGACGCUUGCGUGCUCUCACUGUGAUUUUCACAGUGAGAAUCACGCAAGCACCUCUAGCGGCUGUCAAUGAGACAGCCACUAGAGGAUUUGGGGGAAGGCUUAACCCAUUCAUAAACAUAGCAGUUUCUCUGAAACUGCUAUGUUUAUAAAAGAAUGGGUUAAUCCUAGAUGGACCAGGCACCCAGACCACUUCAUUAAGCUGAAGUGGUCUGGGUGCCUAGAGUGGUCCUUUAAGCUGAAGUGGUCUGGGUGCCUAGAGUGGUCCUUUAAGCUGAAGUGGUCUGGGUGCCUAGAGUGGUCCUUUAAGCUGAAGUGGUCUGGGUGCCUAGAGUGGUCCUUUAAGCUGAAGUGGUCUGGGUGCCUAGAGUGGGUGCCUAGAGUUGUCCCUCUAGGAUAAACCCUUUUUUUUAUAAUUAAACACCAAAAAGAACAGAGAAAACUUUGGAUCUAGGUGGAUAUUUAUAUCUCCCAGAUCUUCAGUUCCUCAUGAGUGUAGCGCUAAAUAUAUAGUGAAAUUUUCAGUGAAAGGACAGUGCUAACACACGCACUUACCCUAUAUAUUGUGCUUUAGUUUUCUUAGUGAUAUAUAAAAAUAGAGAACAUAGAAAAAGUACAAAUAAUAGUGUAGUAUGUUAAAUAAAUAUCCAAUAAAGUCCUUUAGUUGUGAAUGAUUAAUUGAAAUAAACUCACAUUUUUUAGAGCCUUUUACAGAUAUAAGGCUCUAAACUUCCAGGUGUCUGUGUCUUUUUAGGGUAGAUCACACGACCCGUCUCUCAAGGUGAAAAAGAGAGUAACUUCCUCUCCACGUUGCAUAGAAAAAAGACACAGAUAUCCCCAAUCUAAAUGUAGUAUUUUAGAUACCGAUAUAAAUCAAUGUAAAUAAAAUACAGAAUUGCUCACCUUCUUUAGAGCCUGUGGUAACUGGCUCUAAGUAUUUUUAGCCUAGUGUCAGUUAAUAGGGGUGACACUUCCCCUUCCUGGAAUCACUUGCGCAGAGUGUAAUUCAAUGGUGGAUAAAAAAUAUAUAUUUAUUUAAGAAACUAUUAAAAAUGUAUACAUACUUCUAGAAAAUAAUAAAAACAAAUAAAUGUAAUACAAAUGUAUUGAGUGGUCUGCCAACAGGUCCACCUGGUUAGCCAAAACGCGUUUCACCGAAAAAACGGCUUCCUCAGUCAGCUCCUGAUGGUGUCAUGGGUUGAGUCCCCUUUUAAAUGUUCGAAAUUCCCGCCAAAAAUUUCCUCUCCUCGUUUGUAUUAAUUACGUCUGGUAUCCUCGGAAUGGCGUCACGUCAUUUCCGCCCUUCUGUACUACUUAUUUUUUUUAUAAACAUAGCAGUUUCAGCCUCUAAAGCCUGACAGCCGCUAGAGGUGUUUGCGUGCUUCUCACUGUCAAAAAAUCACAGUGAGAAGACGCCAGCAUCCAUAGGAAAGCAUUAUGAAUGCUUUCCUAUGAGACAGGCUGAAUGCGCGCGUAGCUCCUGCCGCGCAUGCGCAUUCAUCCGAAGAGGAGGAUCGGAGGCGGAGAGGAGGAAGAGAGCUCCCCGCCCGGCGCUGGAGAAAGAGGUAAGUUUAACCCCUUUCCUCUCCCCAGAGCCCGUCGGGAAGGGGUCCCUGAGGGUGGGGGAACCCUCAGGGCACUACAGUGCCAGGAAAACGAGUAUGUUUUCCUGGCACUAUAGUGGUCCUUUAACGAAAAGAAAUGAGAAACAGUGGUGAGUGUGAGUACUGCACAAGGGCAUUUUACUAAGGAGUGUCGUAACAGAUAGUAAGCAACAGAAACUGCAGGGUAACGAUUAAAGGUUUUAGUCAGUAAACCUAGAAUUGUGAAGAACUGAUUGUGAUGCAUCUCGGGUAUUUUGGCCUAAAUAUGCAAUUCUUUUGUACGUUCCUGACAACACCCCGUUUUGCGACUAAACCCCACUGCGUAUGAAUAGCUGAGAAUUGACAUGGCAAUUUAACAUUUUAGGCCAGACUAGCCUACUUUGAAAUUUUUUAGUUUAAAAUGUUACAUGAGCUUACUGACUCCCCCCAAAAAUAGUGAAUAACCCAAAAUGAAAUUUUAAGGCAGUGUAACUGAUUAAUAUGAUAAUAGAGAACACAUCAGAAAUGUUAUCUUCAUCUAACAUACUGUUCUCUCGCUUUUUCUGAAUAACAAUGUUCAUUAUUAGAAUAAGCUGGAAACGUUCUUCUUAUGCCCUUUCUUCAAUGUUUCAGUAUCAUUGAUGGUUGUAUAAGGAGAGGUAUUAGCAGUAGAAAGAGGGAAGUGCUCGUGCCAUUGUACAGAACACUGGUGAGACCUCACUUGGAGUAUUGUACACAGUACUGGAGACCGUAUCUUCAGAAGGAUAUUGAUACUUUAGAUAGAGUUCAGAGAAGGGCUACUAAACUGAUUCAUGGAUUGAAGGAUAAAACUUACCAGGAAAGGUUAAAGGAUCUUAUCAUAUAUAGCUUGGAGAAAGGACGAGACGGGGGGGAUAUGAUAGAAACAUUUAAGUACAUAAAGGGAAUCAGCACAGUAAAAGAGGAAACCAUAUUUAAAAGAGGAAAAACUACCACAACAAGAGGACAUCGUCUUAAAUUACAGGGGCUAAGGUUUAGAAAUAAAAUCAGGAAGCAUUACUUUACCGAGAGGGUAGUGGAUGCAUGGAAUAGACUUCCAGCUGAAGUGGUAGAGGUUAACACAGUGAAGAAGUUUAGGCAUGUGUGGGAUAGACAUAAGGCUAUCCUAACUAUAACGACAGGAACUAAUGGAAGUAUUUAGAAAAUUGGGCAGACUAGAUGGGCCGAAUGGUUCUCAUCUGCCAUCACAUUCUAUGUCCCUAUGUUGAUUUGUUGACUCCAUAUACAAAAUAAAAACCAGUAAAGUGAUGUUUGGAAAAGUGAUGCUGGCAAAGCAUUAUGAGACUUGUUUAUCAAUAGUAAAUUUUGAUUUUGGUAGUCCCUUUAAAUAAGUCUGCGUAUGAUUCUCUUAUUAGGAAGCGUGCCUCCAUAUAUCUUGUUGAUCUUGUCAGAAAGUAAAUUCUUGUUUGACUUAAUACCCCUAACCUUUUCUUCUUUCUUGUCUUUUUAGAUGCCCUGGAUAAAAUCAGUCCUGUGCCACCAGACCAUGCCAGUAACGCAGCUUGCUUCCCUCCUGUCUUCACUCCCAAAUCGAGCUGGGAAAGGACAUCCCUCCAAGCCUGGCCUCUUCCUUUCUCAACUCACUUCCAUCCCCCUCCCAGCUCUGGCAGAAUCCGAUGAGCACGAAGAGUAUUCACAGCUGCCCGUGCCUAACAGUACCCGACGCGCUUUAAUCUUCCAACAUCCCAUCUCCCACCUGCAGCUUCUUGUGUUUUCUUGCACUUGCAGAGGAUUGUUUAUUGAGAAGGAGGAACCAGCCCUUUCCCUCUUGCUUCAAGGACUGCGGGAUGCCGGAUUUUAA